AUGAAGGAAACAAUAGCCUGGAUAAUUGGCAAAUAUGGAACAGAAAAGUUGCGUUAUGCCCUCAUCUUGUUUGGCGCCAAUGCAAAGACCGAACUGGACUUUGAUAGUAGCACCAGAACUCCAAAUAAUCUGAUAGAAUUUGUUAAGCUUCUUCGCAUGCAACCUGGAAGAUCCAAUAUCAUUGGAGCUCUGAAGAAGGCCGAAGAGGUGUUCGACUCUGAGAAUGCAAGACCUGAUGCAUGCAAAGUGGUAGUGAUAAUGACAGACAAAGCGUUUAGAAGCAGUGCACCUGAAAUCAGUGAAGCUGCCGCACCUCUUGACGAGAGAGAAGUAAAGGUCAUUCCAGUAGCUGUGGGUUUUGAGGACGAUUCAUCCCAAUUGGAGUUGACCAAUCCAGAUGGUCUUGUCAUUGAAGUGCCUAGAUCUGAAAAACCACGAACACUAGGAAAACAGCUUAUGGAACAUGUUACCAGAUGUAAGUUGAAACAUAAACGAUUAUGCAUGUGCUUUUCGACUGAGUGUCAUAUACCUGAAAAUACGAUACUACACAUACAUUAAACAACCAACCAGCUCAAAAGUAUGCAACUUAAAGAGCAAGUAUGAACCCCUUUUUCAAGCGACCCGGCAACGAUUUUUAUCCAUUUAGUUGGGAGCGAAGUAGGAGUUUCCCAGCAAAACCAAUGUAGAAAACUGAAUUGAAAACCGCUAUGCAAAUCCGGAAAAUCUACUCUGGCCAAUUUGUAAAACGGAUUAAUGGUGGUAAAAUAUGCUGUCGCAUGAACACGAAAUAGCGCCUUGAAAUCGAAAAAAGUGAGAAAAGGUAAAUAGGAUAAAAUAUAAAAAGGGUCUUUCAUUUGGAUGAGGUCUCUUUGUUAUUCUAGGAUCUUAUUAGGGCACGUGACGUUUCGAGACCAAUCGGACAGAAGAAAAAUAGAGCGCUUUGCGAUAGAGUGUCGUACAGCCAAAACCAAAGGUAUCAAAUUAGCCCAUAUAACAAGGAAAAUAUCACCAGGAGCCAAUGAAGCGGAAGCGCGGGAAAACUCCAUUGACCAAGUCGCGAUUGGUUGAAUCUGAUUAGUUGAGACAUUGUCAUGAGUUUUCCGGACCAAUUACAUAACGAACUAGAGCAAAACCAAAGCAAUCCCGAAUAUCUUUCGACACUUGAAAAUUGCUCUAAAUGACGAAUACUGACGUAUUAUUUUAUUUCUUUUUUAAGGCAAGUUCCCGCCAGUUGAUAUCGCCUUCGCUCUCAGUGCUACAGGAUUAUCCAGAGAGAAAAUUUUCAAGCUCAUGAAAGAUACACUGAAAACCGUUGCUGACAAGUACGGUACAGGGAGCUUUAGAUACAGCUUCAUUGUGUUCUCGAACACAUCCAAUAUCUUUGUACGAUUCAGCGAAAAGUAUUCCACCAUCGACGAAUUGAAGGCCUCCGUUGACGCUUUGCCCUCCGCCACGGGAGGGUUGUCUUUCACAGAGGUCAUCGAAUCUGCUAAGGAGACAUUCAAAGACAGUGGCGUUCGCAAGGGUGCUACGCAUGUCCUCGUCAUUUUGACGGACGGGAGGUCUGGUGAGGAUGAAGACGAGAUAAGGGAAGGAGCAGUUUAUUUGGAGGAGUCUGGAAUCGUUGUUAUUCCUGUUGGUGUAGGAGAUCAAGUUGACAGUAAUGAACUGGGCGUCCUUACAAGCAACGAGGAUAAUGUGGUUCUUAUUGAUGAAGAUGAACAACCUAACCGUUUGAUGGAGCUGAUUAUCGCUAGAGUUCUUGGUAUGACGAAGAAUUAUGUUUAAAUUUGUAUUAAUUGCCUUACACUCUUAAUAGUUUUGUGGGUUGGGCUAUGUAUACGUGAGAGCCGUGAUCUUAUGUCCAGUUCACUAGACUCCGGGUCGAAACUUCUGGGUUUGAGACUUGACCGGAUCAAUGUGAUGUGUUCUUUGGCAAAAUUCUUUACUUUCACAUUACCUCUCUCCACCCAGGGGUAUAAAUGGGUACUGGGAAAUUGUCAAGGAAGCUUGAUUAAUGCUGGGGGCAUUGUGAUAGACCAACAUCGCAUCCUGGGGGGAAUAGUGAUACUUCUAGUCGCUUCAUGAUAAAGAAACCGGCAUAAGCUGCGGCUGGGGUGAGUUGGGGGUGGUUGGCUCGAGUACUUUACCCUUCUUCAACCUUAAUGGUUGAAUAAUUUGGUUUAUUCUACCGAAGACCAUGAUUUAUGGUUUUUGCGUUUGUGCUCCCGUACAAACUUUUUUUCCCGUACCUUUCCAUCCUUUUUUUCAGCCAGUUUACCCCUUAGCUUUUUCCGCUAUUGUCAUGUACUGAAAUCUUGGUGGUUGCACGUUCCCGCUUACAGCUUUGGUCGGUUUCACUCUCUUAGAGCUGGACUCUAUUCUCUGUGCAUAAAGCCUGUUUGCGUUUUCCAUCGCUUAUGGCUUUCUUAUGUUGUCUUGCAUUUUCAGCUGGCUGCGAAACAUUUUCGUGCACUUGUAACAGGUUUCCCCAUUUCCCCUGCAAGGAAAGUGGUUUGAGUUUUCGCGCUCUCAAGCCGUUGUAUGUUUUGCCGCGUUUGCAUCCGGUUCAAAGUUUUCCUUCCACAGUAUGUUUCCUUCGACUUUUCUCUUUGUUUUUAACUGAUGGUGGGGUUAUCUUGCGUUGGUUUCGCUUAUUCUACUUAGUCCUACGGAAAUAUUGCUGCUCUUUUAAACCUUUACACCCCAACAUCAGAAUGCAUAUUCUCCAUACUGUUCUCUAUACAUUUCCUAAUGUGCUGCCGAGGAUAAUUUGCUUAACAUUAAUUGGUGAUCCUUUCCUUUAUUUUCGUGACCUGAAUUUUGUUUCGGGGUUGGUCGGGGUCGGUGGUGAUAAAACAGAUGCUAGUCACCCUUAGAAUUAAAGAGUUUAUCGUGUUUGGGCUGCUGCUGCUAUAUUUCCAGUGGUUAUGAAAUUAUUUCUUUUAACCGAUUACUAUUUUGAUCCGUUUAGAAUCACUGAGACCACCACCAGUUGAUCUUGCGUUUGCUUUAAGCGCAACCUCUUUCCAGUCGAACGUUUCUUAUCCACUGAUGAAGGAGGUGAUAAAUUCUAUCAUACAACAAUACGGUACAAAGGACAUCCAUUUCUCCUUUAUUAUUUACGGUUCUGAAGCAUCCACUAAGUUCAGCUUCACCAAAGAACAGGUGGAUCCCGACGACUUACGAAGAUUCGUCACAUUUAUGCCGGAGAUCACUCCACCGACAUCACCUCAUGUUGCCCUUGAGGCGGCUUCUGAAGCUUUCAAGGGAUCGGGUGUGCGCGCCAAUGCUUCUAAGGUACUCGUUUUGAUGACUGACGUAAAGGGGGAUUCAUCCAAGGAAGAGAUUGAGUCAACCUUUGCACCAUUGAAAGAGCAGAAAGUGAAAGUUAUAUCCGUGGGGAUUGGGUCAGAUGUGGAUACAAAUGAACUGGUUAAUAUUACAGGCAAUAGCAACAACGUUAUCACUGUUCCCAUUGAUGCAGGCAAGACACCUUUGACCAAGGAAUUGAUGGAGAAAGUUUUGCGGCCAGGUUUGGAUAAUACAUAUAUUAUAUUGGAUAAUAUAAGAUUUUGGAUAAUAUACCCACCGAUAAUAAAUCUUUCGAUUUAUUUUCGCAGGGAACUACUGGCAUAAAUACGGCAAUAGGAGGCGAGCCCUCUCUUCACUGCGCCACCCUAGCUCCUUUGAUCUGCUUAUAAGUUAGCUUGAAUAUUUACAUGCUUAUUUAUUGAUCCAUCAUAGGUUUGCCAGAGGUACCUAAAAUCGAUGUUGUGUUCGCCAUAACUGCAGUAUCGUCUAAAGCUGAUGAGGUGUUCCAAACGACGAAAAAGGCGAUUACUUCUAUUGUCAACAAGUACGGAACGGGUAACAUGCAGUAUGGCUUGAUCCUAUUCGGAAGCGGAGCUUCGUCAUAUAUAGACUUGGCCUCUUACUCCACAAGCGAUGAUUUAAAAGCCUCGGUCACAAAACUCCCCAUUUUAAAAGGAGGUCCCGCCUUAGAUGAAGCCCUCAAGCGCGCAGGAAAAAUGUUUACAUCGCCAAAUGCGCGCAAAGAUGCACACCAAAUCUUGGUCGUGAUCUCAGACAAAAAGACAUCUUCCAAUCUUAAUGAUGUCAUUUCUGAGGCGAAUAAACUUCAAGAUUUAGGCGUGACAGUCAUUUCCGUAGGACUAGGCAGCGAGGCUGAUGAAAACGAACUCCAAGAGAUUACACCUGAUGUGAGCGAUGUCAUCGUAAUUUCCAAAGUUGUUGACUCCGACGAUCUCGGAAGGAAAGUAAUGGAAAAGAUUUUAAAAGGUACUUUUUACUUGCGUCUUUUUAUUGAUGUCUCUGUUUUAAAGCAAAAGGGAUGAAGGUGGUAACUGUUAGAAAAUUCCAUCUUGUAUCAGAGGACUCGAGAAUCAGUAAACCGCACUCGCUCCCUGGAGUGACCAUUAAGAAUUUCUCCCUUACAAUAUCGAUACAUUUUCGGGCAGAGAGGUAACGAGAAGAAAGAAAUAAUGUCAAGCCCCACAGUUUCACCUCAAAGACCAAAUUCCCAAAGCUAAAGUUCUAAGAAACGUAUGGCGGACAGAAUGGAUGAUCUAUGUUUAGAUCUUAGGGUGGCAAAAAAGGUUAACGCUUCAAUCGCCAACGAAGCAAGUCUUUGGUAGAUAAAUGUCUGAUUCCUUGAGAGUAACGAAUCCAUGACCGUUGGGGUUUGAAUCCUCUCCAGUGGAGAGAUGCGGUGGCCUGUCAUUUAGCGCGCUGGCCUCUGGGUCGACUCCUGGCUGGUGCCACUUCCAUAGCGCUUCCCUUUACCAAGGGAUAUGGUGGGAGAACUGGACAAAACGCUAGGGGUAACCUUCGAUUAACUAGCAUCCCGUCCAGGGGGUGUAGAAAGGUUCUUACUCGCUUCAUACCUCGGAAAUCGGCUCAAGCUUAUGUAUUUACUUUACCCCUGAUCAUGCUCAUAGCAAUAUGUUUCUUGUAAGAUUUUCGCCUUGUACACAUUUUUUGUAAUUUUUUCAGUACGUACAAGAGCACCUGAAGUCGACGUAGUGUUCGCUCUAACAGCUACAACAGGGAACCCUGAAGACGCGUUUCAGCGCAUGAAGGAUGCUGUUAAAAUCGUAACAGACACUUACGGAAUACAUCGGCUCCAUUACAGCCUUAUCGUGUACGGAAGCCGGCCUAGUGAGGAAUUCGACUUCAAAACUAGUUUUCCCACACGAUCAAGCAUUAAAGACUUCAUUGAAAAUUCCCGAAGAGUUUCAAGUCGCCCUGGAACCAAACGGGCCUUGGACGAGGCUUUGCAAAUCAUCAAAGAUUCAAGUCUACGUCCAUCGGUCAAAAAGGUUGUUGUCCUUUUGACAGAUGGUGUUUCGGAUCUGGAUCCUUCGGCUGUUGAAGGGGCAGUUCAGUCCAUGGAGAAGAAUGGGAUCCCUGUUCUAAUAUUUUCUUUAGUCAACAAUCCUAAAACUGAAUUUGAAGUUUCAAAAACCGUCAACCCAGCAGAUCUUGCUAGAAAGGUUAUGGAGAAGGUAUUUGAUGGUAAGUGCGUUUGAUAAAUGAAUCGAAUACAUCUUUUCAUACCAAACAAAAUUAAUAAAAACGUCCUCUUCGGGAACACGUGAUAUGUGCCAGAUAUGCAUAGCCCUGCUGCGUAGAUUAAGAGGUUUAUAAGACUUUCCAUAAGAGCGCUUUGCGUAGUGUCGUAAACCAAGAGCCAAAGAAAUCACAACAGCCUCUAAAAGCAAAGUGAAAUAUCACAAGGAGCCAAUGAGGGGUUAAACGGGCAAGAAAACUGGUCCAUGAGCGGGAAAACGCAACUGACCAAGUUGCGCUUGGUUUUAGGUUAGUAUCUGAUUGGAUUAGAGGGUGGUGCGAUAUUUUUAGACCAAUCACCAGGCAAAACAAAUACAAACCAGUGCAAUAUCGGAGUACUUUCAACACUCAGUUGAAAAUUACUCUAAGAGCCUCUUUGUGUUUCUUUGUUUCAGUUGUGGUGGAACCACCAGAGAUGGAUCUUUGUUUUGCUGUUAGUGCUACAGCGGCACUUUCUCAGAAGACUUUCAACCUCAUGAAAAAAUCUAUCAUUGAUGUGGUGGACACCUAUGGUGCAGGCAAAGUUCGCUACAGUGUGGUGUUAUUUGGAUCCGUGGCCAGGCUAGUUGUGAAGUUCAGCGAUGGUGCUUUGGACCCCACGAGGCUGAAAGGUGCCAUAGGUUCAUUGGUACCAAGCAGUGGAGCCCCGGCGUUAGAUGAGGCGUUGGAAAGGUCUUUGGAAUCUUUCAAAGAUGGCGAGGACCGUCCGAACGCCAGAAAGGUCCUUAUCGUCAUGUUGGACAACGAAUCAGGACUCCAGUUGAGUGACAUUAUGUUGAAGGCGAGAGCUUUGGAGACGAAGAACAUUCGUGUUAUUACUGUAGGCAUAGGAGACAGCACAAACAAGGAGGAAUUAGAAACAAUGGCUUCCGAUAACAGGGAUAUUCUGCUUGUGCCAACUUCUGAGCCUCCAAGCAUGCUUUCCAAAGAUAUCAUGGUGUUGGUUUUAACAGGUAAGUGGCAUAGACGUUUGUGGUGACUGAAUAGUGUGGCAGGGUACAGAUGUUGCAGCUUUUGGCCCAACUGUCUACACAGUGGAGGUUUAAAUGUCACUGCAAUUUCGUCUGUCUCCUCUUUUGUUUUUUGCCAACGAAGAGCUCACUUUCAAAAUGAGUCUUACGUCGCUUUCGAAGCGUGUUUUUUUAACUCUUAUAAUUUUGUCACUCGAUUUGCCAUCACUAACUUUAAGUUAUUGCUUCACUAAUAUUCACGAUGAUCCACAGCGUGUCCUUUCAAAAAGAUUAUAAUUUGAUUAUCUGCCUGUCAGUCUGUUUGUCCAUACGUUCGUCUCUGUCUGUCUUUCUAUAUGUCAGUCUGUUUGUCUCUGUGACUAUCACACUAGUCGAACACAUUACAUUAAAGUCUCCUUUUAAUUAUCCUUUUAAGUUAGCUAAAUUUAAAACAAUAUUAAAACAUGAAUUUGAUUGUCGACUCAUCCUUUAGAUCGUCCACUGAAUGUCCCCAAGUUAGAUUUGGUGUUUGCCAUCUCAGCGACUGGCACAUAUACAAGUGAAACGUUCCAGUUAAUGACGGAUGCCAUCGACUCCCUGCUCCAGAAAUACGACUCUAGUAACAUCCGUUACGGUCUUAUUGUGUACGAUGAUGACGCUUCAGUUAUCGUCCAUCUCAGAAACGCUACUUAUGCUGAUCAGGUUCGGGAAGUGUUGGAAACAAUCGAGGAACCUUCGGGUGGAUCGGCCCUCGACAAGGCUCUGGAGAAAGCUGCUGAUAUGUUCGCCGAUGCUGGAGAUCGGCAGGAUGUGGACAGGGUCCUGGUGGUCCUGACAGACAAGAGCUCUGGGCUCGACGAAGAUCUCGUGUCAGGCACCGUUAUGCUUCUUGAACAGAUGGUCGUGAAAAUUAUUCCCGUGGCUGUUGGUGAUGAAGUCAGUCCAGUGGAAUUUGCGAUUGUGACCAAUAAGGGCAACAUAAUUGAAUCUGAGAAAGACAAAGAUCCGGAUGAAUUAAGUGAAGAGAUCAUGGAAAGAGUGAUAAGUAAGUACACUUUGAACGUCUCUGUUGAAGAGUUUUUCGACUGAUCGUCAACAAGUAACUGAAACCAAAUUGAUCACAGCGGCUAAACAGAACAAAAGAAAUAUAACAAGGAGGUAAUAGGAUUCUAAGAAAGAACAAGCUCAUUGCCAGAAGUGCGGGAAGACGCAUGUGACCAAGUGGCUAUAAGUGCUAGCUUCCUAUCUGAUUGGUUGAGAAGUUGACCAAUAAAACAACCAAGUCAGAGAAUAAUAAUAUAAUUUCGAAAUUAAUUUUGACACUCAAUUUAAAACUUGUCUAUUGUGCAAUGUGAUACUAUUGUUGGGCGAUUUUUAUCGUAACGUUUCUGUUCUUUCUUUCUUUUUUUGCUUAUUAGAUGGAACCCUUCGGAUACCAGAAACCAACUUGGUUUUUGCAAUCUCCGCCACUGGACUCGAAGCUGAAGAAACAUAUUCAUUUAUCAAAGAUAUCAUCAAGUCGAUUAUUGAGAACUAUGGAACGGAGAGACUGGAAUUCAGUGUCAUUGUGUACGGUGAUUAUGCCUCACCACAAGUCCGUUUUGGAGACAUUUUUGCUUCAGAUGCCGAGUUAGUAGAAGCUGUUGGCAGUAUGCCUCGGAUGUCAGGGAGCCCUUCACUUGAGAAGGCUUUGGAAGCAGCAGAAGAUCAGUUUAACAGUCCGUUCAUACGAUACAAUGCAGCUAAGGUAAAGUAGUUCCGAGUGAAGCUAACGAAGCUCUUGGCUUGAAAUAAGUUGCUAACAGACAAUUCAAGAAAUCGAUUUUUUUAGAUUUGCCUUUUAGAUUGAAAGUUUAACUUUUUGCUAUCUAAUUUCAUCGCACUCCCUCGCUGCGUUAAAUUUAGCUCCUGAUUGGAGUUCUUUUUUUAUUUCUUUAUUUCUGGAACUCGCCAGAGAGGCGCAUCUUGGUUUUUUUCGUAAACGGGUCAGGUAACUUAACCUUCGUCCCUCUCCUUCAAUCAGGCAAUAGUUUUUUCUUUCUGCAAAAUGACACCAGACUGACUCCCAAAUAUGUUAAUCGGCUGCAUAAGUCAUACCAUGAUAUAGUACUAAACCCGAACUGGGAGCCCUCACAGUAAGAUGACAUGUUUCUUGUAGGUGUUAGUUGUCAUCUCAGACAAGUCAUCUGGUAAGAGCCCUCGAGAUAUUAGAGCAGCGGUUGUGCCUCUAGAAACAGCUGGAGUUCGCGUGAUCGCAGUGUCUGUCGGGACAGAAGUGAACCCUGCAAAGGAGAAGGCAGUAUCAACUGAUGGACAAGUCAUCAAAACCGACAAUGAAAAAAAUCCUACUAACGUGGGCAAGGAGAUCAUCGAUAAAAUUGCCAAGGGUAAGUCUGAGUAGGAUUGUGUUUUUUUGUUACAGUUUUUUUGCUCACAGAGCACUUUUUAGAAUUUGAUGAAGUACAGUCGAGCGGACCACUCAAAUUAUACUAAAAAUAAUCUAUCAAGUAAAAUUUUAUCCGUGUUUAUCUCAAUUACGCAUGAAAUGGCGUUUUUUUUUUAUCGUUUUUCAUAGUACACCUACUCUCUUGAAUCUGUAUUGAGCAGUAAACCUGUAUUAAGUGGUCCCCCCGCCAUUCCCUGUGGGUGUUUAACUCCGGAGCUGCGCUCUCUGAUUGGAUUCGAUCGGCCAAUUUGUCAGCUAUUUAACUCUUUACACCCGAACAUCAGUUUGCAUAUUCUCUCUACUGUUCUCUAUACAUUUCCUAUAAGGUUCUGAGAAGGAGAAUUUGUUUCACAAUCAAGAGCUUUUUUAGUUUGGUGAUCAUUGCCUUUAAUCUUAUCACCUUAAUAUUUGAUUCGGGUGUGACGAUGUUGGGAGAAGUUAGAUGAUCAUCACUCUGAGGCGUUAAAGGGUUAACUGCUGAGAUUCUUUAUACUGUUAUGAUCAUAUGAAUAUGUAUUUUAUGACCAAGAUGGUUGCUUCUUUUAAAAGCUGAUCGCAGCGUUGUAUAUCUUCACUAUUCGUGGGCCUGCUUACAAAUUUUAUAUGUUCUACCUUUUUACAGGUAAAUCUCCAAUUCCUGAACUUGAACUUGGGUUCGCCAUUGCUGCUGGCUCAUUGUUUGCUGACGAAACAUUCAAGCUUAUGAAAGACACAAUUUCAGCGAUCAUCCGCGAAUACGGCGUGGGAAAAAUCAAGUAUGGGCUGGUUGUCUUUGGGGACACUGCAACUAUCAAGAUUCGGUUCAACGAUUUUACUGACAUCAACAAUCUUCUACAGUUCCUCAGUGCUACUCCCAAAAAAAGAAGCGGCGCUGCUGUGGAUGAGGCACUUAUAGACGCUGAAAAGUUGUUCUCGCCGACCAACGUUCGACCCCGUGCGAGAAAGGUGUUAGUUGUGAUUACAGAUCUACAGUCAGGAAAAUUGCCGUCCGAGGUGCGCGAGGCAACAAGACCACUACAAGAUAAGGGAAUAAAAAUUGUCGCCGUGGCAAUCGGUAAAGAAGUUGACCCGAAGGAGUUUGAGAUAUUUACUUCAAGAGAAAACAUUAUUGAGGAGAAAAGAAGCGCAGAGCCUGAUGAUCUAAAGAUGAAAAUUAUGUCUAUGGUCUUCAGAGGUGGGUCGUCACAAAUUGUUAUAUUUACAGAUUUGUAAAUUGUCUCUUCGGAAAAUUCUUCGAGAGUUUCACUUUUUAAUUUGAUAACUGAGCUCAUAUUGUGUGGAGAAAGGGUUUGUGCUGACAGUAGUAAGUUGCCAUUUAUUAUAGAAACUCAGCGAGGUUCUGAGGUUUUUGAAACCAACCGAAAUUUAAUCUACAAUUAAUAAUUCACCGAAAAUUGAAUGUUGUUCACAAAAAUUAUACUUAUUUUUUAAUUUGGUCUGCAAAAUUUUGAAUGCUGCCUUCUUGCCUUAACCCGUUAUACUCCAACGUCAGAAUUAAUGUUCUCCGCACUGUGCUCUUGUUAUCUUCUUUCGUAACGACAAGGAGAAUUUGUUUGAUAAUCAAUAGCUUUUUAAAUUUACGUGACCUUCAUAUUUUAUUUAAGGCUGAUACUGUAAGGAGAAUAAGAAGCCACGUACUCUUAGGGAUAAAAGGGCUAAGUUAAUUGGGAAUUGACCGGUGAUCAAGAACGGCAUGUUUUUGACGCAAGUACUCCGUAACGACUUAAUGAAGUGAGUAACGAAUGUAUUUUAUGUCUCUUUGUUCAAAAGUUUCACCCUCGUUUCCCAAACUGGACCUUGUGUUUGCUCUUAGUGCAAACUCCGGAGAUGCUGAUGCUACAUUCACCCUCAUGAAGACCACAAUCAGAAAAGUCAUGAAUGACUUUAGGUAUGGUGGUGGGAACAUUCAAUACGGAAUCCUCGUAUAUGGAGCCACUGCAGGAACAACGCUGCAACUUGGAGACUCAUCUUUCAAGGACAUUCUGGACCUCCGGAAAUACAUUAAAAACUUACCAAAACAAGCAAGUGAUCCUCAAGUUGACAAAGCACUGCAAGAAGCUUUGAAAAUUUUCCAAGGACCAAAUGCUCGCCUUGAUGCCAAACGGGUGCUUGUUGUUUUGACUGAUAAGAAGUCGACUUCCAGCCCAGCGUUGAUCAAGUCGAGUGCACAACUAAUGGAGGAGAACAAAGUCCGCGUGAUCCCAGUGGGAAUCGGAAGUGAAACAGAUCGCAGUGAGUUAAGAAGCAUCACUUAUAACAAGGGGGAUGUUAUAGAGGCAGAGAAAGAGGAGGAGUCUUGGAGAUUGGCCCGAGCAAUAACAAUCAAGAUCUUGACAGGUAUGUGAGCGCUACGAUUUUUAAAAGAGCAAUUUUCAAUUGAGGGUCAAAAAGUAACCUGGGAUUGCUUUGGUUUAACCUUCGCUUGGUGAUUGGUCCAGAAAUACUUGCGCCACUUUCUCAACCAAUCAGACUCAAAACAAAACCAACUGCGUCCUAGUCACUCGCGUUUUCCCGCGCUUCAGACAGUGUUCAUGCUUCUUCUUUGUUACCCCAUUGGUGAUACUUUGCUUUGUUCUCAUUGGUUGAUGUGACUAUUUUGGCUUUGGUUUAUGUCACCCAAUUGAAAUGCUUCUCGAAGCAAACACAGUGCAUUGCCCUGCCUCCAGGAAUUUCUGGGUAAAAGGAAAAGAAUUUUAUCGACACUUUCUUUCCAACUUGUCAAGUGCUGUGGAAGAUACUCGAGGGUGGUGUUUAAUGAAAAUCGUAAUUUUUUUAUCGAAACACUUUAGUUCCACAUAUUUUCCAGUGAAAACUUGUAAUCAAUUUAAAUGACUUUGUUACUGACAUGUUUGUUUUGCAAAUUACCCGUGAUACUCGAGGGUGGUGUUUAAUGAAGAUUCAUCGUAAUUUUUGAGUAAGGAAAACGUCAUUAACAAAUCUGAAACCGGCUGUCUCUGGAUUUGGUGGAAAGCAUAAGCGUACAUUUCAAACUGGUUUACUUUAGUUCCACAUAUUUCGAUUGUUAUUGUUUUUUUGACCAAUGACGCAGUGAAAUAAAGUAUAGCCAGUGCAAUCUGAACCAUAUUCGGUAAUCAAUUUAAAUGACUUUGUUACUGACAUGUUUGUUUUGCAAAUUACCCGUGAGAAUCGAUUAUUACUUUUGGUUUUAACAUUUGGGAUCAACUUCAGUAUCUGAGCGACAGCGCACCCACUCCCACCCCCUCUGAUGUGCAGUUGCUUAGAUACUGACAAUGGUCCAACAUUUGUUCUUUUCAGAACCAACAAGGAUAGGAAAACUUGACCUCGCAUUCGCCAUUGGUGCUGCGUCACGUGACGCUAAGAACGUUUUGCAGCACAUGAAGGAAAUCAUCAAAAGCAUAGCUGAUAUGUAUGGCACUGACUUGAUCCACUAUGGGGUCAUUACUUUUGACUCGGAGGCUGCUAUAAAGUUACGCUUUGGCAACAAAAUUAACUCUGCAGAGAAUCUGAAAGCGUUCAUCGAUUCAAUACCUGCACCAAAUGGUGGGCCUGCCAUCGACAAGGCAUUAGAGGCGGCUAAAGUUCUCUUUGGAGGCGAUGACGUUCGUUAUGACGCGCAAAAAGUUCUCGUGGUGAUGGUGGACAAGCGAUCCAGUGGGGACGAAGUCUCUGCCAUGAAGACAGCGGUGGAGCUCAAAGAGAGUGGAGUUAAUAUUAUCACAGUUGCUGUGGGAAGCGAAACUGACCUCGUUAACCUGAAAAAUAUCUCGAAAACUCCUGGUAACGUGAUCAACACCACCAGCCGUGGCAAACCUGAUGAAGUUGGCAAGGAAAUCGUGGAUAAAACAGGUAUAAUGAGAGUUAUCCCCUGUUGAAAGUGUCAGAGAGAGUUAAAAACAGUUGUCUUUGAAUGAAGGCUUCUUUAGUGUACCGUAAAGAAUGCAAAUCAUCAUAAUGUGAAUGUUUCUAUGAAGAGAAACAUAAUUAAGUGAUACAGCUCUUUCGAGAAAAGUUUUCGGGAAAAAGGACAAAAGUGCACGCGAUAAUCUCGAAAGGUAACUUUAACGCUAUUUUUCCGACAACUGUUCCCAAAACAGCUGUAUACAGAAAUAUAAAUUUUAGUCAAAAAGAUUUUAAAUUAACUGGCAUUUUCAAUUGAUUAUCCUCUACAGCUUUCAAUUUUUUCGUUGUAAUCUUCACACAUCACACCUAGUUAUAAACAAGAACCUUUUAUUGAGAUAUAAUACAUUAACCCAAAUUACAAAGGUAAUAGUCUGAUAUCCUUUCCAAAAAUUUUUUUGAGGUAAGUUGGUGAAAGUUCAGCCGCUAACACACCUCGAGUUAAAGUCGGCUUUGUCUUUGUUUCAGACCCAUUGAAGGUGACAAAGAUCGAUGUAGGCUUUGCUCUUAGCGCCACGUCCCGAGAUGCAUCAGUAACGAUCAGACUUAUGCAGGAAUCCAUCAAGUUCAUAAUAGACACUUACGGAACAACAAACCUGCAUUACAGUGUUAUGAAGUUUGAUGUGCGGCCACAGGUUUUGGUCCGUUUUGCGAACAAACACUCUUCUGAAGAGUUAAAGGAGAUCAUUGAUGAAUUUAUCGUGCCCAGUUCUGGUUCGCCAGAUUUAGAGAAGGCGUUGAUUGAGGCGAAGAAGCUGUUCGAUGAGGCGGGAGCUAGACCAGAUGCUAAGAAAUUCCUGAUAGUGUUCAUGGAUAACAAGUCAAAGAAUGACAGGAUUGCUAUCGUUGACGCAGCUAAACCGAUCAUUCCAGAAUGUGGCGUUGUACCUGUUGGAGUGGGCGAAGAGGUGGACAAAAAGGAGUUAGAGGCCAUUACUCCUCUGAAGAACACAACAGUAACAGCACCGAAGACAGGAAAUCCCGAUGACGUGGCAAAGGAGAUCAUUGAUAAAAUGAAGAAAAGUAAGCCUCCAUCAGUAGUUUAAGGGGGCAUUGUGAUACACAGCCAAUCAGUGAAGAGGGUUAUGUACAACAUUGACAAUUCUUGUGAUAUUGGAUCAACUAACAAUCCUCUAAUCGACAUUUUUCGUUAUUUUCAACACUUGUCUGCUGGAUAUUGUAUUGAUAUUAUAAGGAGUAAUUCUGUCUCGGUCCCCUAUGGAAGUGAAAAUGUUAAGUUUAAUUCUUCCCAUACUUCUGCACUUCUCCCCUAAAAAAAACAUCUUUUGGCCACUUACUUGGAAGGUAAAUGUACUAGUCGCGCUGAAAGGCACAAAAUGUUUCGCCUUGUUGAACACUUUGGUUUUCCCGGGGAACACGGUGGCUAAAUGGUCAAUGCGCUGGACUCUGGGUCGUGAUUUAGCCGGGUCAUUGGGUUGUGUUCUUGAGGCAAAACACUUUAUCCUCAAAGUGCCUCUCUCCACCUAGGAGUAUAAAUGGCGAUUUGUCAGGGAAGCCUUAUGAAAUCCCGGAGGAAAACAUUGCGAUGGACUGACAUCCCACCAUUGAUACUCUUAGUCACUUCAUGUUAUAGAAACCGGGAUAAGCUCCUGAUGGAUGGGCCAUCUGGCUGGAGUUUAGACUUUCCCAUUUGCCGUCCAGUUGUUUAAUUUGACUUAAUCUAACAGAUGAAUUUACUUUUGUUUUGUUUUUAGUUAUCCUCGAACCAACGGUUCCUGAAGUCGACUUGGGUUUUAUUAUAUCUGCUGGUUCGACUGACGCCUCAGCCACGUUGCAACAAAUUAAGGACAUCGUCAAGUCUUUCAUCAAUAAGUAUUCCACCUACAGACUUCGUUAUGGCAUCAUCUCAGGUGGAAGCUCGCCACGCAUAGAGCUCGCCUUACCUGACAGCGUAAACUCAGGUGUAUUACAAAAGGUUGAAAGUCUUUCUAGACCCAGGGGUACCCCUGACCUGGCCAAGGCUCUACUUCUUGGUGUAGAGCUUCUGUCUCCCGCUCGACCAAGCGCUCAGAAAGUCCUGGUUAUAAUCACAGACGUCAAGUCAGGCAGCUCUUCAAGGCAGUUGAGGCUUGCAACACAAGCUGUUGAUAAUAAAAGAAUUCGCGUCCUUGCAGUCACCAUUGGCAAGGAAGUGGAUCGUUCCGAGCUGAUAACGGGAACAGGAUCUGGUGAAAACAUCAUCAACAGCUCCAAAACUGACGAAGGCGGAGAAGUCAGGGAAAAAAUCAUGAAAAAAAUUAGAGAGGGUAAGCGUGGAAGUUUUUUUUUAUAUUUUUUGGUUUCACGAGCUAUUCUUGAUUGAGAAAAUAAUGGCCGUAAUGCUAUUUUUUGUUGUUUUUCUCCAGCAAAACAAAUUCAAGAUGUUGACGUAGUGUUCGCCAUCAGCGCGACGGCAAGAGACUAUCGGCGAACCUUCAGUGUAAUGAAAGGAGUGAUGAAGUCCAUCUUUGAUCAGCUUGGUGUUGAAAGCAUCCGGCCAGCGAUAAUCGUGUAUGGAGACAGUGCGUCUGUACGGCUACGCUUUGACGAGGAAAUCACCGACAUAGACGAAUUGAAGCGACGCAUUGAUAACUUACCGCGGAACACAGGAACCCCAGACUUGAAUGCAGCAUUGAAAAUGUCGCAGGUCGUAUUUGCGGGAUCUCGACCAAAUGCCAAGAAAGUGCUUGUGAUUAUUACUGAUGACAAGUCAGAUAGUAAACCGUGGGUUAUUACAGCGGGAGCGAGACAACUUGAAGAAGAAGGGAUCGAAGUUGUAGCGGUUGGAAUAGGAAGUGAAGUUGAUCGCAAACAACUUGAAACCACUACACCAUACAAGGACAACAUUAUCACAGCAGAUAAAGAUGAUAACACCAAGGAUAUUGCAAAUAAGAUUGUAGUGAUUAUACUAAGAAGUAAGUGGUUUUCUUUUCAUUAAAAAAAAAAGCGAGAUGGCGUAAACUCAGUGAUUACCUAUAAGUGAGGAACUUGUUGAAUUCCUAGGAAGAGUUUGUGAAUUCCUUCAUGUUGGGCUUUUACGUGAUUAAUUUUAAGUGGCUCGUAGGUAUCGGGUUCUGAAUGUCAUGUUUGCUUAUCGUUGAUACAGCUGUUUACAAAGUAAGCGGAAUUUUUGACCCUAAACGGAUGCACCAAUCUGCGCGCUUUAACAAUUGAGUUUGGAAAACUAAAACCACAUAAUUACAACGACCAGUUAGAGGAAAAGGAAAGGAGCCAAUAGUAAUUUAAAGCAAAAACGAGCAGAUCGCCUGAGGAAAAAAAACAUGUAAUCAAGUUGCAGUUGGUUUCAAUUUUGAAUUUGAUUGGUUGAGAGAGUGGACCGAGAGCAAAGUGAAGCAUAACUAAUCCGGGACUAGAGAAAUAUAUUUUCAUCUUGUCAUGAACGUGGGACAAAUAAUGAGUUCUCAGUCUCCAUUGAAGAAUCGAGGCUCAGCGAUCGAAUUCCGCGUCUGAUGUUCUACCAUUGAGCGUCAGAGACUCUGCGGUAGACAAGCCAUCACGAACUUUCUUAUGUGACACGCAUCCUGUAUACUGCUAGGAUCCCCGAUUGUUACUAAAUAACAAAUACAACGUAGCUGAAAUUUGCGCCUGCGAAUUAACAAUCAAAGCGCUUUCCAGUGUUUAAGUUAUCGUCGCGGUAAUGAUUUUGUUAGGUUUUGUUUAUUUUUAUUUUAUAGCAACAAUGCAUCAUUGUGUGUUUUUUUUUUUUAAUCUAACUUUGUUGUUUCUUUCCGUAUCAGAGAGAAUACCUCUUCCAAAGAUCGACUUGAUGUUUGUAAUAAGCUCGCAAUCGUCUAAAUCCUCUCAAACAUUCCCUUACAUGAAGGCCAUUUUGACUGACAUUAUGCAGAAUUACAGCACAAAUCAAAUCCACUUCGCAGUUGUGUUGUACGGUAAUGAACCUUCUGUCAUUCUGCGAUUUUCUGACGGAUAUACGGAUCCUGACAAACUUGUAGAGGAGAUAAGCUCGGCUAGAAACGUCCCUGGGGGCUCAGCACUAGACAAGGCAUUACAGACAGCUAAAAUGAUUUUCACUGAGGACGAGGCCGUUAGGCCGGAAGCGCGGAAAAUCUUGGUCAUCAUAACAGACGAGAAGUCAUCUGGUGAUACGGUGGUUGCUAAGGGUGUUGCUAAGGACUUAAUUGACAAUCACGUGUCUAUUAUAACUGUUGCACUUGGAAGCGAGGCUGAUCGUAAAGAGUUAGAAGAGCUCACUCCCACUGAUGGCAACUCCCUGAACGCAACAACUGACAAGGAUCCGGGAGAGACUGCUGAAGAGAUCAUAGGGAAAAUAGCACAACGUACGUGGUUAUUUCUAAAUGAUUAUUUGAAGUUUCUGUUAAUUACAUUAGUUAGUUGAUAACUUUAAGCUGAUAGAGGUUGUUGCAAAAGCUGACUCUUUGAAGUGUGGCCCUUGUUGGGAUAAGUUUAUGAUGGGCUAGCGGUCGAAGGCUAGUGGUCGAAGGCUAAUGGUCGAAAUAAAAGAAGAGUGGACGUGGAGUAAUGAUUUUUCGUGGAUACGUGAAAAAAACAAUAGCACGAGCACAUCAACCUUUGAUAAGAUCUUAUCCGUCUUCAUUGACUAUGAUUUUUCUUCCUACAUGUUAACACACGGAACUCUUGAAUGUACUUUAGUGGGGAUGUAGUCUUUCUUCCUUGAAUAUUCUUACAAAUGUUUUAGUUAUUUCAUAUUUUUAGUUAUUUCUCAGAGUGUUUUUUUUCCUGACAGUUCCAGACCCUAUCAACGUAGAGAAGAUCGACAUAGUCUUCGCAGUUAGCGCCUCUUCGUCACAGGCAAAGGAAAUAUUCCAGUUAAUGAAAGACACUCUGUCGUCCAUUGUCGCCACACAUGGCGCUGAAAAUAUUCAUUAUACCAUUGUGUCAUAUGGAUCUCAAAUAAGAUCUUUUGUGAACUUUCAAGACAAUUUUGGAGACGAGAAAGGCUUGUUGAGGAUACUAGAGAACCUCUCUCCCGUGGGUGGUACACCUGAUUUGGACAAGACCCUUGAAUACGCAAAGAGUGCAUUGGAGGGACCGGGCUCCCGUGCAGACGCGAAGAAAUUCCUUGUGCUCCUGGUGGACAACAAGUCGGGUAGCACCGAAGAAGAUGUGUUGAAAUUUGCGUUCUUACUGGAAGGUGGCGGUAUAAAGGUGAUACCAGUAGGAAUAGGAGGUGCUGUAGACCGCGAGGAACUAGAGAACACUACCCCGCUGAAGGGAAAUAUCAUUGAAGUUCCAGAGGAAUCAAAGCCCGAGAAUCUUGGGAAGAAAAUUAUCGACAAGAUCCGAGAAAGUAAGUGUAGAAAUUUUCCAUCAUUAGAAGAAACGUCGGUCUUAUUAGAUCGCACCGCAGAGACCCUGUUAUUGCUUUCUUCUGUAUAGUGCUCGGUUAUUUCGAAAUAUGUUCAGUUGUUAAAUGGGGCUAUUUUGAACGGGUGUGCCUUUGAAAUAAAUAAAUUAGAUUAUAGCAGAGGCAUCAUCACUGAGGAGUCUUCGUCGUCGUCGAUGGUUGGAAAAAAGGAUGUUUCCAGUUGAAGAGGGAGGAGAGCAUGGAUCCUCCCUCCAACCCGAGGAACGACAAGAAUCAAGAUCAAACUCCACAUAUGACGCCAUUUUAGUGAAUUGAACCGCAGUGGUUGGAGGCUAGCAUUGUCGCCACUGCGCCAUCCCCUCGUCCUCUUUUUCCUGCAGAAAUUUAUUGCCCUCCCUCAGUUAUAAUGUUAAGACAUGUUAGCUUAUCUAAAUCAUCGAACCUAUUUUUUCAACAGAUCUGUUCCUUCCAUCAAUCCCAGAGGUCGACCUGGUGUUUGCGAUCAGCGCUGCGUCAGCAAAUGCAGAUGAAAACUUCAAGAAAGUAAAGGAAGUUAUAAAGGCCAUCAUUGACACGUACUCCAUGAACAAGCUCCGCUAUGGUGUCAUUGUAUUUGGAUCGAGCGCAACCACAAGAAUCGCCUUACUGGACGACUUCCCCAGUGAUAAGAAACUCAAGAGUUUUUUAAAUAUCAUUUCCAGAGAGAGAGAGCUUCCUGAUUUAGAUAAGGCUCUAAAGAUGGGAAAGGAAUUGUUUUAUGAGACACCAGAGCGUCCAAAUGCAAGAAGAGUUCUUGUGGUAAUCCUGGAUAGAAAGUCUACAAGUAAGCUUCCCCAAUUAAGGGAAAGUGCGAAAAUGCUGGAGGAAGACAGUAUCAGGGUGAUAGCAGUUGCCAUUGGAAACGAAGUAGAUCGUAAUGAACUUGGAGUGAUCACACCUGACAAGACCCACGUUAUCAACGUCACCACCGACGUCACUGUCAUUGAUUUUAAAGAGAAAAUAAUCCGCAAAGUGUUUGAAGGUAAAUCCACUUACCGCGAUGUUAUAAAAGUUAAAUAUUUACAUUGUCUCUCAUUUUUGUUUCAUACACGGUGGACUGUUAGGAAAAUUGAACGGGACUCAAUUCCUGUAAAAUGGAAUGAAGUUUUAAAACGUGAAUUUUUAGCAGAUAGAUUGUGGUUUUUUUCGACGCUCAGUUGACGUUCAGUGCUUAGACUUUGAGUGCAAGUCAGUUGCGUCACACACAACAGUGAGUUGGCAAAAUAUGGCAAAAAUGAGGCUGAGAAUGUAAUUACAUAACUAAUAGAAGUUACGUUUUUGCAAAUACUGUUUCUCCAAACUCUUUAAACCCCUAUAAUCUAAUUUUUCUUUACAAUGGCACACCUGAAUCAUGCAGUAAGGUCAUUGGAAAAAAGAAAAUUAUCAGCAGCUAUAGAAACUGUUGAUUUUUACACAAAUUCUCCUUGUCAGCAUCUUAGGGAGUGAAUGUCUACUGAUUUUAGGGUGUAAAGAGUUAAACCUUUCAAUGCAUUGGCCUUAAAUUCUACCGCGAGUAUCUCUUGUCCACUGAACUGUACGAUUCAUUUUUCAGAGGAGAAAGGCGAGGAACAUGACUUUGUCAUUGCGGUGUCUGUUGGUCUUAGAAACAUGCCGUUCUUCAAGAAAAUGGGUAUAGAACUUCUGGAUAGAUAUCCAAUUAGCAGAGCUGCUUACAGUUUCCUUACUUACAACUCAGGAAUAAGAAGAGUCCAUACUUUUCAAAGGAAGUUCUCUUCCGAUAGCCAGGUUAAAGCCGUCGUACAGAACCUACCUGCCAGAUUGGGUUCUCGUGCCAGACUUGAUCUGGCCCUGGUGGAAGCAAAGAAAUUGUUUACAGUAGGAUCUGGAAGCCGGCCUCACGCAAGAAAGGUUGUUGUUAUAUACACGGACAGAGAACAAACCGGCAGUGACACGGCUGCAGCAGCCAAAACCUCGAAGGAAAUGGAAAAGGAAGGAAUUCAGAUUAUUGUUGUUCUUUUGAACAUGAGGAACGUUCCUCCAAUUUGCGGUGUGGUCACUCCAAAUAAGAUAAGUAUCAUUCCGUCAAAACCAGAAGAAGGUCCUAAAGUGGGUGUGGACAAGAUCAACGAAGUUCUGAAAGAAGGUAUACAUAUUUUAUUGAUACAGAUCGGAUAUUUAAAUUGCUCUUGUGGUGUGAAAAAUUUCUGUGUAAAAAGGCGAAAGAGUGAGUCACAUUUUCUGUCAGUUGAGUUUGUCCUGUUCUUAGACGUGAUCCACACUUUGUUAUUGGAGAGUUUGUUUCCUGGUUUCCUUCAUUUUAUAUCUGAAUUAAGACGCCAUCAUUCGUAUGGUUGAAGUACAUUUUUUACAUUUUAGGUCUUAAACCGACUCCAGAGAUUGAACUAUGCUUUGCCUUCAGCGCAACAAGCAUAAAAUCAGGCAAGACAUCGCUUUUGAUGAAGAAGACAAUCAACAAGAUCAUCGAAAAGUAUGGCGCUGUCAAACUUCACUAUUUAGCCGUCGUGUUUGGUACCCAAGCUCAACCUUUAAUUAGUUUCCGAGAUCAAAAUCUAAGCGACAAAGAUCUCAUAUCCAUCAUCAGCCGUGUUCGACUACCUCCUGGCAGCCCCAGACUAAAUGUAGCUUUGCAAGAAGUUAAGGAAACCUUCGACAAGAGUCCCAAGCGGCCCGGGGUAAAGCGAGUGCUAGUCGUGUUGAUUGACAACAAGUCAACUGGUGACGCAGACAACAUGAAGAAGCUGCAAGCUGCUAAAGAGCUGUACGGAGGAGACGUGAGCAUAAUCAUGGUCGCGAUUGGUGAAGAAACAGAUCUGAAUGAGCUUGGAACAGUGAUAUCUCGUAAAGAGAAUCUCAUUAAAGAGUCCAUAGACGUUGAUCCAGAAGAACUUGCAGAGAAAAUAGUCGAGAAGACCUUUGGCGGUAAGUAGCCACUCCAUUAUAAUUUCUUUACGUACGAAUGGGGAAUAAUGAUGGCGAGACAGUGAAAGCGCUUCGUUCCCACCGCUGUAGCCUGCGUUGACUCCUGAACCUAAAGCGUCGCCGGUGGGUUGAUGUUGUUAAUAUAGUGGUCAAGAGGGUAUAAACUUUAGCCGGCCGCACGCAAUUUCCUGCGCAGUUUCCCGCGCAAACUUUGCGCAGAAUCCUACGUGGUUGUUUCAAACGUGCUACUUUUAAAUAAUUGAAAAAUAGCACACGUUUUCGAGACGGGCAGUUGAAUCAAACAUUUCGUAUCUUUGUCACAAUUGAAGAACGCAAGAUUUUGAAGUUUUGUAGACGGUUCCUCUAGGUGUUCUUACUUCACAGUUAUUUUACUAAGCUAUUAUUAUCUGGGAUAAUUUUAUAGCUAGAUACUUAACUAGGGGUUUCCUCUGAACUUCGAUCAAAGAUAAUUCAAUAAAGGAAAAGGAAAUGCAUGCGCCUCAGUCGGUCGUAGAGUGCUCCAUCGCUUGAUUGAUAGUUUCUCUUUUCGAUGUCAACAGCUGCAAAAGAGGAACGUAUUCCUGAAACGGAUAUUGUUUUUGCAAUCACUGCAACCUCUUCAAGGUGGAAAAACAACCUUCAACAUAUGAAGGAUGCAAUCACUUCGAUCCUGGACACGUUCUCCAUGGAUUUGAUACGAGUCGGUGUCAUUGUGUUCGGAGGAGAAGUUGAUACUUCCAUUUCCAUACAGAGUAACUUAGAUAACUCGCUACAAGCUGAUGUUGGCAGGCUGCUACCUAAAUUUGGAGUACCAGACCUAAAAAGUGCACUCAGUGUUGCAAAGAAUGUUUUUCAGACAAGCGGGAGAACAAACGCUCGCAAGGUUAUAGUGGUGAUAUCUGACAGACGGUCUGGCAGCAGCCAAGAAGACAUUGAAGCCGAGGUAGAUCGUCUGACUGAAGAAAAUAUCGUACUGAUCAGCGUUGUAAUUGGUAACGAAGCUGACCCUAAAGAACUGAAGAAGUUUACUCCUCACGAAGUGACGAAAACCACACCAGAUGAAAAUCCGAAAGAACUGGGCGAAAAGAUCAUCAUCUUAGUGCUGAAAGGUAAAAAAGUAUUGAUUGAAUAUGUCGUGAAAUCUUGCAAUAUUGCCGUUCAAAAAAUUUGCCUUUUUCCAUUGUUAGGUUUGGUAGGAAUUUAGCUGCGAGAAGAAGUAAGAAUAUUGCGAUAUUGACCUCUACCCGAAGCGGUUACUGUAGAUAUACCUGUAUCUGUUUUAUUUCAUGAUUUGCCAAUUAUCUCCAAAUAGAACCAGGUGUAGACCUUGCUUUUGCCGUUAGCGUUGACCAAGGGAACCUCAAACUUCUCAAGGACACAGUACAGAAAGUGAUCGACAACUACGGCGUGGACAGAAUACAUUAUGGUCUCAUCACAUUUGGUUCGUCCGCCACGAUUAGGAUCCGAUUUACAGAUGAGGUCAAGGACCCGGACGAGCUAAAGAAGUCUGUCAGUGAAAACAUGAUAUCGACUCGCAGUUCUCCGAAUGUAGACGAGGCCCUAGCAAAGGCGGAAAUGCUGUUCCAAGGUUCAAAGCGAGAUCAGACGCACAAAAUUUUAGUGGUGAUAAUGGAUCGGUUAUCAUCGAGUGAUCCUCUUAUCGUACAGGUACACGGUAUUUAGUUGUAAUUGUUUGCAGUAGAGGUGCUCUUCUUUACUGCUUCGGACCUAUAUUCGUCCUACACUAGCGGCGCGCAAAUGUUUCUGAUUUAACUGUGCUGAAAUAGUUAUUUCUUCUUAAAUCUGUUGGGUAGAACACAUAGUAAUAGACCAUCCUAAUAAUUUGUCACGAUUGUGGGACGCACUGAUUCUAAAUACGACAAGCCACUUUUGAUCUCGCGAUUGUAUGAUUAUGACCGUAUGAACGAAUGUUUCUCGACAGCGACAACUUCCUACAGACUGUUUAUUUUGAAAUGUAGUUGUAUUGCUAGUGUGACCGCAAACGUUCCUUAAUUUCGUGCUGAAAGGAAACGAAAGGAAGUAUAUCACUAUAGACUGCUGUUUCUGACGUGGGUUAAAGUACUAACACAUUUUAUUUUAACCAUCUUAGGCCAGAGCUAGAAGACUGGUGGACUUAGGAGUGACAGUAAUCCCUGUUAUUAUUGGCGAUGAAGUAAACAAGGAACAUGUCAAGCCCGUUACAGAUGACGAAGAUCGUAUUGUGCCAGUCCAACCAACUGAUAGACCAGAGGAAGUGACAGUGGUUAUUGUCGUCCAAAUAGACGAGGCUAUAAAAAGUACGUAUCCUCACACAUUUUUGGAAUUUUAUCGCUGUGCUUGUUCAACGAGUGCUCUGUGUUAUUCUGUUAUCCAUUUUUUUAAGUAGACAGUACAGCUUGGCAGCACUUCUCCCUACUGAUUACUUGCCUACAUGGUGAAAUUUCACAUUUUGAAUUACCAGGCCACGAACUCUACCUUGAUUGAGUGAAUAUUUGAAAGUCCAAGCAAAACAAACUUUCGAAGUAACCCAAAUUUCAUGAAAAUAGAAUUGAACUGUUUCAUUUUUCUUAGUACUUCAGAGAGAGUGAAGACGGUUGUCAAAUACGUAACUCUUCGGGCGAAGUAUUCUUUGAAAUUCGCUACUUCAAUGAGCGAAAUUCGCGCACCUCACUCAAUUACGUUUUCUCAAUACUAUAAGUUAGUAAUGGAAACUUUGUGUGGAAUUCAAUCUAUCUUUUAUGUGCCACAGGACCUGCUCAAUUAGUAGACGUCAACCUUGUGUUUGCCAUCAGCGCCAACUCCAUGGAUUCGGAUAGAACCUUCCUACAGAUGCAGGAGAUCAUGAAAUCCGUUGUGGACACUUAUCCCACAUCGAAUAUAUUUUACAGUGUUUUGUCUUUCGGAGAUUCGCCUGUUGUUCAUUUGGACUUCACCGACCAACUUUCCGACGAGAAUAUUAAACGAACGAUUGACUCCAUUGGUCAAACAACUGGUUCAAGCUCUCUCGAUAAAGCCUUGGACAAAGCAAGGGAUCUUCUUAACGCCGCAGCCACAGAGAGGCCCGGUGCGAAAAAUAUUCUUGUUGUAAUGGUAGACAGUAAAUCUGACAGUGACAUGAUCGAUGUCAAGGUCUCGUCAAGACUGCUUCGGGGUGAUGGAGUGAAGGUGAUGGUUGUUGGUGUCGGUAAUGAGGUGGAUCAAGAAGAAACAGGAAGCAUCACAUAUAUUGCGAUUCUCACCAAUACAACCGAUAGACCUGAGGGCGUGGCCAAAGAGAUUAUUAGAAACAUUGACAAAGGUAAGAAUGAAGCAGGUUUGAGGUCGAUUCUUUAUUCCUUUGAAAUUAGUCUCUGUGAAAGAUAGACAUCAUUGGAUGAGUUAGAGUGCAUAAAGUUUUUUCAAUUAUUCACUUGGCGUAUCUUUACACGUCAUAUUGUCAACGCACCUCUUAAACCCUAUUCAAAAGGCGGUCUUAUAUUCGUUUGCAGUUAGUUUAAAGAACUGUUAACGACCAUAACUGUCCUUGGCAACUACAACUGCAUGGGUAUUUUGUAUUAAGAUCUAAACUCCAUGGUGGUAGGACCCCGAAAAACAAUAGAGAACUUCAUCUCCCGACAAAAAAAUUGCUAUGGGUCAAUCCACAUUUCAAUACGCCGCUGGAAAGGAAUUGAACGAUCUUUCAUACGAACUUCGCACCUGCGAUAAGCUAAGAACUUUUAAAUGAAGACUUUACAUUAAUUAAGAUUUAACAAGAAUAUUGUGUUUUCAGUCUAGGUAACGUCUUUAUGAAUAUCAUUAUUAUUUCUAUUAGAAACCUUGCGGAAUGUUCUCAUUCUUUUUUAUUUCAGACACUCGAGAUAUUCCCGCAAUCGACCUUGCAUUUGCCUUGAGUGCUGCUGCUGUAGACGCCGACGAUAUCUUCGAUAAGAUGAAGAAUACAGUAGAUACUAUAGUAAAGCUUUAUGGCGUUGACAAGAUCCGGUACGCACUCGUGACAUUUGGAGACAAAGCUAAUACUGUCGCUGAUUUCGACAAUGACCGCGGGAAAGACGCACUUAGGACAAUUGUUCAAAACGUUAGCCGGCCAACGGGUGAACCAGACGUGAGGGAAGCCUUGGAAGAAGUAGAAAAACUGUUCGAAAAUGCUUCGCCCAGACCUGGAAGCUUGAAAGUGCUUGUGGUUUUUAUAGAUAAGAAGUCAGCCAAUAGCCGUGAUGACAUCAAGGAGGCAGCUAAACCGCUUAUAGAGAAGAAUGUCACAAUUAUACCUGCGACUGUCGGGUCAGAGGUUAAUGUCGAUGAAAUAGAAGUACUGGUUACCAACAAGGAAUUCAUCGCCGUCUGUCCAGCUCCUGAGCCCGACACCUGGCCAGAGAUAAUCAUCGAUAAGGCUAUACAGGGUGGGUCACGGAACUAAAGCUAAAUGAUGAAGCUAAAAGCUUUUGUUACUUGGUUUCCUCUCUUGCAUUGGUCAUUACAGAUUCUAAUAAACUAACGGAAAUUUUGGUCAGUCAUGUGGGAAACCUAGAUAUCUGUUUCAUAUAAUAAUGUUGUUGUUUUUUUUUUUAAAUCUAUGACCCACUUUUUCACAAGAGGUAGGAAACUCGAAACCUAUGGCUUGAAGUGAACUUUUUGCCCAAUUAUUCGCCUCUAGAGCUGUUUAAAUUAAUCUGCCGGCGAUUUGAUAUCUCUGUACUUUGGGUACAGUGUUCUUUUCGAGACCAGAUUCUCAUUAUUACGAGCAAAGACGCUUAUCAAAGACUGUAUUUUACUUGACAUUAAGUCCCUGAGUUCAGUUAAUGUUUUGGAGAGUUGUUAGACCAGAUGAUAGAGCUACAUGUAGCGUUCACACGUUAUGAAAAUUAUGAAAGACAAAAUUCUGAUAUCGGUCGUGGAAUAUAAAAAAGUGUUGUUUGGCGCAAGUUUAACUUCUGCGUUACACUGUAUCAGAAGGUUUCAUGCUAUGAAAAAUCAUUAUUUUGAAUCUAUGAUCCAUAUCCUAAAAUGUCUCUAGAUCUCCAAUAAUACACUGAAACGUAUAACAUAGAGCCAUAAGUUGCAGAUGACGUCGCACGUGUGCUGCAGCAUAACCGGUGCCACAUUUCCGACUACUUAUCGAAAGAUUCUCUUUUUUGUAGAACUGCCAAAGAUUCCAAAGCUCGAUCUGGGAUUUGCUAUCAGCAUCGGUUCCUCGGAUGCAGAUGCCAACUUACAAAAGAUCAAAGACACCAUGAAAUCGAUAAUAGAUCGUUACGGAAAAAGCGAUAUUCGAUACAGCUUCAUUCUCUUUGGUGAUGAACCGUUUGAGAGAGUCAGCUUUGCUGAGAGCCAGCGUUACACUGUCGCUACUCUCAAGGAUAGAAUCAAUCGUUUCACACGAAUCUCUGGUGCAGCUUUAGACAAAACCCUGGAGGAGGCCAAAGAGAUUUUUGAGCGUACAGCGAGACCUGAUGCUAAGAAGGUGUUGGUUGUCAUUAUGGACCAGACGCAGUCGAGUGGAAGGGAGAGCACUAAAAGGAAGGCAAAAGAGUUACAGAUAUCUGGAGUUAAGGUUGUUCCAGUGGUGCUCGGUGAAGAAGGAAACAAAGUGGAAUUGGAGGAAAUCACCCGACACAAAAAUAACCUGGUGGAGAUGGAGAAAGAUGAGAAUGAAGAGAAAGCUGCUGAAAAGAUAAUGAUCAAAGUGCUGGAAGGUAACUUAACAUGUUCCAAGUUUGUCAUUUUACGAAUUCAAUUCAAUCACGUGCAAACAUGAUCCUCACAGCUAGAUUGUCACUUUUCUUUACGGGAUCGGAGAACUCACUAAACCUUGCCUCGCUUUUAACCUUAAUUUUUCAGGUUUUUUUUCUGCAGUCGCUCAAAUUAUGAUUUAUUGCAAGUCAAAUUAAAAUUCAUUUACCGAACUACUGUUUCGUAAUAUCCUUUCAACUUGCAACGUUUUAUUGCGCCUUGAAAACCGUCGGUAAUCAAAAUAUCUCGAAGAAAGUCGUUUUAGAGGCGCUAACAAUUUUAAAGAAUACGCACCAAGAGCCCAUGGGUUUAGAACGAACUUAAUGUAGGCUGCCGUCUUGACAUUUACGUGCUUCUUUUUUCCCUCACCAUCCCUAAGAAGAAAUUCUUUUUCAGCCGCAAGUUGUGUAAGGUCGGCUGUUUAAAUGAUAGUGGCUCGUUUGAUUAUUAAUCUUGUCGCUUUUAAUCCAUUUUCCUGCUUGUCAUUUGUUUGCUUUAGAUGUCACCGAUGAGGAACAGAUGGUAGACAUUGCAUUUGCUCUUAGUGCCACAGCAUUAAGCUCAGACGACAACUUUAGGAAGAUGAAAUCUCUACUGGAUGAGAUCAUAAACAGCUACAGUCCAUCUGCCACUCGCUACAGUAUCAUAACAUUUGGGAAGACCCCAGUGGUUGAACUCGAUUUUGGAGGCGUGAGCGACCUCAUGGAAUUGAGAGAAACCUUACAGCAGAUCACAAAGAAUCAGCAGGGCGCCGACCUUGCCAGGGCCCUUCGAAAAGCUCGGCAGCUAUUCCAGACAGCAGCCGUGAGUCGUCCUAAUGCUAAAAAGAUCCUGGUGGUGGCAAUGGAUAAGGUGUCUGACAGUGAUGAGAUCGCAGUGACAGUAGCCGCCAGAUCUUUGGCUCAGGAUGAAGUCCGAGUUAUCGCUGUCACGUUUGGAAAAGAGGCAGAUCCACAAGAGAUUGAAAAGACAACUCUGAACAAGAACAAUGUGAUCCAAACUGACGAUAAUGAUGGUUCCGAGGAUAUUGCGGUAGAAGUUGUAGAAAGAGCAAACAAUGGUUAGUAGAAAGGAUUUCAUGAACAUUUGGUGUUCAAGUGAAAAUGAAAUGUUUGAGGUAAAUCAAUUUUGUCAGAUGCAUCGGUUAGUUGACAAUAAGAGAGUCAAAAUAGCCAUGAGAAAAUGAGAACAAGAAUGCUAACCAAUUUUAGAACGGCAGUUUUCGCUGUAUCUUCACCAACGAUUGGUUAAAAAAAGAUCAGUUAUUUGAAUCUAUUGGAUAGAUAUAUCGGCAGGGGUUCUAUGGAGAUCCUGACUCAGGGGACAGGGAAAUGUUUUUCAUAUCGUAUACCCCCCCCCUCGUAACAUAGCUCUCCUUCCCCCGUAACUUUUGGUGGCAAAACUUUCUGUUUUCUUUAUUUUUAAUAGAUUCUAUGCCGAUACCAAUGGUAGACUUAGGAUUUGCCAUCAGUGCCACAGACACCGGAGCCGGCCAGACAUACGAAAAUAUGAAGAAUGUGGUCAAACAUAUUGUUAAUUCGUAUGGGUUGGUCAGCAUAAGAUAUGGAGUCAUCCUGUUUGGCGAGUCAGCGACAACAUACAUUCCUUUCUCGCGAACUUUUCCUGACGAGAUGGCAUUGUUAUCGUCCCUCGAUUUGCCACAAAGACUCCGUGGAGAGCCAGACUUGCAGAAGGCGUUAGAGGAAGCAAAGACAAUGUUUGAUCAAGCGACCCCCCGACCUGGUGCUAGAAAAGUCCUUGCUGUCAUCGUCGAUAACGAUUCUUCCAAUAAUAAAAGUGAAAUUAAGGAAGCGGCGAAGGUCUUAAAAGAUGACGACAUCCAAGUCAUACCCGUAGGCGUUGGACCCAAUGUCGAUGACGAGGAACUUGAAAUUAUGACAGGGAACAAGAAAAACGUUAUUAAAACAGACAAGGAUGGCGACUCGUCGAGCGUGGGUGAAGAAGUCAUCAUGAAGAUCCAUGAGGGUGAGAAUUCUGCUUACGCGUUCUCAAAGUGAUGGUUUUGCUUGGUCUUACCAAAGAUUGUCUUCCAUCUCCUCCAAUCAUCCCUUCUGCUCUUUUUUCUCUUCUACCAUGACAUUUUAUUGCCUUCCCAGCCUUUUCCUUCCUUCUUUUUCUUAACAUCCUUCUCCUUUUCCCAUCUCGCCUUCUUCUCUUUCUUCUCCAGCUUCUUCUCGUACCUCACCUACUUAGUUCCAUUUAUCCUUGUCUUAACUCCUGUCAUUUAUACCUUCCUUGUCGCUUCUCCAUCCUCCUUCUCCAGUUCCUCUCCUUUGCUUCCUCUUUCCAUCGCUCUUUCCUGGAGCGUUCUCCUGCUCCCACUGUUUGUCUUACCUCCGAUUACCAUUGUCUCUCCCUUUUCUUCCUCUUCCUUUUUCUCACUCACCUCCUUUCAUUUUUUUCUUUUUCUCCGUCUCUUCCUUGUCCUUCUCCUCAUUUUCUUCAUCCACACCUUCCGCUCUCCCGACUUACUCCUUUUACUUCAACUCAACUAUGAAUCUCUCUUUUCCUCCAAGUAGAUCCUCCCAUCGUGCCAGAAACAGACCUCUUAUUUGCCCUUAGUGCUAACGCAGUAAAAGACAGAGACAACUUCCAGCAGAUGAAAGAUAUCAUCAAGGCCAUGAUUGAUCAGUACGGGACAUCUAGUCUUCGGUAUGCUGUUAUGACGUUCGGAAACGUACCGAUUAUAAGAAUUUCCUACGAUGCAGCUUUCUUGGACGAUAAAGCCUUGAUGAACUUAGUCGACGCGGCUCAGAAAACUUCAGGAGCAUUAUUAGAUAGUGCUCUUUCAAAAGCCAAGCAGUUCUUCGAAACCCAAGGUCGUCCUCUCGCGAAGAAGGUGCUGGUGGUGAUUUCUGAUAUCAAGUCUAGCAGUUCUCUUGGAGAUGUCCAGACGCAGGCCAAGUUCUUGGAAAAAGACGACAUCAAAGUUAUUCCAGUCGCCCUUGGAAAACAGUCCGACAUGAAAGAACUGUCUGCAACCACACCGAACAAAGAGAACCUUGUAGAUAUUGACGAAGGUGAUGAUCCAGCAGAAACUGCCGAGAUUAUUAUGCUGAAGAUUGUGAAAGGUACUCGCACUAUAUGUUUUUAGUAAUCACCAUUUUAAAACUUAGGGAUGGUAACUUUUACAAAAAACACCCUCUUAAAUCACUACACCAUUAACCCAAGCAGUGUACACGGUGAUGGAAAUAGGUCCAAGUGGCGUCCAAUUCUGUUUGUAAUCAUGCGAGUGAUCAAAGAAAUUGCACGAUUGCGAGGCGGAAGUCCGGUUUUUCAAUCACGGUAUGAUUACAGACAGAACUGUGCGACAGACAGUGCUGCUCAUUAAAACUGUGAUAAAUGUUAGAAACGAAAAAGUUGACCGUAUUCAGAGAAAAAAAAUAGCAAUUGGCGUUUAUUCACGGGUAAAUAAACCAAAUAGUCUGUCUAUCAGCCUGCUCAUUUGACUUAAUGUACCGUCCAAGUACACAGAAAUGACGUGUUAAUUGCCUUCUUUAACUUUUCGACUAAUGCUAGAAUUGACUUGCCGAUAACCAAUCACGUUCGAGAAUUUUGUCAUAAUUUUGAAUAUCAAAGGGAAUUAGAAAGCAAGCAUUUGAUUUUUCUGUCGUGACAAUCGUACGUUCUUCAAGUAUUGGCUUGACAAGUCGAUCCGUUUUUAAAGAAUGCAAGCAUGUUAACUGUAGAAAACUCACCUUUAAAACUUGCUAGGUUACCUAUGGUGUUUAUUUCCUUGAUUUCCUUUAGAUGUUCCUAAGAUACCGGAGAUGAACUUAGCAUUUGCCAUCAGCGCCAGAGCUAUAGAGGACGCGACAAACUUUGCGAAGAUGAAGGACAUCAUACGGUCAAUCGUGCAAAAGUUUGGCUCAAGUCGAAUCCAUUACAGUGUCAUUACAUAUGGCGACCCACCAACCACUGUUCUGCCAUUCGAUCGUAGGCUUCCUUCCGACGAGGAUUUAAAACAGCGCAUCAGUAUGUGCAACUAACAAGUUUGAGACCCCUAUUUUAUAAACGUAACAUCUUAUUGCAUAGCUUUGAAUUUGCAAAAUUUUUUAAAAAUGAAAGUAGUUGGUCCAAAUAGACUUAAAUAGGGGCCUCGUGUUGUCAACUGUUCCCGGAGUCUGUAUAGAGACCUAAAUGGCAAAUUUAACACGAAAUUUUUGUUUCAUGUUAGUUUUAACUAACUAAAGGCAAAUAUGCGUUUGUAAGCCACUUCCCGUACGUUUGACGCUGGUUACAUCUGUUUUCAUCUUGUUCUACUGUGAAAAGCAACACUUGCUGUGAUUGGUCGUUUAUGUUAUAAAUUUGGUAAGAUACGGUUACCUUGUGGUCGAUGUCCUGGAGGUGGCGGUUCUAGUCUCUUGGGUGACAUUCAUUUAAAUUUUGAUCAUUACAGAAUCCAUUUCCAAGAACGGUGGUGGUGCAGCGUUGGUUGAGGUGCUGCAAGAGGCCACCAAGCAGUUUGAUGCUGCAGCUAAAGUCCGGCCUAAUGCGAGGAAGGUUCUAGUUGUUAUAGCGGAUAAGGAAUCCGAUAGCAGGGGAGAGGAUCUCAAGAAGGAAGUUUUCAAGUUGCAGCCCGUUGGCAUCAAGGUUAUUGCUGUUGCCUUGGGUGAAGAAUCUGAUGAGGAUGAACUUGAUAUUUUGACGCCUGAAGAGGGUGCAGUCAUUGAGGCUAACAGUACUGACGGCACCAGGAAAACCGCUCAUGCCAUCAUGGAAAAAGCUCUACAAGGUGAGGUGCAGUCGCGUUGGGAAAUUUGAGAGUCGAUGUAUUAAGGACUUGUGUGAACGUUGGACAAUUUAAAUUUGAGUUUCAAAUUAAGAACAUUUAUGUGAGUUUGCCUGGUUCCUAACAUGUGGCUCGUAGCGUACGUGAUAGUAGGGCCCGACAAAGGCACAGGUUCGAAUCUUGUCGAAGCCUGAAUGUUUUUUAAGCUCCUGCGAAUUUUUUAAUUGUAGCUUAUCUGCGACUAAAACCUCCAUUUCUCACUUAACGUUAGUUUCUGUUCACUCGAAAACACUGCCCUCUUUGUAAGUGCUUAACUUGUUUGUGUGGAUCACAACACCGAAUUUGAUAAGUAACUUUAGUUUACUCUUUUUACAAUGUAGACUCUUUUCCUUUUUUUUUAUUAUAGAUUAUCCAGAAACACCCUACCUUGAUAUCCUCUUUGCCAUCAAUACCGCUGGUAGAGAUGCAGUGAAGACCUUUGAGAUGCUGAGAAAUGCUCUUAAGAAUAUUAUACAAAUGUACGACCCAGAUCGCGUACGGUAUGGUGUAAUCAUUUAUGGCGACUCUGCAUCGCUCGUUGUCCGAUUCUCUAAAGAUCCUCAAGAGGUUAAGAAACUGACCAGGGAUAUCGACGAGCUGUCGCAACCUUCUGGAUUACCAAAUCUCGAGGGACUGUUACAAGCAGCAAAGAAGGUGUUUGAGCAGGAUUCCGGCCGACCCAAAGCAAACAAGGUGCUGGUUGUAGUAACUGAUGCUAAAUCGUCAUCAACGUCAGAUGACAUAAAGCAGGCUGCUAAACCGCUGGAGGAAGAUGGGGUAACAGUUGUUGCAGUAGCUGUAGGGGAUGAAGCAAAUAACAAACAGUUGGAGAAAAUGAUACCUGACAAGCAAACGCCUUUGUCUAUUGACAAGGAAGGAGAGCCCAAUGAAAUAGGAGAAAAAAUCAUGGAGAAGGUUUUGGAAGGUGGGUGUUACUCAUUAAUCCAUAAAGUUUAUCUCCAAACUUAUUCACUCAACUAAUUUUCUGUUAGGAUAGGCAAACACUCGGAAAUUCACCUAAACCUUCAAAAGUUGGUUUGGAAUGGAGAGGAUUGGACUGCUGAUAGCUACCUUAAACAAUUUGAGCUUCAUUUUCCAAGAGAGACACACUGUGAUGUAGCUCUUUCGUUACUGUCUGUUAUUGUUUCUUUUCAGCCAUCCCUCAGAUACUUGAUUUAGAUUUGUUGUUUGCCAUAAGUGCCCGUGGUGCGUUGGACUCAGCGAAAAACUUCCGGGAAAUGAAGGACAUUAUCGACAGGGUCAUCGCCAAAUAUGGUAUCGGUAAAAUACAAUACAGUUUCGUCGUGUUUGGAUCUACCCCGGCGGUAAGACUGACCUUUACACGGCCUGUGAACGACGAACAACUGAGAGGAAUCCUACAACAAACACAACGCUCAGUUGGUGCAAGCCUAAAAGAUACACUAAAAAGAGCUGAGAGGAUCUUCGAUGCUUCCCCCCGACCGAACGCUAAGAGAGUGUUGGUUCUUGUGAUGGACAAACGGUCUGACAACCGUCUCGAUGACGUUAAAUUGUCAGCCGAGUCUCUAUGGAGGUAUGGUGUCAAAGUUAUCCCAGUGGCCUUUGGACGAGAGGCUGCACAGGAUGAAAUGGAGGCUACAACGUCCGAGGAAGACAAUUUGAUUGACGUGAGAGACACCAGCAAUCCUGACCAAGUCGCCAAAGAGAUAAUGGAAAAGGUUUUAGAGGGUCAGUGAUGUUUGCGAGGCUCAAAUAUGCUUUUAUUGUGUUGUUUUGUGCUAGUCGCCACUACUUCAUACACGGAUGAAUUUAUUCACGUAGAAUCAUAACCAUGGGUUUUCAUUGCUUUCCUUUUUCGUUCUGUAGAUUUCAAUGUUCCCAAAAUGGACAUAGCGUUUGCCAUCAGCCCCACAGCCCACCAGUCAGAUGCAAACUUCAUGAAAAUGAAAGACACAGUUAAACAAUUUGUGGAUAGAUUUGGUGUGCACGGAAGGGUGCACUACGCUUUGAUGACGUUCGGAGAUCCCCCGACGAAGGAUUUGCAAUUUAGCGACAAAAUGGCAAGUCCAAGCACUCUUAAGGAACUGAUAGAUGGAAUCGGUAAGCCAUCUAGGGAAGCUGCAUUGGAUGAAGCUCUCAGUGCGGCUAAGUUGUUGUUCAGCCCUGGUGCAGGUGGAAGGGAGGAUGCUGAGAAGAUUCUGAUAGUCAUGACCGACAGGGAGUCAGACAGCAGCAACAAAGAUGUCAUGAUGUCUGCCAAACAGCUGAAGAACGAAGGAAUCCGUGUCAUUGCAGUUCCGCUUGGUGACGAGGACAACUUAAAUGAAGUGGAGGUUAUUGUAUCCAUCGGUGAAGACGUUAUUAAGCCGAAGACUACAGACAAACCCAGGCACAUCUCAGAUGAGAUUGUCGGAAACAUUCUUAACGGUUAGUUGCGUCUGUAUUUGUGGUCAUUGUAGACACAACGAUUACUGUCCCUACCUCGGAGGCUUGCGAAUUGUCCGACUGUGUAGUAAUGAAGGAAUUUGUCGCCUAGUUUAUGGCCUAUCUCCUCCUCCUCCUCCUCCUUGGAAUUUUCGAGGGACUCAAGAUUUUUUUUUUGCUCAUGACAAAUAUUCGACAUCUUUGUUUAUUGGUAUUUAUUGUAAAUAUAUGAUGACAGAAUGCUUUCCUAAAGUGAACGUCUCUUUUUCUUAUGUCAUUGUAUCUUUUAGAUGAACUUCGAACUCCCAAAAUCGAUUUAGGAUUUGUGAUCAGUGCCUAUGCUACAUCAGCAGCAGAUACCUUCCAGCGUAUGAAGGAGACUAUUAAUGCCAUUGUUGACGAGUAUGGAGUCUCUGGUAGAAUCCGCUACGGUCUUGUCACGUUUGGCCGAGACGCAACUCGAAAACUGAGCUUUAGCCGAGAGAUUUCUGACAUCAACUCUCUAAAAGAUAAGAUAAAGAAUACUCGUCGUCCUUUUGGAGAUCCUGACUUACAAAAAGCUUUAGAAGAGGCCAAGAAAUUAUUCGAGACUGAGCCAAAACGUCCUGAUGCCAUGAAAGUUAUUGUUGUGAUAACUGAUAAGAAAUCCACGAGUCGUCCCGAAGAUGUGAAGAUGGCUUUCGUUCCGUUAGCGGAGGAAGGUGUUAAAAUUAUCCCUGUAGCGGUUGGUUCAUCAGCAGACCCCGAUGAACUGGAAAGGGUUACAUCCAAUCGCGGUUACCUCAUCAUGACAGAGAGGGAACUGGAUCCAGAUGUGACUGCGGAACAGAUAAUGGAGAUGAUUUUGAAAGGUAUUUCAAAUUUUGUUUAAAAGUUUUGAAUCUAAGAGUUAUAGUCGAAGGGGAACGUUAUGGACCAGCUGUCAGUAAUUCUGCGGUGUCGCAAGUGACUGAAAUUAAAACAUCAGGCCUCGUGUUGUUUAUCAGCGGUUGAGGCGAUUUUGUCCCAGCAUGUGAUUUACACUACCUCUACUUGUCUCCUCUUUGACCCUGACCAUUGCUUGAACGAAAAGAUCUCUGUCCUAACAAAUAUUGUUGUUCUCAUCACCUGCAAAAUCGUUGGACUCCACGAUACAGAAGAAAUGAUGAAUUAAGCAGAGGUAGUAAAGUAUUUUACUUUUGCUGUUAAACGAGUAGAAUGUUUGGAGUGAUUUUUACCCUGUUCUAGAGACCUUAAAGGAGGUAAAUCGAAAUACAUCCCAAAUAUAUGUUGUUUGCCUUAUUCAUCAAAGAUUUGCCAGCUGUGCCCCAAAUGGACCUUGUACUCGCCAUCAGCACCAUCUCAUCAAAUGCUAAUGCAAACCUCGCUAAAAUCAAAGAGGUGGUCCAGGAACUGAUUGACACGUACGGUGUUCAGCGGGUCUACUACAGUGUCAUACUGUUUGGUCGGGUUCCUAGCAUAAGGAUAAGGUUUACACAACAGUUGGAUGAAGCUUCCUUGAAGUCAGCUAUCCAGGGUUUGCGAAGACCUGGUGGAGGUUCAUCGCUUUCUGUUGCGCUAGAGACGGCUAGAGGCGUGUUUCGGGACGGCCGUCCAGACUCCAAGAAGGUCGUGUUGGUAGUAAUGGAUGCGAAAUCAGGAAGCAGUAUGGACGAUGUGAAAGAGGCCGCCAAUGAAUUAGAAGAGGAUGGUAUCAAGGUCAUUCCACUGAUGUUAGGAGGUCAGGCAGAUCCGGAUGAGGCCUCAGCUACUACCACGAACAAGCAGAAUGUUGUGAAGGCAAAUGACACCAGUGAUACGAAAGCCGUUGCCGAGGAAAUCACACAGAAAGUUACAGACAGUGAGUAAAAGAAAUACAUCUGCAUUCAUCGGUAGGAAAAAUUUGCGAAAGCCGAGUGAGGAGAUCAGGUCUUAGAUUCAGUUAGUCUGAAGUUUGUAAUCUCUUUCCGGCCCCCAUAAAGCGCAGAGCACAGCAUUGAUAUACAUUUGUCGACCGUUCUUGAACUUUCUACAAACUUUUAAAGGAAAUGUUUGCCAUAAUUGGCAGUAAUGUUUUAAUCUGAUAGACCAAUUUACCGUUGACGCUAAGAGUAUUGUGCCUCGUUAGUUCACAACAUUUUGACCACUGAGAUGACGAACAUCGUUGUCAAUAAGAGUACAGACCACGCUAAACCGAUGUCGACUUGUUAAAUGCCGCGAUUUUUGCAUUCAAACAAAUAGUAGUUCAAGUUAAAAUUUGCGUUAAGUUUACUUUCGAGUUAGGUGUGGUUGACCCUUACAGCUGAGCAUCGUGAUUAGCUCAUAACAAAUUAUGGUAGUACCAAGUUAUUUGAAUUACUUUUCACGAGGCAUUGACUCUUCACCGUUGAAAAGUAACUUCUGUUACCACCGCUUUAUUCUAGGUGAGCCAGUUAUUCCAUUGGUUGAUAUGGGAUUUGCUAUCAGUGCAACGGCAAUAAAUUCCAGAGAACAUUUCCGGAAAAUGCAAGAAGUCAUCAAAACCUUCGUUGAUAAGUACGGUUCUCAGAGGAUUGCUUACAGUGUUCUGACAUUUGGAUCGAACCCAACUAUUAGUGUCCGCUUUAGCGAUGCAGCAAAUGGAGACGAGGUCUUGAUGAGCAUCAUAAACAACAUACCACAAAACGAAGCGAGAGCGUCUCUUGAUAAAGCCCUGCACGGAGCGAAAGAGCUUUUCAAGGAUUCCAAUGGUGCCCGAAAGGAUGCUAUGAAAGUUUUAGUGGUGAUCACAGACGAAAAGUCGGAUAGUCUGGAGCAGGAAGUGAAGAAAGCAGCUCAAAGACUCGACGAAAACGACAUCCGGGUUAUUGGCAUUGCACUUGGAGAUGGAAGUGAUGGAGAACUGGAGGGGAUUACUGAUAUUGAGGGUGACGUCAUCAACACAACCGAUUCGACUUCACCCGAGAAAAUUGUGGAGAAAGUAGUUGAGCAAGUCUUAAACAGUAAGUUCCUGAGUAAUGUUUUUUACUUUGUCUGCCGCACUGGUGAUCAUAUAAGUAAUAUAAGACGCAGUUUUUUUAAGCAAAUUCAACACUUACUCGCAAGUGCCCAGAUUCACAGCUUAUAAAAAUUUUCCUGUCAUCUUUUGUUUUGUUUGUUUUUCAAAUUGGAACGUAGACAAAACUAUUCCUCUUAUGUUUUGGAAGACAAGUAAGAUGACGCAAAAUAAUAAUCACAUUCAAGCAUGUUGCGUGCGAGAUUAGAAACGUUUUUUGCGUGUCUGAAAGUCCCCGCCUCAACCCUCCCACCUGCUCGCCCCUGAACGUUGUACGACUAUUUUAAUUACGUUUUUUGAAUACCUUAUUGAAGAUAGCAAUCCACGAGUCAUAAAUUAUAAAUAAAAGAAAUUGAUGUUUUGGAAAGUUCUUACGAAGUGGGUGAUGGUACACAAAAGUGAGAUGACAAUUAUUUUUCGUUGCAUAUGCACACGAUAACACCAUGAUUUUUUUUUCAAUCAAAAUUUAACAGUCAAAUUGUUUGUUUAUCGCAGAAACUGCUACACUUGAUGAGAUAGACUUGGCAUUUGCCAUCAGUUCUGCUGCCGCGGGCUCUGACACAACUUUCCAGCAAAUGAAAGACACCGUACAAGAGAUAAUGCAGACUUACAAAACCGACAAACUGCGGUAUGCUGUGAUGGUGUUCGGAGGUCGGGUCCUUUCUCCUAUCAACUUUGCAUUGACACUUCCAGAUGACAAAACGGUACAGUGAUUUAUGCCAUUAUUCCAGUACAUAAUUGUAAUGCAAGAAUGAUAGGUACCCAUUGAGUGGGACGGAAGGACGGAAAAAUGUGUAGGUCGUGGUCAUGACUAACUUACUGAGCGCAGCAUUUGUGCUUCAUUAUGGAGAACCCAAUAUUUCCCUGUCCAGCCUGACCUAAGUCACUAAGCGUUUUAUUUUACGACCGUCGCUCUGUCUUUUUUCUUCCUUUCACCUUAUGCCUCGCUGCUCAUGACGUCGUAAUACUCACCCCAUCACAGCCCUCUUAAGGGUAGUUUUUGUCCUAUUAAGAAAAAGCGCGCGUAGAGCCAUACGGUUCAUAUGAUAAUUAUCAGCUAUUCACCUCAGUGCCAGUGGCUAGUGGUGGAUAUCUACCAUAUAUACCGAGCUAAGACGUAGAUAUCCACCGCCGACACUGAGGUGAAUAGUGGUUUCAGAGUAUAUUCAAAGAGUGAGAUAAUAUACCACACUAAGAUGAUUUUAACUCAUUUAUUUUUGCAAAGAUUACAACAUUUUCGGGCGCGAGUCCCGCGCGAGUCGCUCGUAGGAGAAUAGCAAAGGAUAUUCGGACUUCGAGUAACCAAUCAGAGCGCACCUUUUACUCUGUCCACUGUUUUAGUUUAGACCUACAAGUCUUAUAGCAUGCCUAAACGUUACGACGGCAAGUCAGCACAAGAAGAUGAUGUCGACUAGUUGUACAUCACCAUAUAAAGGUCUAUGCUUUGCUUUGCUGUGAUUGGGUACUUUUCAAUAGCUUUGUUCGGCAUAUUUGUCAAAAUUAAUCACAAACGAUAGGACCAGCCUAAACUGUAUUUUAGUUCUCCACGAAUAAUAACCACGUACAUAAUGCUUCAUAAUCUUCGUGUUAAAACUGAACUUUUCCUUCUAUGUGUCUUUUUGGUUCCUCUUUGGCACCAUGGAGUCUUCGUGCGCUCAUGUAAAGGAAUAGAUGAAAUUCAUAGCGCGCAAACUAAUAUUAGCCGCCAUUGAAGCACUUUGAUAUUUUAUAAGCAAUUUUUUACCGUUUGAAAUAUCCAAAAUUUCCAGGAAUUUUCCCGCUUUGAUUACAUAGAUAAAUCUGAAAUGACACAACUUGAGUAUCUCCUGUAUUCUCCCUCAGAUAAAAACGUAUUUCAACUCCAUCUCGCGUCCUUCGGGUGAACCCAACCUCGAGCAAGCUUUGUCAGAAGCCAAGAAAUUAUUCGACCAGGCUUCGCCACGCCCAAAUGCCAAGAAAGUUUUAGUGGUCAUCAUGGACAAGAAAUCUUCCAAUAAAUAUCAGGAGAUUGACGUCGCUUUGAAGCCUCUCAAGGAAGAUGAUGUCAAAGUGGUGCCAGUAGCCGUUGGCACUGAUGCCAGUUUAGAUGAAUUGAAGAACAUUACGUCCGCAGAGGAAUAUGUAGUGACUGCAGAGAAGAGCACAGAUCCUGUGAAGCUUGCAGAGAAGGUUAUGAUCAAAGUGACCAAAGGUAAAUGAUUGUCGAUCAUGCGCAAUGUGUUGGUGAGAGAGUAGGACAAUGUAACAAUUGACCUUACUGAGGCUGCUAUUGUCACCUCCUCUCAUGGAUGUACUACAUCUCUUGGUUUACAAAAUUUAAAAAAGAUGUUUCUUUUUUUUAUAGAAAUAUUGGACGUACCUGAGACGGACAUGAUUUUUGCAAUCAGCGCCACUGCACAGCUGAAUCAAUUAGAUAACUUCCGUCAGAUGAAAGAGAUCAUCAAUGCCAUGAUUGACAAGUACGGCACAGGAGACCUAAAGUACUCGGUCAUAGUCUACGGAGAUGAACCACAGCUAGGACUUCGCUUAAACAGCAACUUUGAGUCGGACGAAACUCUAAUGAAUUCCAUCAGCUCAAUUCGUAGUGGUCGUGGAGCAUCACUUUCUAAAGCCCUAAGACUUGCGAACCAGGUGGAGUAGAAACAAUAACUUCUUAAUAUUACUUGUUUGCCUCUUGGUCAAACAAUGAAAGGAAGCGCAAUACAAUCAAACUAGAUAUAGCAAUUUUGAGCUGAGUUUCGAAAGUAGUUUGCCAUCGUCUGGGUUUGCGAUCGGCCGAGAAAAUUUGCGUUACCCUAUAAGCGAGUCAGAUGAAAUUUGCAACCGUUCCGAGGUUGCGCAGGAGAUUGGGUCGAGUUAUGUUUCGCAAAGCAUCACGGGGUUGUUUUGGAAACCAUUAAUAUUUUUCUCAUUGACUCGCUGUAAUUUAAUCUUUGUUUUGAUUUGCUGUUGUGAUUAGUUUUGGUUUGGUUUUGCAAAAUGUUUUAACAAGAAUCUCUCUGUUAAGGGUAACGUCAGACUAUGCAAAUGUCGUGAAAACGAUUAUAAAAGUCACUGAACCUCCCAAACGUUGGAGGUUACCGAAUUUUGAAGGGUAACAAUAAGAUAUUUGCAUGGAACUUUGAGACGUUAUUAUUAUUAAGAGCCCAUAUCGGUUUGCUGUCUUUUGGCUACUGGUCUCAAGUUUUCGUAGUAAAUACCAUUGAAAUAGAAAGUCUUUCACCCAGUAACUUAUUUUUUCCUCCAUGUAGGAGUUCGUUUUAUUGGGACGUCCAAACGCCAGGAAGAUUUUGGUUGUAAUCACAGACAAGAGAUCCACGAGCGAAAUCAGUGACGUCACUAAAGCAGCCAGAAUCCUGGAGCAGGAAGACGUCAGAGUUAUACCAGUGGCGCUUGGAAACGAGGCUGACGUAAACGAGUUGCAGAAAAUCACGCCGUGGCUGGAUGAUAUAAUAGAGACUGACAAGGAUAGCAAUCCAUAUAAAGUGGCAGAGGUGAUUCUGAAGAUUGGGUUGGAAGGUUGGUGGGAAAACUUUUAUACAUUCAGUGACCGUUGUCGUUGUCAGUGACCGACGUCUUGGCAAACUGAGUAGAAGUAUUUAUCAGGGUCAAGAUUUCCCCUCAGACUCUCGGAAAGCCAGUCACUGCUCCCUGUUACAGAAAUUUGUAGAAAAUAAUGUAAUUACCAACCAAAAACAAACAUUUCUGGCUAAAAAUUUGUUAUCAGACGGUUACCAGGUUAUGGAGUGUUGUGGAGGCUACUACCUUUUUAACCCCUAAGAGUGACCAGCAUCUGAUUUCUCCCUACAAUAUCGCCCCUGGAUCAAACAUCAAGGUUGCGAGAAUAAAGGAAAUGAUCACCAAAUAAAGAAGCUCUUGACUGUUAAGCAAAUUCUCCUUGUCAGCACCUUAGAAAAUAUAUAAAGAACAGUAUAGAUAUGCUUACUGAUGCUAGGCGGUAGGGGGUUAAUUAAUACUUGAGGUAAUGAAAAACCGCUAUGUUUAUACUUUUGAUUAAAUUAUACAACCUUUGUAACUACUUCGUUUCACCGCAGUUUUUACUGUUUUCCUUUAUCUGCAGAUAAACCAAAACUUCCAGAAUUGGAUCUUGCCUUCGCCAUUAGCGCCACAGCUCUGAAAGCCGGUGACAACCUCAAGAAAACUAAAGACAUAAUCAAGGAUAUUGUCGGCAAAUAUGGAAUCAAUAAAAUGCACUACAGUCUGGGUACAUUUGGAAGCAAGCUAAACGUCAUUAUCAAGUUCAGCCGACAAGUAAACAGUAAUGCUCAGUUCAUGCGUCUGGUGGAUUCUGUCCGCGGAGUCCAACGAGGCUCUGACUUGGCUAAAGCUCUGGAAGAGUCCUCAGCCAUGUUUACCGAGGAGAAUGGAGGGCGACCGAAUGCCAAAAAGAUAUUAGUUGUGAUCAUCGAUAACAAGUCAGACAGUUCUGGUGAUGACACUGAAGAUGCCGCGGCUUUGGUGAGGGAAGCUGGCAUCCGAGUGAUCCCAGUUGGGCUUGAUAGAGCGGACAAAGGUGAGCUGGACAAGACGACAGCUGUGGAGGAGGAUGUGCUGACACCACCAGGCAGCGACACGGCUCAAAACAUUGCGGAGGAUAUUAUAAGAAGGGCACUGAAUGGUAAGAAAACCACGUGAUCUUUGUUGACGGAGUGCCACGUGGAAGGUUGUAGGUAGGAAUCCAGUUAAUUAGACUUUAGAUUUUUUAUUAUAUUUUUCUUAUCUUUCAGAGACAGCAUCAGUUCCUCUUUUAGAUUUGGGCUUUGCAAUCAGCGCAUCAGCACAGGAUGCAGACAAAACGUUUACUCUGAUGACAGAAGCUAUAGACUCCAUUGCAACACAUUACGAGGCCAGCAAAAUCCGCUACGCUUUACUCACAUUUGGUAGCACAGUCAGUAAAGAGGUUACUUUCACUGAAGAUUCGCCCAACCCAGAAGAACUACGAAAGGCUUUGGAAGGGGCUAGUAAACCGAGUGGUGCACCAGACUUAAAGAAAGCUCUCGAGGAGGCAAAGAUGAUGUUCAAACAGGCGACCCCUCGACCCGGAGCUAAGAAGGUUCUUAUAGUAAUAAUGGAUAAAAAGUCAGCCAGUGAUGCCAGUGAUGUUAAAGAGGCAGCUAAACUGUUGGAAGACGUGAAUGUCAAAGUGGUCCCUGUGGCAGUGGGUUCCGAAGUCAGUCUAUCUGAACUUGAAAAGACAACAACUAAUAAGAAAUUUAUCGUUAUCGUCGGAAAUGAGGAGGAUCCAGAGAGACUUGGAGAAGAAAUAAUCCGAAAAGCUUUAAAGAGUGAGUGUUUUGUUUCCCUUAAAGCCUGUAACUUGCUUUAGGCCUUAUGCGCUUUUAUGCGUCUUUUCUUGCUAGUAUUAGAAUCAAUGACUGAUGCUUCCUUGUUGAAGUAGCUGUUGGGAUCAUUUAUACGCGCAAGUCUUUGUCUUGACCUGUUGGCAUCCCCGGGAGGGAUUAUAUUGAACGUAAAAUGUGAAUGAAUCACUUAAAGUACCUUCGCUCUCUACGUAUAUGGUGAAGCACCGUGAAAAUAUGUUACUACGUGAACAUUAUAACAAAUGUCAUCUCUGUUUUCUUACAGAUCUUCCAACAGUCCCAAUGGUCAACUUGAUCUUCGCGAUCAGUAGUCUCUCCUUUAAUGCGAACGAGAAGUUCCAAAAGAUGAAAAACAUCAUCAAAACCAUGGUAAAUGAAUAUGGCAAGGAAAGGAUUCACUACAGUCUCAUUGUGUUUGGAAACGAACCUUCGGUUGAGCUGAGAUUCUCCAGGACCUUUGAUAGCGACGCCGAGCUUAAAGCACACCUUGAUCUUCAGGCCAGAGUCUCGGACGGAGCUGCUUUGGAUAAAGCCUUGAAGAAGGCUGCUGAUUUGUUCGGGGAAUAUUACCGGGAGGGUGCUAAGAACGUGCUGGUGGUGAUAAUGGACAAGAGGUCUACCAGCAACAGAAAGGAUGUGCAGAGCAUGGCUGUUCCAUUGUGGGAGGAUGACGUCGAGGUGAUUCCGAUUGCGUUUGGGAGCCAGGCUGACAAGAAGGAGCUGGAGUUGAUUACGCCUCAUAAGGAAAAUUUGAUAUUGGCAUAUGUGAAUAACAAGACGGUAAACAUUGCUCAGAGAAUCAUGGAGAAAAUGAUGAAAGGUAAAGUGGCAAAAUCGAGGCGGUUUAAUUGUCAUCUCAGGAAAACGCAAUAAUAUUUCUGUUAAUGAAAAUCACUUUCGUACCUGCUGAUGAAACUUUUUAAAGUUGCAAAUCAGUCGCUUCGAAAGGUAUUGUGUGCACUUCCAGGGAGUGUUUUGUUUCCGACUGACGUCUACACCAGCAGGUAAAUUUAAAUGAUAGGACUCGUCCUCUUAGUCAAAUCAGCUUUGAUAAUUUAGGGUGGCCAGCAGAACAGGCGUUUCUCUUUUGGAGCCAAACUUCUCGUGGCUUUGCCGCUCGACGCAAAGGUUUGUGUGUAACAAAACAGCGCUAACAAAAUAGCCAGCUAAGCAGGGUAAAAUCAGGGCUGCUCUGCUCACUGCAUAUCAGCCGUUACAAUCUGCGACCUCAUCUUCCAACAGUUAAAUACACUUUUCUUCCUAUUUUACUGUUCACGUUGGAUGACUUUAUUAUUUGGUGUUUUCCUAGCUAUACCGAUAGUAGACUUGGCCUUCGCCAUCAGUUCCAAUGCUGCUGGAAAAGAGGAAACGUUUCAGAAAAUCAAAGACGCUAUUGACUUUAUUAUUACAUACUACGGCAACGAUCGCAUUCGUUAUGCAGUGGUCACAUUUGGUUCAUCUUCGUACGACGACGUCAAGUUCCAAGAUGGUCGGACAGUGGAUGAACUCAGACAAUUAAUCAAACGUCUUCCUCGUGCUACUGGUGUAACAAAUCUGAAAGAGGCGCUGGAGACAGCAAAAGGAGUAUUUGAUCAAGCGUUAGACAGACCAAGGGCCAAAAAGUUCUUGGUUGUUGUCAUGGAUUCCAAAUCAGGAAACCAGCCAGGAGAGAUCCAACAAGGUGCAAAAGCUUUAGAGGAGGAAGAAAUCAAGGUGGGUCGGCUUCGUUUUGUCAAUUUUAACCCUUUUAUUCCUAAAGCCUGAUUGCUAAUUCUCCUCUCUAGCUGCCACAUGUUUCCUUGCAAAUCGGUUAAAAAUACAAGGAUAAUGACUACCUUUCUAUCUUGUUCUUGCAGGUCAUUCCAGUAUCCAUUGGCACCGGUGCUAGUCGCAACGAAUUGGAAAAAAUCACCACAAACCGGAAGAAUAUGAUAUCCUCACCAAAAGAUGAAGAAUCUAAAGCUCUGGGAAAGAAGAUCAUAAGCAUUGUCAUAAAAGGUAAUGAACUUCUCUUGUCUCUUUAUUUUUGUUGACCAAUUUUGCUUUAGCGUCUUGUGAUAUUUACCUUAUUUACGGUUGGUCGAUGUAAUAACGUUGGAGCUGGGUUUCGCGGCUCUAGAGGAAUCAGAUUUUUCUUUGUCUCACGCACGAGGCAAAACGAAUAGCGAUGGUAAAUUUUGGGAUAAAAAAUUCGUCAUUCGUCUUGUUACGAAUCGAACCCUAGCCAUUCGGAAUCUGCCCUCCAAUGCUCUGUCACUGAACUUUGAGCCAUGCAAUGACUGGCUUCAUAAGUCACCCAACUCAACAGCGGAGCAGUGAUAAAGCGUCGGUGCGCGGAGUGGAGAGCGCGGAAUCUGUGAGGGAAUCUUACUUGGGGUUGCUUUUGCCUCACUGAAUCGAAAAACGUUCAAAAGGGGAAUUAAGCAUUUUAUCUGUUCCUCAUCAGAUUAUCCAUCGAUAGAGAGGGUAGACAUGGUCAUUGCAAUCAGUUGCACGGCGACACUUGGCGAGCAAAACUUCCAGAAGACCAAGGAUGUAAUUGAUUCUAUAGUCACGGAGUAUGGCCGGGAGCGUAUUCGUUAUGGCGUGGUGAUAUUUGGAAGGGAGCCAAGGAAAGCUUUGCGUUUGGUUGAUAGUUACAAUACAGACGAACAACUAAUGGCAAAGUUGAAUUCGUUUGACCGAGAAACAGGCAGUGCUGACUUAGUAAAGGUAGGGUAUGGGCAGGUAUAAUAACAGUUUUUGGUAUCGUCCCAGCUUGUUACCUCUUGAAUACGAACUGCGGGGAAAACUACGCUGGUGCAAUUCCCAGAAGUUUCUAGAUCUUCUGUUGCGGCAAAAAAUCUGACGGUAUUGAAAUUGGAAAGAGCGAGGAAGAUGUUUUUGACAUUGUUGAUCCUAAUCGUAUGCAUAACGCUUGCCACACAUGACCUCAACAAUUUUUUGUUGCUUAGUGGGUUCAGAUCUUCCGACCGCAAAAUCGGAUGGUCAUCCGUUAAAAUUCUCACUGGGGACACACCGUUUUCCUUCCUUGUCCUAUGAUCGAGACAAACUUUUAAAAUAUCUCUUCCAUAAGAGCGAUUUGACAAAAAAAUUCACUUAGAACUCGAUCACUUUCACGUUCAGACUUGAUGUUAGAACAUAUGCUUCUUCGGUGAUUCAUGAUUGAAGAAAACUUACUUUGCAAUCCCCUUCGUCAAAAGAGCUAGAUGAUAACUAGUCGCUUGCUCAAGGAAAAACUCAGCAACUUGUCUUAAUCAUUUUGCUAGCUUUUUAGACGAUGCCAUUUUCUAUCUUUGUCUCGAUACGAAUUGCAGCAGAAGUGCUUUUUUUGCUGCGAAAGAUGAAAAAUUACGGUUGAAAUUGAGACAAAACUUUGCCAAAAAAAAGGAAUAUUGUUUGUCAUCUUUGUUAUGUUUUAGGCUCUCAAGACUUCAUGGGACAUGAUUUCAGAAGAAGGGAGAUCCAACGCCAAAAAAGUCUUAGUCGUUGUUUCAGACCGAAGUUCUCGAUCCACAGACAGAGAAAUACAAAAUGCGUUGAAGCCUUUACAAGACAAUAACGUCAUAGUUAUUCCUGUCGCCCUCGGAGUCACGGCUGAUGAAAGGCAACUUCGUCUACUGACCGAUGACGAGAGUUCGUUUAUGACAGCUAAAACCACUGAUGAAACUAGCGAAACUAAGAAUAAAUUGAUGGUUAUUGUCUUUAAAGGUUUGUUUGACACGAAUGUAAAAUUCACUCAGAAAAAUUAUGCUAAUGUAAAACGACUUCAUUUCUCACCUGUACUAACUCGUGAUGGAAAAGUUAUGAAAAAUUAUUGCACUGAUGCAUUUGUACCCAACAGGCCUUGCAGUCGUUCUAGCGGUGCUUGAUUAGCUUUGAACCUCUGUAAUACCACAUUCAACUUGUUAUUAUAUAUCCUAGCUAUUCCCCUCCCUCCCCCCCCAUCACCUUCUCCGGAUUCUCAGGGGGAUGUAUCCGAUCUCGAACUUACAAAUCACCGGUUUGUUCAGCUCCUUUAUCUUGAAGCCAACAUAAAUUUUUGUAUUCAUCAAAUACAACAUUGCGUUUCUAUCUACAGAGAGGAUUUUCGUACCUGCCAUGGAUCUGUUGUUCGCAAUCAGUACCACAGCCACAGACUCAAAGGAGAACUUUGCUUACACACAAGAGGUCAUUUACAAGAUCAUCGAAAAAUAUGGCAUUAGGAAGAUCAAGUAUAGCUUGUUAACAUUCGGCCAAAAGGCGUACGUACAUUUUAAAUUUAAUUUCAUCUCUGAUGAGGUAAACAGGCUGAAAAAUGCCAUCAGUCGGAGCAAAAUGAAGGAUCUCAGUGGCGUAUCUCUGCAAGAUGCAAUGGAAGAAGCAAGAGAAGUAUUUGAAGAAGCUGAAGGUUGGUACUCACACGGUAUUGAAUUGCAAACAUUUGUAAAACAUGUCGUUGAAUACUAAGCGUAAGUGAGUAUAGUUGUUUAGGGUACAAUCAGAAUGAGUACAGAAAACAAUACGGCAAAGAAAUCUAGUGUGGUAGUGAUAGAAAUGACAGUUGUCAUCAGACUUUAUUGUGGCUUCGCAACCGUGUUUGGUGUCUUCACGUAUGCGCCCUGCUCUCUGUAGCGUGACAUGACCAAACAAAGGCUGCGUAGAAGCAGAUACUUUCGUCAUAAUGUCUUAGUCAGGUUCGGGACGAGAAAAGGUCUUUGCUUAUAAAUCAUGGCUGACACUUUUUGUUAUUGUGUGAGACGCACAGACCUAAAAGAUAACCCGCUGGAGAGGAGAUUUCUGGGUCAAGGUAUUGAAUAUUUGUGUACGGCAUUUGUUUCCACAGUGGUAUGGGUGGGGUUACCUGUCAUGAUCUAUCAUCCCCUUCCCGUGGGAUUAGGUCACGUCGAGUUAUGGAAAAGGGGAUAAGCUUAAGUGAAGCUAUGAAAAAGGGGAUAGACAAAGACGGUGUUUGCCGCCUUUAUAUUGUUUAGGACUUAACUCCAAACUUUUUAAAAUCACACAGGUCACCGACCGGAUGCAAGGAAAGUACUUGUCGUGAUUAUCGACAAAAAGUCAGACAAUACCAUAGAGGAGGUUAGAAAUGCCGCCGCUUUGCUGGAAGGUUACAAAAUCCGUGUCAUCCCUGUGGCACUUGGCCGAGAAGCAGAUGUUGAAGAACUCACAAAUACAACACUUGAUAAGAACGAUCUGGUGAAAGCCGACAAAGACAGAGACUCGGAGAAAACUGCAGAGGAGAUUAUUAUGAGAGCUAGUAAGUUUGUGUUCACUUAAUGUUUUAAAAUCCUGUGCACUUUGGGGCGGCUGGUAUGUUAGUUUAUGAUGAGCAGGGCUGAGGGCAAAUGUGAAAUAAGAAAUAAUCGGGGGAGAAUAUCGAUGUAGACGGGGGUUAUUUCGUGAUAACUGUCCGAUGAUUUUGCACCGCAUAACGUAAAAUGGCUAAUAGAAUCGCGCGAAAGUUAAUGGGUGUGGGUUAUAAUCUGUUUUAAAUCACUACAUUUUUCUUAGCAAGAUUGCAAUCUUACGUUACUCUGACAUAAAUCUUUCUCGCCACAAGAGAGGAGCGGGGAUGAUGAUGAUGCGAGCCCUCGUCUCUUUCGUAUUUGUUUAGCUCUCCUUGGAGUCCAAUUCCUCGUAAAGGACUAGGUUUUUUGUUGUCCAAUCCUCGUGACAAAAAGUCACAUUAUAACUUUGCCCUGAGGAUUCCCAACAUGAUCGCGGUAUAAUUUACCGUCUAGUUCCCUGUAGCUUUGUGGUACAAUAUCGGAGGCAGAUCCUGAUGAAAUCCUAAAGUUUUGUGUUUGACUACCCGUGAAGACCCACGCACACGAUAAAACGAAUAAAAUCUUUCCUCAUUCGAAGGACGACUAUGCUAAAAUUUACCGUAUUUCUUGUUUUGUGUGAUUAGGUAUAACCAGUUUUAUUGGACGUGUGCACGUUACAUUUUGGGUCAUUAUUAUUACAUUGACGGAGUAUUUCUCUUUCUAACUUACAGAAGGACAAGCUAUUCCAGAAAUGGACAUUUGCUUCGCCUUUGGCACAUCUGAUUCCAAUGCAGAUAAAACGUACAAGAAAAUGCAGGAAGCAGUGAAACACAUGAUCGAAAAGUACAAAGAUCAUGAUCAAAUUCGCUUCGCUAUCCUUCCUUUUGGAACAAAUCCUUCUUCUGUACGAGGCUUUAGAGACCAGUCGGGCGAUGCAGACGGUUUGAUUAGAUUUGUGACAGCCAUUCCUCGACCGCGCGGAAGGCCGGACGUAGUGAAGGCGUUGGAUAGAGCAGAACAGUUGUUCGAGGUUGCAUCACCAAGACCGAGAGCUAAGAAAUUCUUAGUUGUGUUUGUUGGAAGCAAAUCAGGGAACGAUUUGGAAAUGUUGAAGAAGACUGCAAAACCUCUGGAAGACAAAGGUGUGAAAGUGAUAGCAGUGGCCGUUGGAUCGGAAUCAGAUCCUGAUGAGCUCAUCAAAGUCGUGCCUAACAAGGGAAACCUAAUAAAGGCCAAGGAAAGUUUUGAAGUCCCAGACAAGUUGGGAAACGAAGUUAUGAUUAUCGUACUUAAAGGUAAGGAUUUUUGUUCAGGACCGAAAAUUUGACUGUAGGUAAAUAGGGUAUUUCAAGUUUACUUUUAGACGCUGCGUAAAGUAAUGUUACCGUUAUGAGUAUUUUUUAAAAGUGAUUAUGAUGGUAAUAGGAAUUUAGCAGUGGACAUUGCACAAGGUGUUUGUUGUUGUCCACUGUUUCCAAGUCGAAUUGAAGUUUGGAAUGUUGGUUUUUGCGGAGGGAGGAACACCGGAUGAACCGGAUGAACCGGAUGAAUUGGAGAACAAACAACAAACUCAACCCACAUGUGAUGCAUCACAUAUGACGCGUCACUACGCCAUCUCCGCUGCUCUCUUAUCAUGAUAAUUUCUGUGUUUCUUUUGUAGAUUUGCCGAUCAUACCAGAGGUUGACCUGGCCUUUGCCAUCAGUGCCAACGCUGUACAGUCACGUACCAACUUUCAAAAGAUGAAGGAUGUUGUUAGCCAGAUAGUAGAGAUGUAUGGCCAAGAGAGAGUAUUGUACAGUAUAUUGGUCUACGGCUCUGUCCCAGACGUAAAGAUCCAGUUCAAUCAGCGACGAACAGAUGACCAGUUGGUGACUUUUAUUAAGAAUAUAAAUCGAGUAUCUGGUUCUGCAUUGGGCCCUACGCUGGAUAAAGCCAAGGAAGCAUUUAAUCAAUAUGGGCGUCCUGGAGCGAGGAAGGUUUUAGUGGUAAUAACAGAUAGGAAAUCUGAUAGCGAUGCUAAAGUCUUGCAGGAGAAGGCGUCUCAACUGGAACAAGCUAAAAUCAAAGUAAUACCUGUAGGUUUGGGAAGUGAAAUUGAUAAAACAGAACUGCAAAUUUUAACUCCACGAGAGAAAGACAUCAUUACAAAACCAAAUACGGUUUCCACAGAGUAUUUGGUGGACGUAAUCAUGAGGAAGGGUUUGGAAGGUAUUUCAUUUUUCCUAUUAUCGUAUCUUUGUCUUUCAGGAGUAAUUCCACGUGGAAUAAAAACAUGUUUCCAUAUUACAUCAGAGUUACAUUCAUUCUGAUCCGACGAUCUGUCUGUCGAUCAGUCGGUGUGUCUCUAAGGCUCUCAUUCUUAUGCCUUUCUUGCGUUCCAGUCAGUACGUUCGUCUGUCUGUCUCUACGCCAUCUUUUUCCCCCAGUCUGUCCGUCUGUUUAUCUACCUAUCUCCCUGACUGUCUGUCCCUAUGUCAGUCCAUUUGUCUGUCUGUAUGUCUGUCCGUGUGUGUGUCUGUCUACAGUCCGUCUGUCUGCCUGUCAGUCUAUGGUCCGUCUAUGCCCUGCCCUCUCUCUGUCUCUCUUUGGCGUUCCCUGGUCCUUCCCGUCAAUUUUCUUUACUUCAUUAUUUGCCCUUUUUGCGUUCAAUUUUUAGGCUAUUACUUUUGCUUAGUCUUUUGAAACAUACUGUUACUCGUUUUUUUUCCUUUCCUUGUUCGCCCAUCAGAAACACUUUUCGUCCCGGAAAUGGACCUCGCUUUUGUCAUCAGCACGACUGCUGUGGAUAAGGACAAAAAUCUCGAAGCAACUAAAGAAAUCAUCAAGAAAACCGUGCAAACCUUCGGCCUGUCUCGAGUCCGGUACAGCCUAAUUACAUUUGGUGCCAUACCUGUGGUCAAAAUAAGAUUCGACAACGUCUUCGCCAGUGAGGAAGAUCUUGUCAAGAUCGUUGACAACGUCAAGAAAGAUGUGGGUGCCGCUUCUCUCGAAAAAGCCUUGGAAGAGACUAGAUAUCUCUUCGCGUUAGCUGAGGAUGCCAGACCUGAUGCCAAGAGGGUUGUAGUGGUCAUCACUGACAAAAAGUCUGACAGCACUGAAGAGUCUGUACGAGCUGCCUCUCAGAAGCUGAGGAAUGAUGGCGUCCGCGUGAUCGCCAUUGUACUUGGCAAUGAGUUUGAUCCGGUCUCGCCGGAGGUCAUCAAGCCGGAAGAAGAACAACUUCCCAAGAAGACAGCGAAGGAGUUAUUGAUGGUAGUCUUAAAUGGUACGCUCAAAUUUCAAGUCUUGUCAUAGUAGUUAAUGAAUGUGAACCUUGUCUCUGUAGCUCAGUGGUAGAGCGUCGGUGCGCGAGAUCCAAAGGUCUAAUGUUCAAUUUCUCACGGGGACUAAAUUUUUUUUUAGUCCCACGCCCUUGAUAAGACGGAAAAACAUCAUAAUUACUUGAUUUUUAUUUUUGCAUUCUAUUUAUUUUUGUUCAGUUAUUGCUCCGUAAACUGACCAGGGGCCCGUUCCUCGAAGGUCCCAGUAGGUUAACGAGCCCGUAACGCUGUUCUUUUUUCAUUUAAGGUCGGGGUUUCAAAAGUUUAAAAAUAGCACUAUUUAAAUAUCAGAUAAAGAAACAAGAAUUUGAUUUUAAAAUUUGGUUUCGGGCCCGCAAAGUUACGGGACUUUCGAGAAACGGGCUCCAGGAUCAAGUUGAUAUUAAACAGAGAAAGAAAGAGAUAGGAAUGUAUUAUAACAAACGCGAAUUAUUACAAGAAAAAGAGGUUUCUUUCUGGCCUUUGGGACGUCCUCCACAAAUGUUUCAUGCAUAGCCUUUCCGACAGUGUUGAGUAAAGGUGAAUUCCUUUGUAUUUACUGCAAAACAAGGCUAUGGUUCAGUACCAGGGGAAACGCUAUCCACUGUGUGGUUGUGUCAGCUAAUUAAAUUUCUUACGUAACUCUGAUGUUGACUUAUUACAACCGUCCUCUAAAAAUGUAUUUUUUUACAUGACAUUUCCUUUCCAGAAUAUGUCGUUACAGAGAAGAUCGACCUUGGCUUUGCUUUAAGUGCAACAGCAUUAAAUGCAAGAGAAACGUUCGCUAAGAUGAAAGAAACUGUGAAAUCCAUAAUCAAGAAGUACACUGUUGGAAACCUGCGUUACGCUGUUAUUGUUUACGGCUCCGAUGCAAAAGUACUUCUUAGCUUCGAGAGGAAUUUCCCUGCUCUGGAGAAUUGGCUGAGUUCUGUUGACAACAUGCGGAUUGAGCAAGGAGGGCCCGCUCUGGAGAAGGCUUUACAGAAGGCCAGGGUGUUGUUCCAGUCAAGUGGUCGUAAAGAUGCUAAAAAAGUACUGGUGGUGAUUGCAGACAAAUCACCCAUUGGAGAUAGCGGUGAAACUGGGAAGGAGGCACUAGAACUGGAGUACGCUAAUGUUAAGAUCGUGCCCGUUGCUUUUGGCGGUGAUAUUGAUGCUAAGGAAAUCAAGGAUAUCUCACCGUAUAAAGACGUGCUCGUUGUCGUGCGCAAGAAUGUCGACCCAACCGACCUUGGCUACUCUGUGAUGGAAAAAGUUCUGAAAGGUAAACCAACUCCCUUUCUUCACAGCUUUUUUCUGGAAAGCUGCUACAGUGAAUAACAAUCAUAUAAAAUAAAUUAUUUUUAUUCUAGCGUAUACCUUUUAAAAUACUCUUGAGAUCGAAAAAUUUUGUUGCCUUUGUUUUACUGAUAUAAAUCAUGGUAAAAUGUCUAUUUAUGUGUUAAUCCAAUUGUGAUCUUUUUCUAGUAUACCGAUACUGUGUAGAGUCAAACAUUAGUUCUACAUCCUUUCUAUUUUUCCAUUUCCAGUCACACCUAAAAUACCCAAGUUGGAUCUCGCCUUCGCAAUCAGUGCCUUACCAAGGGACCGUAAUUUUGGAUUGAUCCUGGACAUUGUAAAGGAAGUAACAGAGAGAUUUUUCAGCGACCGUGUCCAAUACGGUUUGAUUGUGUUUGGUAGAGAUGCCUUCAUAAGGAUUCACUUCAGAGAUAAAUAUCGGGACCCUAAAAAGUUGCAGACUUUCAUUGGCUCAGUCGCUUCCAACGAUAACGAGCCAGCUCUCGAUAAGGCGCUCAUUAAGGCUAAGCUUUUGUUUGAAAGUGAGUUUGCCCGGAAAGAUGCACAAAAGGUGGGUAUCCUUGGUUUUUUUUCCUCUUUUUCUUUCUUUCUUUCUUUCUUUCUUGUUAUCUGUUCACUUGUCCUUUUCGCAUAAAUGAACGCGCUAGGUCUCAGGCAAAAAAAAAAGAGAAAAAAAGAUAAACAGAAAGCGCCCCUUCUGUGCCUAGCUUUUAGAGCGGCAAUUUUUGCCGUGUGCUUUGAGCUCAACUUAACAUGGACUUUCUGACAAUGCAGUUUGCCAUGAGAUGCAACUACUCUCUUAAGUCCAUAGGGAAAUUUGAAAGUAGUUGAGGUAAUUGAAUUUGUUAAUUUUACUUAUUUUUACUACUGCACUCAACAAUGGUGGGUAAUAUCACUGUUAUUUACCGUCGUUGUAGGUUCUUGUUGUUAUCAUGGACACUUUCACUGGUCGUAACAAGCCAGCCAUUAUGGAAGCUGCAAAAGACCUGGUGGACAGCUCCGUAGUUGUCAUCCCAGUUGCUAUCGGUAACAGGCCUGUUUCUGACUUCGAAAAGGAGUUUCCGGAUGAGGAAGUCAUCAAAACCAAAGACAAAGACCAUCCUAUUAAAACCGCUGAUAAGAUAGAGGAGAUACUCGUUAGUGGUAAGUAGGGGAGUUAAGUUAAGGAACUAUAGUGCUGCGUUGGUGGGAAUGGAGGGAAUGGUGGGAAUGGAGGGAAUGGUGGGAAUGGUAGGUAUAGUGCAAAAUAAUUUGCUUUUAUCAACUGGGUUCAUUGUGUAAAUUGGCCACUGUACAGAGCUUCCGUAGAAAACCUGGGGGUCGGGAAUUUAAACACAUCAAUCUUCAGAAACUCAAAUGCCUGCGAGGGGGGGAGUAUGUUGAAGCUUCGAAUCGAUCGAUUCAUUAAGUCUUAUUUCUCUGACGUUUGACCUCCAUGGCUAUUGGCUCUUUCAAAGUUUAUUUUUGUAUCGCAAUGGAAUUUUCCUUGAGGCGCUGAUGGUGUCAGUCUAUCACCACGUAGCUACUUUUGAAAGGAUCUUUUUGAGAAGAGUGACGUAAUUUUUUUGCUCUAAAUAUCCCUCAGAAAGUUCUUUUGUUUUCUUGCAGGUAUCACCACGUUUACCAGACUGGACAUUUCAUUUAUAGUCAGCACGACUUCCGUGGAUGCCGAAGAAAAUUUUAAACUCGUCAAAUCCACAAUCGACUCCAUAAUCGAACGACAUGGCGUCAAAAAACACCUGUACAGCUUGAUGACCUUUGGUCAAAGAUCCAACAUAGUCUUUCCGUUCCAAAAGACCGAUAAAGAGUCUUUGUUAACUCUUAUACAAGGCGCCAGGUUACCCAGUGGUUCACCUGAUCUGGUAAACGCUCUCAAAGACGCAAAAUAUCUGUUUUUCCAACCAAGUGGAGGCGCGCGACCAGAUUCCAGGAAGGUUAUCAUAGUUAUGAUCGACCGGAAGUCUGUUAACACCGGAAGUAACAUCGAAAAGAUUGUGGGUGAUUUUGAAGACGGAAAGGUUAGGUUUGUUACUGUGGUCAUUGGAAAGAACGCUGGCCAAGAUGAGCUUAUACCACUGGCUCCAGACAAGGAUAAAACAAACAUAGUGUAUACGGAUAAAGAUGGCGUCCCAUCAAUAGUUGGAAAGAAGAUUAUGGUGCUGAUAACUUUGGGUAAAUAUUACAGAGAUAUUGAGUUCGUACAUAGUGUAUGGUCUCCUUUAGCGCUUUUUCGUGUCCUCUCAUAAUUCGUUCUCAUGGGGAGAGAGCACGUCACGUUAUGAGGUAGAAAAUGACUGCCAAGGCUUGUAAAACUUGCCGGUGCUUAAAAUUUUUUGCAUUUAAUCACUUUGUUCUCACUGGGUCCUUGUUAUCUUUACCUUUGUUCUGAUCAGUGGUGGAUCUAGGCCGAGGGGUCGUCGUGUCUAGUGUCCAUCCCCAUCAGAACUGUAGGUUUUUUUUUUUCUAAUGGUCUGACAAUACAAUGCGUGCAAUAAUAGGAGUACAUGUCACUACUCAAUGUGAACUUUCUAAAAUCGACAUUUCCGUAUAUGUAUUUCUUUGCUUAUUUAGACUUUGGUGUAAACAAUUUGUAUGUGUUCUAAGAAUAAGAGUUUUGACACCCCCCCACCCCACCCCACCCCACCCCACCCCACCUCCCAUCGAAUUGUCCUGGAUCUGCCUCUUCUGAUAGACCCUUGUGAUUAUUUUGAUUUUGGUUUUACGACAUCCAGUAUGCAAAGUAUGUUGAGGUCUGAAGGAAAAAAACUUGCAUGUCAUCUUUCACGGCAUCUCGAUCUAGUGAGACAAAAACUAAAAAUAGUUGGUGGGUAAAGGAGGAAAGAUCAGAAACACUGUUGUGGAGGAAGAGAAAGAAGCCCGCAGUUUUACCAAGUCUAGGCUAUUGACUGUGAAAUAUUGCUUGUCUGUCACUGUUAUGGAUAUCUUGGCGAAAAAGGACCUAUAACCGGCCUCUCCUCAUGAGUCACAUGGGUUUUUUCCUAACCCUGCUAAUCCAGUAAUCGAAUUAUUAUUAUUGUUGCAGCUCUUUCUGAUCCAUGUUUGGUUACCACGUGUGAUUUUGAUGCCAAAUGUGUUAAGUUAGCAAAUGGUUCGACCGAGUGUGUGUGCCGUGAUGAUUGUGCUCAGACAUACACUCCUGUAUGUGCCAGUGAUGAACGCACGUACCCUAACAACUGCAGCAUGAUAUUCGAAGCUUGCAGGACGCAGACGAUGCUCACAGUUGUAAAGGAGGGUGUCUGUGAAGGUAUCGAAACCUGUUACACUUAGUCUAUUUACCAUUAAGAGCAGUUUUCAAUCGAUCUUCGAAAAUAACCUUGGAUUGCUUUGGUUUUACUUCAGUCGCUUCGUGAUUGGUCCAGAAACUCGCGCUUCUUUUACAACCAAUCAGAUCCAAAAUUUGAUCACACAUGUUUUUCUACGUUUUAGGUGGUUUGCUUUUUUACUUUGAGUUUCUUUAUUAACUGUUAUAAAUCGUAAAGCUAAGUCGUAUUAUGUGUGAAAUUCUUUUUUCUGGUGGAUUAUCGUGUUCGUUAUGUCAUGAUUAUUUUAUUAUCGUUUUUUUUUUUGUUGUAGCUUGUAGCAACCGGGUCGAUUUGCUCUUUGUCCUGGAUGGAGGGAACCUUGAGGUCAAGAAGAACUUCAUAAAGGCAGUCAUCGAUAAAUUUAACAUCGGUCCUAACGAUACACGAGUAGGAAUGGUGCUGUCAGAUGCAGAUGACUUUUACUUGAUAUCAUUUAAUGAUUCUCAAAGUGCAGACUUGGUCAAACUCGACAUUGAUAGUGUCAGCGAUGUGGGUUCAUCCUCAGGCAUUACUCUUGGUUUACAGGAAGCCUUGGAAGCGAUAAAAGACAGGAGAGUCGACGUCAAACAGGUCAGAUUUUUUUAACUUAUAUUUUUUGGUUAUUGUGAAGCGCAUGUGAUCAUGCUUACAUGGAGUUUGCACCAUACAAAUAAUAAUUAUUAAAAAUUGAUAACGGUUGAUUAUGAAUUAUCAUCAUUAUUUUCAUCAUCAUUACUAUAAUUAUGAUUAUUACUAUUAUUACUAUUAGAAUUAUGAUUAUGAUUAUUAUGAUGAUGAUGAUGAUGAUGAUUAUUAUUAUUAUUAUAAUUAUUAUUAGUGUAAAGUUUCGUUAAUUGCGAGCAGUCUUUUGCUAGCCGUAAUUUCCGUGUCAUUUCGAUUAAGUUUUUAACAUUCAGUCGACUCUGUUAUAAAAGCUGCAAGGGAAAAUUUUAUUAGAAGCUGGGAAACGUAAAGAUUUGUGCGAAAAUUAUUAGAGUGUGACUGAAGAGCAUAACUCGUUUCUUCUAUUUUAAUCCCUUUAAUUUCUGACGUCUAAGAAAAAAAUUGUGCUUUAACGAUAUGAAUCUAAAAUUCAUUCUGGUAGCAUAUUUCAAGGUACUGUGCCUAUGAAACUGUUAAAAUGAUUGCGCUAACUUGAGGAACCGUUGUAGCAGACCAGCUCACGCUUACAAAUGUUGAUGAGGUCCUACGUCAUCGUUUCGUGUUGUAAACUUUGAUUCUUUCUUUCACGUUUAUAGGCCGUGGUUGUGAUCAUGGAUCAAUUGGAAAACAACAUGAAUUUGCUGCUACAAAGAUCAGGGACCCUGAAGGCACAUGAUGCAAUAGUUUACUCUGUAGGGGUGGGAAGUGGCAUGGAUGAUCCUAGAGUCAAGAGAGUAGCAUCUAAAGAUGACUACGCCUUCUAUGCUCCUUCCCUUAGUGAACUCAUGUCUGUGGCGCCGUUGAUUUCUGAAAAAAUUUGUCCGUUGAAGGGUAAGUAGGUAGAAGAUGUUACUUAUUUUUAAGAAGGUGGAGGAUAUUCCAUUUGUCUAAGGUAAUAUUUGUGCAGGUGAUAUCUUAUUCCUCUAGUGCAGUGGUCCUUUACAAUAUUUUGUGUUGUUCGAGGUCUUCAAGGACACCCUCAUGAAAACCACUUCUAGGUGAUUGGAGGUCUCUUCGUACGUUAUUUGUUAGUAUGAUGGUAUAAUUUUUAGUCGUUUGUAUGGAAAUCGUAAGAAAUUAGUCUUCUUGGGUAUAAGAACCUGAACGAGGGUGAAAUAUAUUGAGAGAAGGACGGUUAACUUCUUGGUCAGGCUGGUUUGCCACACUUGAAAAUGAGCACUUGAAUUGUAAUGAAAAACCCACGAAUUGUUGCCUGGGGCAAUGUUGAACUUCAUAUCAACCUGCUUUGCUCUUGUUUCGUGCAUAAGGGACAAGUGAUUACUUCUUUCUUUCAUUUUUCAGUGGUCAUCAGUUUCCCAGUCGACAUUGCGUUCGCCAUCUCUGCAACGAGUGCCAGAGCCAACGAAUUAUAUGACUACAUGCUCGACGUUAUCAAACUUAUCGUGGAUAAUUACGGCAUGUACACAGUACAUUAUGCAUUCAUGGUGUUUGGCGACGACACUGAUGUACGAAUACGCUUUGGCGAUGCAUUUAACAGCCCUGACCAACUCAAGGUUGUACUGGAAAAUAUUCCAAGAAUCGGUGGACAGCCGAACUUGGAGAAAGCGCUCGAGAAGGCUACAGAGCUUUUCCGACCCGGAUACAAAGGAGAGAGACCCGGCGUGCGUAAGUUCUUGGUAGUGAUUGUGGACAAGGACACUGUGGGAGACGUGACUCGGUAUGCAAAGAGUUUAGAAAACACAGGAAUAAAGGUAGGAGCGAUUUGUCAAGCUAGGAUAGGCUCCCAAAUUAUAAAAUGUGCCUAUAUUUAAGUUUUUUUUAAUAGACUGAACACACUGUGUAUUUUUUCCGAGAAGCUAGGAGACCAAAAGUGUAACUUACACAAGUACUUUUCUAUCGUAUGCAAAUUUAUCCAUAUCUUUUAUAAGGCCUCUUAUGACCAAGGUGUGGCAGCUAGCCUGAGUUGACUCUCCGCAAAGGGUAACCGGCCUGCGGUCAAAUGUUUAUAAGUGUUAGCAUACAAACAUUGGUAAAGCCUCGUCAGCUCUUUUACUGAGGAACUUGAGUAAUGAAUGACCUGGGUUGGUACUUCCACCUAAAUAACCAAGUUUGUUUUGGUCUUAUUCAUCCUGCCUUUCUAUUUCAUGUUUUGUAUUGUUAAUUUUUCUUGUUUCUGCAUCAUGACCUACUACCAUGCCGUCGUAUUGGACUUUUGCGCCACAUUUGUUUCCCAAUUUUUUUAGCUUUUGUUUUUUGUGUGAACAUGGAAAAAAUACCUUACUAUCUUGAGUACGAGGCGAAUGAGUUAGGUAAGAAACGACUUAACUGUUUGGGUACGAAACGUCCUAGCUGAGUACGAAACGAUGGAUAGGAAACGUCCGUGGAUACGAAACGACCGGUAACUGUCGGCAGAAGGGCUGACUCGACUCAUUAUUUACUGGUACACAUCGGCAAUUCGGGCUCUCUUUGUGGUCGUUCAACGUGGGCUUCAAAUCAAAUCGGGAUCUUGAAGAGAGGCCUUUAGAUGCAAGGCUCAAGUAAACACUAACAAUAACUAAAAAUGAGAAGUUACAAAUGACUGAGGAAGAUAAAUUUUUUCUUUCUGUUAUUUGUACUUGUACUACCCAAGCUAACAAUUUUAUUUUUUAAUUGAAGGUAAUCCCAGUUGCUAUUGGACGGGAAGUCGGACCGGGAGGCAUCAUAAUUCCACCUUACAAAGUAAUCGUAGAUCCUGAACCUGAUGUGGACAAACCGGAUAUACUGGUUCAAAAUAUAACUAAAGCAAUUAUUAUCGGUAAGAGAGAGGUUCGGCACGUCUUUUGCUAUUCCUACUCAUGAACUUACUCAUGAACAUAAGAGCUAUCGCUAAAGUUAUUUGGAUAUCUUACGCUUUACAACUUAUUUCUAACCCGUUAGCUUACUGUAAGUGAUUUCCCUUACUGUCCUUCGUUUUCUUUGCUGAGGCUACUCAAAAUGUCUGUCUUACUUCUUUUCCUACCUCUCAUCCCUCUCGAAUAACUUUUAUUUUCAAGCGAGUCUCGUAAGAAUUGUGGGAUUGUAAUGGUUUUACUUCACUGCGCUGUUUGAUGGGUCAAGAAAACUCUAGCCACCAGUCCUACCCAACCAAAUCCUUUGCAAAACGUUAACUAGUCGAGACUUGGUCAUUUGCUUUUCUGCUUGGUUACAUCCAUUUACACUCGUAUUUCUCAUUGGCUUUUUUUUAAACAUUCAUCUCCACUUUGAAAGGCUAUUCCGUUUAUCGUAUUCAGCCGAAAUUAUCUCCAAACAUUCUUUGAACCUCUGAUGAGUAUUUCCUUUUGCAGUUUUGGUCUGUCGUCUUCUUUUCUUUUAGGUGAUUGUCUUUUAACCAAAUGUGCGCACUACGCCAACUGUGUUCCCCAAAGGGAUGGUACGGCGUUUUGCUCGUGCUCUCUUCUCUGUUCUUCAUCUUUUCUUCCUGUUUGCGGAUCUAACUCAAGGACUUAUUGGAAUGAGUGUUUUCUUAGGAGAGAGGCUUGUUUCAUGCAACAAAAUACUUCAGUUGCUUCUAUUAAACGCUGUAGUAAGUUCUCUUACAUUCCACUUGUUACAUCCUCCAACGACUCUUCUACUAAAUGUUUUCUUCUUUCCAGGUGCAAAAUCAUUUUAUCAUAUACCUCUCUAGUUCCUGUUUAUUUUGUUUCGUCUCUAGACGUCCACAAAGUACAGAAGUCUAACUCUAUAUGGUUUGACUGGUGGCCUCUGUUUUUUUUUGACGAAACUUCGGUUGUUUCAUUUAUUCUUUUGCGAUCCUAUUGCAUUUGAAAAUUUUCAAAAGUCUGUCAAUUUCUAAUUCACUUUGCUGUCACUUCUUUAUCUAAGUUUUCCUUCUUCUGUCUUUUCUCUCUCCUCUUUACAUUUACAAGAACAAACUCCUUGUUCUGGAGUCAAAUGCCCCUUUUACGGCGCUUGUCAGCUUAAGGAUGAUAAAACCCAAUACUGCGCAUGCACCAGUUCUUGUCACGACAUCUACAAGCCGGUGUGCGGCAGUGAUGGAAAAUCGUAUUUGAAUGAGUGUUUUCUUCGCCGUCACGCUUGUGCUACGGAGAAACAAAUCAGUGUUAAGUACAGUGGCCUUUGUAGUAAGUCCUAAUCUUUUUGGUUAACUUUCCUUUGAUGUUGCACUUGAAAAUUACUUUACUCUAACUUAGCUGUAGAUAAAAUGUUGGUGGAUUAUUUUAACCAAUUUUCUUGGCUGUCUCCAAUGUUAACGAUGUGAUGAGGUAUGAAACGUCACUCAUUCAAGCUUUCCGUCAGAGUCAUGCCAGCAAUGCCAACAUCUAAUAGUUACUGUAAACUGUAGUCUGUAAGCAAAGUCAGUAGAGGUGAAUGGUCAGGAAACCCCACUGAUAUCUUUGUCGGGUGUUUUAUCGGUUUUUUGUUUUGUUUUGUUUUGUUUUUUUAGCUGAUAUUGCAUAACGUUCUAUAUCAUUCCAAUCAGUAUUUUGUUAACUGACUUCCUAGAACCUUCCUAUCUAUUAAAGCAGUCGCAAAGCGCGAACACAAAUCCAGUUUUGCACCAGUAAGAAGCUGCAAAUAUCAACUACCACAUCAGUAUUGUUACCUCCACUCACUAAAAAUAUGCCGUAGAACUUUCAUCAAUGAGCAACGUAGGAUGCAAGAGGCCUCGAAAAAAUCGUUACCUCGAGGACGUCAAGCAGAAUGGUGUGCUUCUAUUUUAUCGAUAAAAAGAAAAAUAUCGAUUUUAUUCUGAAUCACUAUUUGAUUUUUUUGAUUGAGGGAGUACAUCGCUGACCCUCUGGCCGUGUUUUUUUUGCUGUAGAUCCAUGUGAAGACGUCGUAUGUGACUACAACGCUGAGUGCCGAGCCUUGCCCAAUGACACCGCUCUCUGUCAAUGUCUGGAUGACUGUUCAGCGGAACCUUUUAAACCAGUUUGUGGAAGUGACUUGGUGACGUACGCAAGUGAAUGUGCUCUAAAAGGGAAGGCUUGUAAGAAUGAAAUGGCGAUUAGUGUGGUGUCAGAGGGAAUCUGUCGUGAGUAUUUGAAGACGCUUCUUCACCUUUUUGUUUGAUUGGUUUGGGAGAAUGGUUUAGAAGGAAUUUGAUUUAUUGUUUCUACUUUUUAGUUCAUCUUUUCUUAAUCUAGCGGGGGUGGGAAAGGGGGAAGGAGGAGGAGCUGUUGAAUUUGUUGCAUUUUUAAAAAAUAUUGAAAAUAUUAGUUUGAAGACUGUAAUAUAAAAUUGAAUUCAUCAAAGUGUAUGUCUCAUACCGUUCAUCAGUAUAUAAGUACCUCUUUGUACACUACUUAUUUCAUUAUUUGUCUGGUGUUGUUUAAUUUCCUUACUUUCCAAUAUUUAAUUUCUUUAGCUUCUUCUCCUUUGCAAUAAUUAAGUUGAUCUUGGGCAGUUGAUUGAUCCACCUUGACUGACGAAUCUGCUAGCUGCGGGUCAACUUAUUCUUGAAAUAUUCUGAGGAGAUGAAUAAUUAAGUUUGACGCGAGGGACUGGUAGAUUGAGGGUUGGUUGGAACAAAGAUUGGAUAAACAAUUAAGCUCAGUCUUGGUUUGUUCAGCUUGAAGGCGUUUAUUGGGGAAAAAGAUCUUCGGGGUUUUAUCCACCUAUGGGGAAAGUAAGCUAUAAACAUUAAAUUUGUCUGAAAUGCUAACUAAGGCUAAAACUGACUCAAAAAUGUACAUUAACCCUGGGUUAACUCAUCCAUAUUUGGAAAAACCUGUUCCAGACUUCAUGCGUGGACUUAAUAGCGUUUAAUUUUCAUAUCUCCACGAUUUUGUUAUAUUUAAAAUAUUGUCUUUAAUUUUUCAGAAAAAGCCACCGACCUUGCUUUUGUUAUCGGCGCUUCUGAACCUCAAGCGUCUGCUGUCUUUGCAAGAAUGGUAGCCAUGUUGAAUGACAUUGUUGAUGAAUAUGAGAUAUCUAAUGACAAAACACGUGUUGCACUGGUAGACUACAAUGGUCCUGCGACAACCAGGGCCUUAUUCAGCGACGGUUACAACAAACCCACCUUUAAAAGGAUCGCAAGUAGCUUACCAGUACCCAGAGGUCGACCGGGGACACUUAGCGACGCUUUAAGCAAAGUACGAGAUGAGGUGUUCACUCUUCAAAACGGCGCGCGGCCAUUUGCAGAGGAUGUUCUUGUUGUGAUGACCCAGGGUAAUUUUGAAGAUAAAUCUGCGGAUAUCAGGAACGAGGUCGCCAAAUUGAGAAGCAAUGCAAUCAAGGUCGUGGUGGUUGCCUUCACGGACGAACCGGGCGUAGACAAAUGGAACAACAUCUCCUCGGGGAAUAAUCUCAUUGUUAUAACCAAGCCUGAUAAAGAUAAGAAGGAGGCCAAGAAACUGCCUUACACUGUUAGCAAAGGUACGUCAUUUUAUGCAUAAAAGAGUGCUCUUAAAACAUCUCCAUUGCAGACACGUUUGCUGCUCGUGUAUCUUUGGUUCUAAAUCGAAAGGUCAAGAAUCUUUUUCUUAGGGCUCACGCAAUUAAUACUAGGCCAAGAAAAAUUAUUUUGACUAUUUUUCAGGACUCAUCUGAAAUUUAUUUAGUAACACCAAUUAUCUUAAAUUUACAUUCCUGUCAAUUUUGGACAGUAUUUCGCAGCUGUGCUGAAGUAAAAGCAUCUGGGUAUUCUUCUGAUGGCCAUUACCUCCUUCACAUAAGCGACAGAUGUAAAGAUCCAACUAGAAUCUACUGUCACAACAUGGCGUCCAACGAGCCACAAGAGUAUAUCACCUUGGAGUCUGGUGCCGAGAACAACUUCGCUAUUAUCUAUAAUCAGCGGCUUAAGAAUAGGUACAGUUGCAGUGGGCCUGCGCGAAGUGAGUUGUACGCUGAGCAAGGUUCAACGAACUUCUUCAAAGUGCGCCUUGAUAUCGCAAGCAUGAAAAUUAUGAGUCGUGACUUCACUUUUGCGCUGACUGUAGAGGGUAAAGACAUCCCGUAUGGCACAGCAGGGGAUUGUUACUCGGUGAACACUGGUAAAUGUCGAAAGGGUCAGUUCAAGGUUGACUUGAGCGGGACAAGACUUCGAGUGCGGGAUGAUGUGAGCUGGACAUUGCAGGGGUUCCCGAAUGGUUUGCAGAUUCAAGAUUACCAGAAGUCGCUUGAUGGUGCGGUGGUGUCUGCUAAGUGUGGAGGCUGGUGUGGUCGCUGUAAGCCGACCAGGGGAUUUAUAUUAGUGGAGCCUUUAUGUACUAUUCCUGCAGGUAGGCAACAAGUUCAAGUUGUAUGAUUUCCUCUUUUACAACUUUUUUUACCCCUAUUCCAGUCAUAAAAACGGAAAUGCCGCGAUAGCUACGAGACACCUCAUCCUGAACAAGCGAACCCCACUGACCUUUAUAAGUGAUACAAGAGCAGCUCAGCAAUGGUUGGACAGCACUUAACAUCAUUAGUCCCUUCCCUAAUGAGCAAACUUCAACGUAAACCAAAACAGUAACUGGCCAGAUAGGGGCCGAGACGGCUCAAUGGCAAGUGCUCUCGGUUCAAACCACUGUGGCCUGGGUUCGAUUCUUGAACCCGUUAUUCCAUGAAAGUAGAAUGUGUUGUUGUUAGUUCUCGUACGUGCUCAGAGGGCUUCCUGCGACCUCUCUUACUUGCCGUCUUUAAUAAAACACUCCAAACUCCAUUUUUGACGUGGAAACAAUCCUUGAAUGAUUAGCUACUUCGUAGAUGUGCCAACUUAUAUGUCAUGGUGACAGAAUAAAGUUUUAACCCCGCUGAGGGUAAUGUGGCAGCGUUUUACUCACACAAAUCUAAAACAAAUUUGUUGUCGUCCAAUUUCAGCGUGUCCAUUCCCCAUGGAUGUGGUCUUUGCUUUGGACUCUUCGUCCGUGUUAUCAUUAUCAGACUACAUCCAGCAGAAGAACUUCGUUGUCACAAUGAUCAAUGCUUUCACCAUCUCCGUCGCCAGGACGCAUGUGGGAGUCAUUACUGUGGGAGAGACAGCCAGGAGGGACAUUGAGCUUACACAGUACACCCAGUCUGAAAUACUUAAAUUCCGAGUAGAUGAACUAAAUGCUACCAAUGACUCUCCUUCAGAUCGGACAAUCAGGUUUACUGACAUGCUCAAACAGGCGACAACGGUGUUUAAAAAUGGAGGAAGGUCACAGGUAGGAUCGUACCUAUUUGUGCGUUUUACACCACGAAAAUUUUUCAUCCCAAUUUGAUUUUGUCAUUGUCGCCUUCAUUUUGACCCUAUCGACUGUUUUUAAACCAAGAACACUAUGUCUUGUCUUGAUGCAAUAGAUAGUAUGCUAAUCGUACAGUUGUAGCUGUAGGUCAGAGUGAAGUUUGUGACGUAGUGUGGUCAACCUCGCACAGAUUUUCCUCGGAAAUGCACGUAAGACAUAGAAGUGCUAUUACCAAGGGACCAGUCCUCGCAACGGAGGCGGGAUCAGUCCUCGCCUACAAAGUUUAAAGGGGGGAGGGGAGACCAAACAAAAUUGAAUGCCAACAAACGGGGGGGGGGGUCAUUAGGAUACUACAGAACCUGGCGGGGGGAUCAGGUAAAUUUUCUUGCGACACAACCAAAAAUCCUCUUACCCCCUCCUUCCUCCUUCCUCCCCCACUGGCGAUACAAAAUGAGCGGUUCCUGAGCUAAAGACAGGUCAUCGUGGUGUUAGGUCGUAUAGAGGGUUCUUACGUGACGUGCGUCUAGAGUGCUGUGGGGAUCGGCGUCGUUGAAAGGGUCGUAUACUUUUGAUUGACAUUUUCUGACAUUUAAUGCAUAUAUCUUCAUGUUGUCCUUUUAAAAACCUUUCCCUUCUUUUUUUUUUUCUUUUUUUUUUACAGGUUCCUAGGUCUUUAAUUGUGUUAGUUGCGGGUGAGAUCACCGAGGACCUUAAAUCUGCUGCCACCAAACUGAAGAGCACGGGCGUUCAGAUAUUUGUCGUUGCUGUUGGUGUGACUACACCAUCAUCUCGGCAUGUUAGUCUCGCCAGUGGAAGGAAGUUUGUUCACACCGUUGACAGUUUCGACGAGCUUGGUUCGUUGGCUGCAAGGUUGGCCAAGGACACGUGUGAAGGUGAGCUUUUCUUGACUUGCUAAGUGAGUUCUCCUAAGGUUCAUUACAUGAUACUAUGACUUAACACUUAGACAAAGGUUAACUUGUUUUUUGUCAUUUUUAAUGGAAAUUUAUAAUCAGCAAUUUAUGAUUUCCAUGUCUUAACUAUUUGUGAAGGAAUGUGCACCACAUUUUUCAUAAUUUAAAAAUUAUUACUUACAGACCCUUGCGCAAAGAAGAUUUGUCAGCCCUAUGCCCGCUGCAAGGCAAUCGAUUUUACUCGCACAGAGUGCGUGUGUCCAAAGAUCAGUGAUUGCCCAACCACCAAAGAUGAAGUAUGCGGCAGUGAUAGAGUCACUUACAACAAUGACUGUGUUUUAAGAGUCCAAGCCUGUACAAGAGGACAAGACAUCACUGUGGAUAAUUUGGGCCCAUGUGGUAAGAUUUGAACGUUUUGAAAACUCUGCAAAUACUUUCCUGCACUGGGUAUAUCCCUACGAAUGCCGGAAGAGAAUUUUUCAAGUGAAUGUGAUAUUUGAUCCACGCCUCUUUGCUAAUUUCUUUUAUAUCGCUCCGUGAUUGGUUUAGAACCAUCGUGCCUCCCUUUUCAAUCCAAUUCAAUAAACCAAUCAGAAGCAGGGAAUUCAUCUUUUCCCGCGCUAAGGCAGUGAACUUGAUGUUACUGAAUUCUCUGUGUUAUUUUCCGAUGCUCUAUUUUGCCCUCGCCAUAAUUAUGGCCAGAGUAGAACGACAGUAAAUCCAAAUUCGCUUUAAACCAUCGAUCUGUGUUGUAAUUUUUCUCUUAGGUUUGUGUGCUGGUGUUAAAUGUAAAGAGCAUGCGCACUGCGAGGUUAAGGGUGGCAAGGCACAGUGUGUCUGUAAGGACGUUAGGGAGUGUCCCCAGACUCCCACCCCUGUGUGUGGUAAGAACAACAGGACUUACAUCAACGUAUGCUACCUGGAUGUGGAGAAUUGUCGACUUGAAGAAAUUGUUGAUCAGCAGAGACCAGGAAAGUGUGGUAAGUACCCCGUCUCAUCUGGUUCAGUUUUCCUUGGAACCUGUUAGCGGGCGCUUGUGAGACUACUUAUUCUAUUUUAAAAAGAUCCUGGAUGAACUCCCAUCAGAUUAAUUCAAACAGAGUCAAAUAGCCUUUCGGCUUCCUCUUCUACCCACCAACAAUAUUCAGCGAACAUUUUCUAUAGUAAUGUUAAAAUUAUAGAAUGGUCUUAGGGAUUUAGUUGGCAAGUCCGACUUGAAGAAAUGAAAAAUACGUUAUAAUUUGUUUAUAUGUGAAUUCACUUCAUACAGCUUAACAAUUAAUAAAUCGUUUUAGUAUUUUUUUUUUCCAAUAUGAGUUUCCUUUCAUGUGUAUCUGUGAGAUCCUUUUGUAUUAGUUUCACGUCUUGGGGUAAUGGGAGAAUGCAAUCUUCGAUUGUAAUUAUGCACUCUUGUAAAACAAAGUGUUUAUAGUUUGUUGUUAUUUUUGUUGUUCGAUGCCAAGUCGAUGCAGAACUUAAGAGAGAAAAGGUGAUAAAGAUCUCAUGUCCUGGCACCCACGAGAGCCCCCCCUCCCAUCCCCUCCCCUUUCCCUUUACUACAAAGCUCGAAGGGUGAGUAGUCGGGUAGGGGGGGGUUCCUAUGUGGGCGUUUCCCUGCAUUUGGCGACAUGCGUCAAUUACGAAUAUUCUUUCCUUUUUUUGUAACGUUAUGUCAGAGCCUUGUGCCGAGGUGCAGUGUAAGGAACCAAAGUUGUGCAAAGCGGAUUCCCAAGGUAACGCUGAAUGUGUGUGCCCGGAUGAGAGAGAUUGUCCAAUGACUGUUCAUGCUGUGUGCGGCAGCGAUGGUAAAACGUACCUCAACGAGUGUGUGAUGAAGGCAAAGGCUUGUCUCAGAGAAAUGCCGGUUUAUAUCGUCAUGGAUGGAUAUUGUGGUGAGUACUGGUCUUGAUGUUAAAGAAAACGUUUUUGGUCUACAUUUGGCAAAUAUAUGCGUUUGAAUUUCACAAGUUCAGCAAAUGAACAAUAAUGGCAUCUGCAGAGAGGAUUCUGGACUAGAGGUAAUGUAACAUGCAGCAUGUAUAGAUAACAAGAGCCGACAUGUUUUAAUCAGUCACUUGCAAAUGUGACUUUUGGAAAAUCUUUUAACAAGAUUCGAGGUUUUUGAAGUUAUUUGCUUAAGAUAAAUUUGGUGUAAUUGCUGCUAUAAAUGGAGUUGCAAAUGCUGUUGGAGUUAUUGUUUAUUUUUUUCACACAGCGACCUCUUCUCCGCAAACACAAAUUCUGUAAUAAUGUAAGCCUGGCGGCUGAAGUUUUUGUAUACUGACCAAGCGUGAAAUAGUCAGUCAUUCAUUCCCAAGAUCUGAAUACAAAUUCUCACUAUUAUUUUUCAUACAUCUACUACUGUUUCAGCUCUGAUAACUUGGUUUUAAAUUCAACAAAACAUCAUGAUUGACAUUAUUCUUUCCUCUCUCUCCUUCCUGUCAGAAAAUAUAUUGAUAUUGUCAAGAGAAAUUCCUUUUUGGUCCCGUAAUCUCUUGGGUUUGAGGAUCUCAUGUAGAGUCAUGCAAAGAUUAAAGGGCAAUACACUAACAACAUAUCAUUUAUACCAACCUUCCUUUCCCCAGACCCGUGCGACCUCGCUAAGGACUGUGAGAACAACUCCGCCUGCAUCGGAAACGCGGACGGAACGGUCUCUUGUAGGUGUCGGACAGAGGCCGAAUGUCCAAAGGACGGUGAUGGUGUGUGUGGCUCAGACGGACAGACGUACAUUAACAAGUGUCUUUUGGAUGUGACAGCCUGUGAAAAUAAUGAGACUGUACGAGUUGUGCAUGAAGGACCUUGUGGUAAGAGGGUAAUGGGGUAAAAAGGGGCAUCAAUAUGGGACUCUGUUACUGGUUGGGGGGCUCUUACUCUGAUUUCUGCAUUAGUUUUAUCACAAUAAUGCCCUGCGUUUGUUUAUCAAAGUAUUAUCAAGAGGUAUUACAUUAUGUUUCAGAACGUCUUUUCUUUCCCUAUUUAUUUGGUGUAUUUGGCCUUAUUGAGUGUGGACAUCGCACUAACAUUACGCGAAAUGAUUAAUCAGUCGCCAAAUGUCUCCGACGGAGAAAGUUUUUUAAUGUUUGAAGGUCCCUAGGGGUAAUUUGUAGUUCGGUAACCAUGGUGAUCUCGUGAACUUUAUUGUCACCUUAGCAGCACUACACUCCAAUACAAUUGACGAAGUGUUUCAACUUCCGUAAAUUCGUCAAACUCAAUUAUUUUUUAAUUUUUUUCUGUGUUCAGGUUCGUGUAACCCUGGUAGUUGUAAUACCAACGAAGUGUGCAUCGGUCAAAGGGAUGGACCAUUUUUGUGCAAGUGCAUCGAAAUUAAAGACUGUGCCAAAGAAAAUGACCCUGUUUGUGGCACGGACGGGAAAACCUAUCUGAAUGAGUGCUUUAUGAAAGCGAUGUCAUGUGAGAAGAACGCAUCUGUUGGAUUGAGGCAUCAAGGACGUUGUGGUACUGUGCUUUAUGUGAUUUGGCCACAUUAUUUUACUCCUUUUUAAGAAGGCCUCUUCCAUAUUUCUUAGAUAAAAUAAACCUGCCUAAAACCUCACCAUGACUACAAUGAGAAUAAAAUACUGAUACCGUUUUUCGAAGAGAUUAGAGUCCGAUGCUGUGAUGUAUUUAUCCUUAAAUAUGGAGAACCAUCUUUAAGGAAGUAUGGUAGCCCGUGUCGCCAAGAAAAUUUGGUUAUCUCAUUAUUUAUUUGAACAGGGGUUUGUAAAGACACUCGAUGCUCGUCAGGCAAGAGGUGUAUGGUAAAUAAGUUGCAGAUACCAGCCUGUAAGUGUCCAACAGAAGACGAUUGCCCAAGAGAUUAUGAUCUAGUGUGUGGAAGUGACGGAAAGACUUACAUCAACCUGUGCAGAAUGGGGGUUGAAGCUUGUAUAACCGGACAGCCACUCAGGAUGAUUAAAAAGGGAGUGUGUGGUAAGGCUGAGAUUUUAUUGAGUCAAACGUUUUCAGAUGUUAAUAAAUAGACCUACUGAUUACGUUUUUGAAUUAAACUUUUUCGUAGAUCCCUGUAAAGCCUCACGUUGUAUGUACCAUUCUGUUUGCGGAGUUAUACCUGAUGGAUCAACUGAAUGCCGCUGUCCGCGCUUGGAGGACUGCCCGGAUGUCAACGAUCCCGUAUGUGGAAUGAAUGGCAAGACGUAUGAGAGUGAAUGCAAGCUGAAGGCUGAAAGUUGUGCUGCAGGAAUCGAAGUUACAAUGAAACAUAAAGGGCCUUGUGGUAGGAAAACAAAUGGAUAACCGUGUAUAUACUGUUGUGUUAUGAUAACCAUCGUAAUUACAAUAGAAAAUUGAUAAGUACUUUUCUAUUAAAUUUUGUAAUAUGGUCGGCCACGUGUUUUUCCUAAUUGAUUUCCUAAGAUUUCUUGGUGGCUCUUGCACGUCAUUUCCCAAUGAUAACAAUUUUUUCAGCGCGUAUAUCCUUAUCUUGUCGGUUGCAUUAUUGUGAUAAUAACGAUUCUUGUUUUGUAGUUAUUAUUACCAUUAUUAUUAUUAUUAUGUUAAUCUUUAUUUUUAUUUUCUUGUUGACAUUCUUUCCGAGAUUUGAUGUAAAAAUUUAGUUCGAAAAAACCGUUUUUUUAUGACGAUUUUUUUACAUUUCACCUGAUUAGGUUUUUAUUUGACACAAAAAGGAUGAUAUUUUUAAUGGUCGUUGACAUGAACAGACGAAAGUAGAAUCUAAAAUAGAGUUUUUCUCCAGGCCCCUGCUCAUUGUCAGAUUGUGUUGACUAUAAUGGCCAAUGUAUUGAAGCACAAGACGGAUCUGGGACUGCGCAGUGCAAGUGUCAAGCCUCUGACCAGUGUUCAAAUAAUGUCAGGGAGAUUUGUGGAGACAAUGGUAAAACGUAUCGAAACAUGUGCUUUUUGGAAGCGGAGUCGUGUCAACUUAGACAAAAAAUUGAAGUCCAACAGAGAGGACCGUGCAGUAAGUUUAAAACAAUUUUCUGACCAAUUGGUUGCCAUGUUGCUCGUGUUAUGCAAAGUCUGUUUGUGAGUAGUUUUCCAUCUGGCUUCAAUUUAUCAACACAGAAGCAGACAUUGCCCGAAAGUUCUAAUCGUUGAGCAACAAAGAGUUUUUAAAAAAGAGAGGAAUCAAUCGCCACGCUAAAAUUUUUUAUAAUUGAGGUCUAAACUUCGUGGAUGAAUUACGUAGAGGAAACGUGCGGAACUUAUUUAGAAUUGUUUCGUAUCUUUCCAUCAGCGCCAUGUUCCAAGUCUGUUUGCGCUCAGGACCAAGAAUGUGAAUUGGAUGCCCAAGGUAGAGCAUCGUGUAAAUGUCCUGAAUUCUGCCCCAGCCUGGGUGAGCCUGUUUGUGGCAGCGAUGGCCGAACCUACGAAAAUGAGUGCAAAGCGAGGAAAGAGUCGUGCGAGAAGAAAAAAGGACUCUUCUUCAAACCUGGUGCCUGCGGUAAGUUGAACUAAUAAAAACAAACCGAUAUCUGUUUAGUCAUCUCACACCUACUUGCAAUUCAUCUUCUUAUAAAUAUCGGUAGAAAAUUUGUUUUGAUAUGAAGCUAACAUCCUUUUGCUGUUAACUUUCUCAUUUCUCAUCACCUGUUUUAUGUAUAAAUAUCGAAAGUAGAAAUUGCUUGUUAACUACUUCUGGGUGUUAAUUGGAGGUGGGGAACAAAUUUCUAGUUUAAAACAAAUUUAGGCUUUUAUUUUUUGCGAGCAAACGGGUUUGUCUCAGAAGGCUUGUCACGCAAGGUUUGUAACGUUAUAGACCAGACUGAGAGAAUCAUAGGAAAUGAAUGAUGUUUUAGUUACAUUCUCAAAGAUAACAGUAAAGCGCUUGAUUUCCAAUUCGUGUUUAUUGUAGUAAUUGCUUGUCUCUGCUUUCAGGAUUGGUGGUCGUUCCCUGCUCACUGAAGAGUUGCAUAAAUCACGCCCAAUGCGUGUUCUCGUCUGGUACAGUGGAAUGCCGCUGUCCAGAUAAAAACGAAUGUUCCGAUGUUACGAGCGUGGUUUGUGGCAGUGAUGGAGAAACUUACACAGUUUACGACAACGAGUGCCUUAUGAGAGUUGAUUCCUGUAAAAAGGGCAAAAGAAUUGUUCCAGUUACUCCUAACAAAUGUGGUGAGUUUUUUUUGUCAGGUCGUCACCUCUUGUUUCUAUUGACUCAGAUUAUUUACUUUAUCUAUUUACCUAUUUAUUUUCUAUAACUGAUUAAUGACAAUUUUCAAUGGCUUCCACAGCUCCUUGUGAUUUGGCCAGCUGUCACAGCUUUGCUACUUGUGAAAUGAGGAACAACAAAGCAACGUGCGUUUGUCCGUCAGAACGUGACUGUCCAUGGAAAGUUGACCUGAUCUGUGGUUCUGAUGAUCAGAGUUACCUUAACGAGUGUGUUAUGAAGGCUAGGGCUUGUAAGGCAGGGAAGAAGGUCACUGUCAAAAGAAAGGGCUAUUGUGGUGAGUGGUCACGUGACAAUACUAUGCUUCCAUGACUUGCAUCUCGAUUGAGGACAAGAUGACUGACUGACUGACUUACUGGCUGGCUGACUGGCUGAAUGACUGACAGACUGAUUGACUGACUGACUAACUUACUGGUUGACGGACUAAAUUGAAAUAUUCACGCAAAUUUGUUAAAGGAAACGAAAAAAGGGGAAGGAAAACUCCAAAGUUCUCGAAAACAUGGGUCCUUUAAUUUAGGGUAUUCUGUUCGUUUACCAUUUGGGUUUGAGUUUAUAGAACACGAACUCAUGCCGAAUGAAUAAAUGCUUUUGAGUCAAAAACUUUUCCCCACGAAUUUAUUCUUUAAUGAGUCGACCUCUUACUUUCCUCUUUUUCAGUUUAUUCAUUUCCGAGUUGAUUUACCGUUUCUUUGUUUUCGAUAGGCAUUUGUGAUUUGGUAACAUGUGCUAAAAACGCUGAAUGUUUCAUCCAAUCGAACGGUCUCCACGAGUGUCGCUGCCCAAGAGAAGAUGAUUGUCCGUCGACAUUGGAGAAAGUUUGCGGAAGUGAUGGCAAAACCUAUGACAAUGAAUGCAAACUGAAAGUACAAUCGUGUUCUGGGGAUGGUAGUCUUGUGGUCAUGAAACAAGGACGCUGCGGUAAGGAAGUUGUUUUGCCCCCUUCCAGUAUAAAUGUAGAUUCUGCUGGCCCGAACACAAUGGUCACGCGUCGGGAAUGCGCAACAGGAUCAAUUCUGAUCGGCCGCACACAUAUUUCCCACGCAAAACACAAUGAACAACGUAUGGGAAAGUAAAUAGAAAUUUUCACUCAAAUUUGGUGAAGGAAACAAAAGUAAGUAAAGGAAAAGUCAAAAGUUCUCGAAAAAAUAGGUCAGAUUUUGAUUUGAGCUUCAUCAGAAACGUUACACAUUUUAAAAACACCAUGACAUUCUAGCUUGUUUGGUUGUGUAGAGCUCCUGUAAGACAUUAUGGUUCUGACAGCAUGAGAGCACUCUACUUAGCCUUUGCAAUGUUUGCACGCUGGUCUGUCGCAGUAGAUUGUUAAGUAGCCUUAUAAACGGCUAAUUUUUCGAAGUCUCUCUCUUCUUUUUUCAGAUGAUUGCACGGGAAUGAAGUGCCAACCGAACCAAGUUUGUAAAGUAAUUCAGAGCUUAGCCACCUGUCAGUGCCCUAACAUACGCGACUGCAGUUAUGUUCCAGCGCCGGUCUGCGGCUCAGACGACGUUGAGUAUCCUAACGAAUGUCAUCUCAAGGUCAAGUCCUGUUCCGCUGGUGGUGCAUUGGUCGUAGAAAACAAAGGCCCGUGUGGUAAGUCUGGUGGCCGGCACUUGCGUCUUGUUGAGCAGCACGUGUCUGAUCUCUAGCAGCGACACCUCUUAUCCAGAACACGUGCCUCGUGUUAAGUUGUUACGCAAGUGAAUUUUCGGUAUUCUGAUAUGUUUAAGUGUUGACUUUUGAAUUCUUGCGAAGGAUCGAAAUUUGUGUAGUAAUUUCAAGAUCUGGAAUGAGUAUCGAAAGGAAAGAUUAAGUAAUUAACAAAUGCACAGAAUUAUGUAGUUUGUGCCGUGCUGCAAAAUGUGUACAGACUCAUAUGUGUACAUAUCGCUCACAUAAAAUACGCUGAUUAAAACGGUGUAUUACCGCGUUUUACUGCAAACUUAUACAGCCGCCAUUUUGUUAUGGCCAUACGAUUUCAAUCAUGACCUCGAGUCUGAAAAGUGCGGACAAUUGAUUUGAAAGAGUCUCGAAAAGCGUUCAGAAAAUGUGUAGGAACCCGUUAGACGUUUCAGGUCAAUUAAAACUUGAAAAGUGAUUUGUUGAUUGAAUUUUCUCCCACUUUCCCCAGUGGGUGGCUGUCGCCUCCUGAAGUGUCCAAUGUACGCAGUUUGUCACAACGCUCCAGAUGGGUCACGCACUUGUGUGUGUCCAAGGAAAAAGGACUGUCUACCAGUAAUAAAGACAGUGUGUGGCACAGACGGUAAAACAUACAUCAACGAGUGUCUUAUGAAAGCUAUCGCCUGUGAGAAGAAACAAAACACUGAGAAGAAGAACGAUGGAUUGUGUGGUAAGAAUAUAAGUUAGGAAUAUAAGCUUCUGUACAGAAUAGUUGAAUAUUCAGGGACGCCUUCUCCCUUGUAAACCAUCGUAAAUUUUGAGAUGCAGGGGAUGACGAGAGUCGCGAUUCAUGGUAAUUGGAGGGAAUCAAGUCCGCGCCUGGGGGAGAGGCCCUAUGUUCAUAAUGGUAGGGGUGGUAUUAAUCAAAAGGAACAUUUAAUUGUGCAUGGGUCUGCGCUUCGUUCAAAAUUUAAACAACUCUCCGUACUAAGCCCACCUGUUUAUUUUUCAUAUUCGUGGUACAUUUAAUGAAAUAUUCUGUCUUUCAUACAAGAACAAUCUCUGAAUGUUAUUAAACUGGGCCCAGUUGUUCGAAGGCCGAUUAGCGCUAACCCAGGGUUAGAUUUUAAUCUGGGUUUCUUUAUUCCUUUACUUUAAAGCCUUUUUGGGAAAAUUUUCAGUGUCCUUUUCAAAGCAUCAAAUAAUCUUACUCUAGACAAAAAGAAUUCGAUUGAACUUUCUUUUAAAGCUUUUAGAUCUGAAAUCGGAUUUCACACUAACCCUGGGUUAUCUUAACCCAGCUUUGAACAACCCGGCCCUGAAUGUGACAAAUCUCAACGUUAUACGUUAUCACUGCUGCUCACAUUUUUUGCAGACCCAUGUAAGUUUGUAGCCUGCCAAAAGCACAACAAAUGUGAGGUGCGAGCGGACGGCUCCACUCAGUGCGUGUGCCAGUCACGGGAUGAAUGCCCGAUCGGAGGAGAUUCCGUGUGCGGAAGCAACGGUACUACUUAUGAGAACGAAUGUGACUUCAAGGCCGCUGCCUGUGGAACUGACUUGAAGAUGAAGAAAGGAAAAUGCGGUAAGAAAGAGCUACUCUUUUGCCUUUGUCAGGGAUUGGAACUUUUCAGAUACAUUGUGACUGUUAGAUAAAACCAAUUAAACCCUCUGAUCUAUGUUUUAAAGUAUCCAACGAAAACUAGCUGAUUUAUUUUGGUGAAAACGUUGAUAAUCGUCAAUUACCAGCUUCACUGUGAAUGGGAUCGCUAAAUCUAUGACCAAAACACGACGAAAUAAUGAGGAUUACGUGCGGCAGAACAAAGAGUGCUGGGCUGUGAAGGCAAUUGGAAUGGUCGCGUAAACUGAUGUAUAUAUCGUAUUUACCCCUGGUCGCUUAUCUACCGAGUAUCGACCGACCAUUGAUCGACUUAUCCAUGGAUAAUCGAUCGUUAUAGGUAACAGGGGUGACAGACAUCACACAUAAUCCGGUAAGCUCAGGCGAUUUGGGGUCGUGCGGAAAUUGUGUGAAAACGCGAAUCUUGUCGUUUUAUUGUUGUUAUCUAGAUGCAUGCUCCUUCCAUCAAUGUAAGCCAUAUCAAGACUGUGUUGUGGUUGACAACACAGCGAAGUGCCAGUGUCCUAGAGGAUGUCCGUCCAACGAGGAUCGAGUGUGUGCUAACAAUGGGAAAUCGUACACAAACGAGUGUCUGAUGCGGGUAAAGGCGUGCAAGGCUAGAAAGCAGCUAAUUGUGGUCAAGAAAGGGGAAUGCGGUAAGAGAUUAUCUUUUUCUAAAUCUCUACUUCCCUCUUCAGAGACAUACUGAGUUCGAGGCCCGUAUUGUACGUUAAGGAUCAGGUUUUUUCCGCUCGGUUUUAUGGCCCAAGGGUAAACCGCGGGUCAUAAAUCCGAGCGGAAAAAAACUAGGCUCUGAAACUAACGGUGCGGAGCGAGAAACCGCGAUUAGUAAGAUUUUUAAGAUAUCGCUGGGUUCAAAUAGAGGAGGAACAUAGUGCACCUACUUAUUGAGAGAUAUAAUAAACCUCGUUGUUAUAUGACAUGAUAGCCCUGAUGUAAACCCGAGCGUUCUGAUUGGCUCUUACUCGGUCGGUAUUCUGCCUACGGACUGUUUCCAUGGAAACGGUCAUAAGCCAUAAACCAUUGCUGUAUUUUUGCUCGCGAAAGCCAGCAAAUACAAAAUAAACAAGUUUGGUUCGAGCGACAUAUGAUAAACUACUUACUAACCUCAGUUGGUCGAGCUGCACUGGGAAAUACUACCACGCCCUUCAGUGCGGCCAUCACGCUCAGUUAGUAAAGUAAGUAGUAAAGUAAAGCCUUUAUACGGGCCCAGGUGGCCCAUGGGGCCGGUGCUUAACUCCGGUUUUCUUAACAUGAAGCGGCUAGGAGUAUUGCUACUCCCCCUGGAUGGGAUGCUGGUCCAUCGCAGGGGGAGUCCAGCACAUUUGCUGGUACCCGUUUGUACACCUGGGUGAAGAGAAGCACUGUGAGAGUAAAGUGUCUUGCCUAAGAACACAACACAUUGACCUCGAGCGCACUAACCAUGAAGCCACCGCGCCUCUACACUCAGUUCGUAAGGAGUUAUUAUUUUUGGGUCUUGGAAUAUUUUUAUCCUCCAGUCUUUAAAUACAGGGUUCUUAUAAGGAAUUCUAGCUUCCAAAUUUUGCACGGAACAGGGUUUCUAUUAAAGGUAUAAUGUGUGGAUUAUUUUGUUUUUAAUAGAUGCGUGCGCCCUGAAGAGAUGUGAUUUAUACCAACGAUGUGUCCUUAAUAGCAACAACCAAGCAAGAUGUGUUUGUCCUUCUCCCCUCGAGUGCCUGCGCAGUCAAGCAGCCUCGCCUGUGUGUGGUAGUGACGGUAUAACGUACGCAAGUGAGUGUGCGCUGAGGGCAGCGAACUGCCCGAAACGAUCGAAGGCUCGCCUGCUGUUCAGGGGAGAGUGUGGUAAGUAUUUCAAAGGUAUCUAAAGUAUGAGAACAUCGCUUUAGAACUCCAAAGACUGGCAUAUUACUUGAAGUAUUUUGCAUUAUUUUACUACCAUUAUUGGGAGAACCGUUUAAAAAGUAAGCUUAUGAGAUUCUUCGUUUGCUUCAAGCCGUCGCUUAAAUGAAAAUUACGAGUAAUUUUGUUUAGUUUUUCGGCUCAUUUAUGUUAAAAAUUUGCAUCGAUUGGGGAUAAUUGCUUUUUGUUAAUGAUUAGAACAAAUAUAAGGAAGUUCUCCAACUGUAAUUGGACGUUAUUUUUGGAACAGUUUUAUAAUUUCCUACAAAAAUAAUUUCUUUUUUUUCAGGAUGAAUUUUAAUUACUUCAAUUUACUUAAACCACAGGUUUGGUCGUUCUACCCUGUACCAGUACUUAUUGUAGGUAUGGCGCGAGGUGUGGCUUUACAAAGGGUUACCCAGAGUGCAUUUGUCCCGUGGAAAUUGAUUGUCCGUUAGAAGACAACCCCGUGUGUGGUAGUGACGGAAGGAGAUAUCGCAAUCCAUGUGUCAUGGAGGCUAGAGCUUGCCAGAUGAGAAAGGAUGUUACAAUCGUAGAAUUCGGUGACAAAUGCGGUACGAAGAAAAUUUUACCCACUAAAAUGACGUUAGUAGUAGUAUCAGGUGUUGCUUUCGAUGCCGUGUUUUGAAACUUCGCACUUUUUGCUGCGAUCACUGUUUUUUGUUUUUGUGUUUGUUUUUUGUUUUCUUUUGCGCAAGAAGUGAGCUCUUGUCAAGCCCCACUCUACCUAAGAGAUAAAACAGCUACUUGUGAAUUACUUUAGAUUUUGACUCACAAUGGAUCGGCGCGUCUUCCAAGAGAGUUCUUAAAUUAGAGAUUGUAACGAUCUGAAUGUUUCAUUGAAAAAGUUUAGACUCAUCUUUUUAGGAAAGCUUUUCAAGAGAAUUUGAUAUUUUACUAUUUUUUAGACAUUUUACUUGAUGGACAAUAUACCUUUAAGCUAAUAAGUUAAGAAAAUCAUAAUAAUCGUCUGAUAAUAAUAAUAAUAAUAAUAGCUUUUAGCGUUUGUAACAGAACUAGAUAUAUUAUUUCAUUUCGACAUAUUACCUAUUGUCUGCAAAUGAAUUUUUUCCGGCAUGUUAUAAAGCUUAAGUGAGCCUAUUUACUAUUCGCCAUGAAGUGCGUUUGGACAUCACUGGAAAUUGUGCUAUAGAAACAAAGUAUUAUUAUUGCUGUUUUUAUUAGUAUAAUAACUAUUAUUAUUAUUAUUAUUAUUAUUAUUAUAAUUGAAGAUGUUUUGUUAGGGGAUACAAUGUUCUCCUCGUUUAGCAGGGGGGGGUGCUUGCAUCUCAGGGACCAUUACAUAGUAACUCAGUCUUGCGUGUUGAACAAACAAGAAAGAGAUCAGGGCCUAGUUGUUCAAAGACCGAUUAGCACUAACCCAGGGUUAAAUUUUAAUCAAUGUUUCUUUAUUUCUUUAUUUAAGAGCCUUUUAUAGGAUAAUUUUCCCCAUUCUUUUAGACCAUCUAAUCAUCAAAUUGUGGACAAAAAGAAAUAAAUUAAAUUCUCUUUUAAAUUAUCAGAUUUGAAAUCAAAUUUAACAUUACCCCUGGGUUAACUUAACCAAGCUUUGAAUAACCCGGCCCAGAAGUGAAACUUCGUCAAUUCUUCAGAUGGGAGAGAAUAGUAUUAACCAUGAGCGUGCUAUCCCUCAAUAUGGCGGUUUCACGGAAGGUUAGAAUUCUUCCAUCAUUUGUUGACAUUUUAUUGUUAAUUCUCCAGGAGCAUGUCGGCAAGCAAAUUGCGAGAAAUUCUUUGCCACAUGUCGGUUCACUAACACUGGGGUGGCAACUUGUAUUUGUCCUGAGGAGGAUCAGUGUCCUGUGGAAGUUGAUGAAGUGUGCGCCAAUGAUUCCAACGUGUAUUCUACAGAAUGUCACAUGAGGGCGAAGGCCUGCAAGUCAAAGGUUCCUCUUGGUGUUGUCAAGAAAGGACCCUGUGGUACGUGUUACUCUACAGUUAAUUAACUCAUAGCGGAAAUUAUUUGAAAAUGCAUUUUCAGGCCUAAAUUACGAAAAGAAUAAUUUCUCAUAAGGUCAUGCACACGCUGUCGCCAUCAUAACAUUAAGACGACUGAAGACCACCACAGAGCAGUCGAGACGUUACAAUCCCACAACGAAUACGAUUACUUUGUAAAACAAAAUACAAGACGUGGUUAUAGAUGUAACUGACCAACAAGUAAAGUAAAUAACAGUGCGGAAAGUUUAUAUCGGGUGCAAAGAGUUUAAAACGAAUGCUUAAAAGUGAUAUCUACACUUUAACCCCCUAAGAAUGAUGAGUAUCUAAUUUCUCCCUUUUGUAUCACUCCUGAAUCCCUCAUUUUGGUUACUAGAAUAGAGAUGAUCACCAACGAAAGAAGCUCUUGAUUGUUAAACAAAUUCUCCUCGUCACCACCUCAGGAAAUGUAUAGAGAUCAGUAUGGAGAAUGUGCAUACUGAUGCUAGGUUUUUAAAGGCCGGGUUAAGGGUAUAUAGUUACCAAACAAUCAAGUAAUUUUGAGUGUAAUUUGGAAUAGAUGAUCACUCGUUAGUUUUUUCAAAGACUUCAAAUUACACUUGCUUUCGAGCACCUGCAAUGUUCUUUAAUCUCUAAGCAACUCACCCUUGCGAAAUCGUUUGAAAAUUCGACCACACCUUAAAGAACAGUCUUCUCAGUUUUCAUUUUUUGUUGUUAAACAGAAACUUGCGCAGAUGUCAAGUGUGAAUUCCACGCCAAAUGUGAUCUCAUUGAUAGAAAACCCAAAUGUCAGUGUCCCAAAGAGGAGGAUUGUUCUUCUUUGAAAUCAAAUCAAAUUGUAUGUGGAUCCGAUGGCCUGCAAUACGACAAUGAUUGUUAUAUGAAGGUGAAAUCAUGCAAGGAAAAAAGGUCGAUUACAGUCAAGAACAAAGGAGUCUGUGGUAUGUGCAAUGUUGUACAAAGAUAAACGAAGAAUGGUUACAAUUACCGGGAUUGGUGUUGGAUUUUAACUAUCCUGAAUAAUGCUUUUACCACUCUUGAUCAAUCAACAGUCACUUUCACAUUUAGUCUUUUGCAUGAGCUUUUUUUUAUAGGCCGUUUAAUUUGAAAAGUUAAGCUAAAUGUUUUACGUUUUUUGUAAAUAUUAUCACGUUCGCAUCAAUUGUUCGAGUUAGCGGGGUGCUACUGAUGUACCCACGGCAACUGAAAUCAGAUAAUCUUGUUUGGUUAAAAUGACUCGUGUUCCAUGUCUGUAGACUUAUAGGGAAUUUCACUUUUUGAUUUCAACUUAAUUCGCAAAUGGGUUUUAAAUCUUUUUUCGGGAAUGUAGGUUCUGACUUUUCAAAUAAUAAGUGUCAUUGAAUGAAAGUGAUCUUCGCAGUAAUUUGCACUACUUAGGCAGUAGUGAAAAUAAGGCCUGAAAAAAAUUCAGGCCUGUACGGGAUUUGAACCCAUGACCUCUGCGAUACCGGUGCAGCGCUCUACCUAUAUGACUUUCAUAUAUUCUUAACCAUUUAAUAAGUGUCAUUGUUUGUUCGUAUGUUUUCAUCCUUUGAUUGUUUUUAUUCUAACCAAUGUUUCUUUCGUGUUCUUUUUUUCACGACUCUCACGGAUUUCUUUCCGACACUGUUCAGAACGAGGUAAGUUGAACAAAUAGAGAAUAUGAUAACUAUUCAUGUUUUCAGCAUUCCAGCAGCAACUACAACGAAAGAAAAGGAUUAUGCGAUUUAAACGUGUUUUUCUGGAGCGCAGUCAGGGCUCCUAAGUUAUAGAUCAUAAGGUGAUCGUUUGGAUGAGGUACGUCCUGAAGAGUUUGUGACAGUGGACAUGAGCAGAACACGUCAUAAGAGUCUAGUAAGGACGACUGCGUCAGUCGACUGUUUUUAGAUCAGAAAAGCUGUGUUUCUGUUGGCUUGAAGACACAAGUGACCUUGGUGAGCUGUGUUUGGUCAGUUUAGUUCGUUCGACAAAGUUAGUUCGAUUUGUUCAAUUCGUUUGUUUAUAACGGUUUCUUCUGAACAUAGAAGGACUUGGAAGUUGUAACCACUCAACGGCGACAAGAGAAAAGAGUGCUUCUUUUUCCUAUGCAGUUGUAUUCUUAUCAAAUUUAUCUAAAGGCUGGUAUGAUUUUCAAACGUCUUAAACUAGAUUUAGACAUAAGAAUGUCCAGUGAUGACACAUCCUGAGAACUUGAUCCACGCCUUGCGUGCCUAUCUGUUGAAUUACUACCGAAAGUUCAAUCUAUCUCUUUGAUUCUUUGUGUUUCGAUGCAUUGUGCUGGAAUAUUUUUCUGUAGUUUGCUUUUAACACUCUUUUAAUAUUCCUUUUUCUCUCCGAGCUUAACAAUUUGUGUCGCGGAUUUUCUAUCCUUCCCACACAGACAAUCCAUGCUCUACAAAACAGUGUCCACCAUACACUGAGUGUACACUUGACAGUAACAGAGAAGCGCAGUGCUCAUGCGUAAAGCGGUGCUCUCUCAUGUUUGAUCCCGUAUGUGCCAGUGAUGGCAAGACAUAUUUGAAUGAAUGCGUGUUCAAAAUAUCAGCUUGUGCAUUGAAGAGAAACACAACCAUGCUACACCAAGGCCAAUGUAGUGAGUUUUUAUGUCUUCUGUGAUUUCCUUCUUUGUAAAUCGAGCUAAUGAUAUCUUCUCUAAUAUAUUUCUGAGAUUUCGUUUAAGGUACCUUAGAAUGAUCUUCUUACAGUCAAUCUUUUAAGCGCUCUGGCAUGCCUCUUGCCAUAAUAUAUGUUUAUUGAUUUGAUCUAGUCUCUUGUUAUUUCCAUUUGUCCCUCAAACAAUCUUCCAUCAACUGAACGAUGUCUACCAACAAAUGACGUCUCGAACUCUCCUCAAGACAAGACAAGAUCUUCAUGAUUUUAGAGAGCACUUUUAGAUCUUCGCACCUUCGGCUGCCAAGCCUUUUAGUUUUAUCUUUUAACAAUUUGCCUGUUUCCCUCCCACUUUUUAUUCAGUCAAUUCUCUAUAUUUUCCUCUUUACUUUUUCGUUACACUCUCUCAGCGCCAUGUUCUACGGUCACGUGUCAGCGCUAUGCAAAGUGUGUGUCCACUAAUGAUACCACCAUCGGAGUGUGUGUCUGUCCACAAGACUGUUCCUAUGAGCCACGCCCUGUAUGUGGCAGUGAUGGAGAAACUUACAUCAACGAGUGUCAGUUGAAAGUAACUUCAUGUAACCGAAAAGCGAACGUGUCCGUUUUUCGCGCGGGGAAUUGCAGUAAGUUGCACAUUUACUCUGACUGUGUCUGUUCUUUCAAUCUUAAUUCUUUUAGCUUAAAAUUGCCUAGCACUAAGAGAAACUUUCACUUUAUUUGAAUGUACUAAGAAGUCUAUUCUUGACCAAACACAUUAUUUUUAACCAGCUUUGCACGCAAGUACAACACUUCCUUUCCAUUUUCAGUCAUUUCAUCAGGGUGUAGUUUUCAUAGUCUCAACCAGUUCUUGUUCUUCUCUGCUGAAAUAUUUUUCUGUUAUUCUCGCUCUUUGCUUCCUUAAUUUCAUUGUUAAUUCUCAGAUCCUUGUUACUCCAAGACAUGUCCGCCAUAUGCUAAGUGUGUUUCUCAGUCCGGGACCUCCGCCGUCUGCGUAUGUCCCGGUAAAUGCCCGCUGGUUUAUGAGCCACUUUGUGGCACGGAUCGCAAGAGUUAUUUCAACCUGUGUGCUCUUAAACUGGAAGCUUGUCAAUCAAAUACAAACAUUACAGCAGCUUACAAGGGAACGUGUGGUAUGAGACCAUCACUUGUCAUUUUUACCCUCACUGCGACAUUCAAUUCAUAAGAUAGCUUAUUUUUUUCUUGUAUCUUUUCCAAACAUUUCACGUCAGUUAUGGUUAAUCUCUUUUCGACGCAACGCUGUGACUUCAGCGGUCAGAACUUUGGAGUCUUGAUCGACAGAUAUCCAGUUUAAUCUUGGGUUGUGUCAUUGUGCUAUGUUUUCUUGGAUGACAUUUCUCUCUCCACGCCCCUCUCCACCAGGGAGAAUGAAUGGAUACCAGUAAACUGUUGGAUGCAUCCAAUCCAGGGGGAAAUAGAAAUAAUAGUAGCCAUUUCAUGCCACUAAAAUUGGUGAUAGGUACGGGUAUCCUAUAAGACUAAUUUCAUUUCCAUCGUGUGGUGAAAUAGGAUAAGUCUGUAUUCGAGCCAAGGGUUGCAUUCUGUCACCCACCUUAUCCCGGUUAAAUAGCAUGAAGUGACUAGGAGUAUUACCACUCUCCCCUGAAUGGGACGCCAGUCUAUCGAAGAUAACCCUCCCUCCACUUCCCCCCGCCCCCUUCAUCAGGCUUCCCCGGCAGUUCGCCUGUACCUAUUUAUACUCCUGGGGUGGAGAGGGGCAUGGUUAGAGUAAAGUGUCUUUCCCAAGAACACACAACACGAUGACCUGGCCAGGUCUCGAACCUGAACCUCUGGACGCAGGGGUCUGGAGCACUGACUGUAAGACCGGUGCGUCUCCUUUUAUGAAUUUAAAACGAAUGAUUGAUGAUCUCUUUUUUUUCAACCUCUCCUCCUACUUUUGGGUUUUUCUUCUUUUGACUCGCUUUUCCUUUUUCUCUCUCGCAUCAUCGCUCUUUCUUCUUUGGGGUUGUAGACAGUCCCCAGAAUCCUUGCGCUCUCAGGACCUGUCCGCCUCACGCGAAGUGCGUUAUUGCGGCUAAUGGUACAGCAGACUGUGCAUGUCCAAGGUCUUGUCCUACGUCCUUGAAUUUUGUGUGCGGGAGUAAUGGAAAAAGCUACCGUAACACUUGUGAAUUGGAGAGAGACUCUUGUAAAAGGAACAAAGUUAUUAGAGUCUCCCACAAGGGCUACUGCGAAAGUAAGUAAAGAUUCCCUUGUUGCCUCAAUUUCCUUCUAUAGCUCAUUGUUUAAUGUCACACAGUUCUGGUAGGACUGUUUAAAUCUGAUUUGCAGAUCGCUUCACCAUAACUGUGUCUAUUGAAUUAUUAGACCAACCAACCCGCCAGCUAAUCAAAGCUCUAAGCUAAUGUCCAACAGACUUACUUACUUACUUUCAGAAAUUUUGUCGUUUCGCCAACGGGUUGUUUCGCUAAUGACCAGUCCGUUAACGACUUAGCUUGAGUCGUUUCCCCAAUCUUUCAGGUCGGUUCGUUAACAUCUCAUAGGUCGUUUCGCUGACAUUCCAGGUCACUGCACUAACCACCUAAUUAUAGCAAUACGUGGGAGAAAUUAUUGUUUAUUGAAGCACUUAACAAGUUUUCAUGCAUAGAAAUACUACCCAACAAACGAAGAACAUUUUAUGAAAACAUUUGCGUAAAAAUUGAUGCGUAGAAAUUUGACGAAUGUCAUGUUAAUCUACUAACCUCUUUAAUCUGUUCUAAUCUUCGAAGUCCCUUGUCAUGAAGGCAAAUGCAAAUACGGUGGAUAUUGCGAGCUUGUUAACAACACCGCAACCCGCUGUCGAUGCCCAAGGUGUCACUUUAGAUACAAGCCGGUCUGUGGUACUGACAAAAUGUCUUACAUAAACCACUGCCUUCUUAAGCAGCAUGCCUGUCUUACCCAGACUCAUAUUUCCGUGGCGCAGCACGGUCGUUGUUGUAAGUGCCGUAAUGUUCUUCGGUCAAUAAUUAUGGUAAUUUUAAAAAAUUAUUUUUAGGAAUUCUUUGCAUUGCUUUUAAAGUUUACUGUGAGCUGAACAGUGUUUACUAAACCUUUUAUCACCAGUAUAAAUAAUUUUACCGUAAUCGUGCAACCGCUCAUUUGAAAAUAUUUCAUGUUUGAGUCACCUUAAAAACGUCUUCUAUUUUUUCAUAGUGACAAUUAAAAGAAAUUAGUUAUUCAUCAAAUAUUCUUAAUGACUUUUUGUCUCUUUUGUCUUCACCUGUGCCCCUUUUCUCUGUCCUUUGUAAUUCGCUUAUUUCGCUACGCAAUAAAACGCAAGUGAAUGUUUUUCCGCGUUCAUUUAGGGGUCUUACCAUCCUCCAAUCUUCUGUUAUAAUGUUCCAAUUAUUACUACCUCUUCCCAGCGUGCAAUAGCUCCCGCUGCCAACACGGCGCCAAAUGUCUUCUUCUGGAGGAUGGGUCCGAAUCGUGCCAGUGCCCUCUCGGCUGCUCGUUGUCUUACAAACCCGUAUGUGGUACCAAUAAGAAGACUUAUGCUAACCGCUGUGCUCUGGAUCUAGACACGUGUCUAACAAAUGGCACAGUGAUGCACGCACGUGAAGGAAGAUGUUGUAAGAGAACUUGACGUCCUCCUAUUUUCUCAACUCUUCUUUUACGCUUUUGUUAUGGCUCAUUCUUUUCAAACUUUAAGUUUAAGAGCUGCAAACUUUACCAAAAUAUUUUCUCAUUGUCCUAAUAUUUCUUGCAUUCAUUUCCCUGCUGUUACCUUUACUUCUCCUAGUCGUGGGUUGCGCUGAUAUCAAGUGCAACUUCUAUUCCACGUGCGUGGAGAGGCCUGACGGACAGGCAGCUUGUGUGUGCAAUGAACGAUGUGAUCUGAAAUUAGAUCUUGUCUGUGGAAGCAACGGUAAAACAUACAUCAACGAAUGUCUUCUUCGGGCGGACGCCUGCAAACAGCGAAAGAGCUUUGUUGUGUUGCAGAAAGGAGCUUGUAGUAAGUUGCGUGAGGCAUGCAUGUAAAGCAGAAUCUUUUCUAUUUCCCCAGCACCUUGAGAACGAUGUGAAGUCUUGAUCUUUUGUCACACUUUAGUAGAGCACUUCCUUUAUUUUUUGCGUUUGUUUCUUCACUCUGGUUACUUUUAACCGUACAGCUUUGUCGUUUACGAAGUAUUAAGGAUCUUUAGCAUACACAGUUUCACUCGUAAACUUUUUUUAUGCUGUUUGAUACUUCUUUCUUAUACGAAUAUAUUUUUAAAAACUUGGUUUUGCACUUCUACUCCAGUUACUUUCUUAAGUUUGGACUUUUCUUUCAAGAAGUGCUUCUUUCCUCUCCUUUGCUCGUUGGAACGUAAUGGACAGAAUACUGCUCCAUAAUAUGUACAAGAAAUAACGAUCUCUAUUUUCCUCUUUACUUCCUCUUCUUACCCAGCUCCUUGUGCUCUCCUGAAAUGUGACUUCUAUGCUGAGUGCAAAGCGCAGCUUGACGGCUCUCUGGAAUGUGUCUGUCCUAGACAGUGCCCGCUGUCUUUCGAUCCUGUGUGUGGUUCCAACAGACAGACUUAUCUUAAUAAGUGCACACUUCAAGUAGAAUCUUGUAGAACUCAAACUCGCAUCACUGUGGCCAGACGGGGACAGUGUGGUACGUAGUUACCAGCAUCUGGAAAUUUUGUUUUCCCAACUGGGAAAGAGUUUGUUUUCCUGGAGCAGAUCCAGCCUUUUUUUGAAGAAGGGUUUCACCACUAAGGAGUGACGUCACUGAAGUUUGACCUAACGAACAGACUGGCUUAUGCUCGAAAUUUCAUUGCCAAACUACCAUUUGUACAGGGUUUCACAUAAAUUCUUUAACCUUGUGUCAUGUUUUACUUCAACACUAUUAAACCACAUCUAAUUUUUAAAAUUUUCUUUUGCACAGUACUAGUAAUAUAAAAAAAACCCGGAAUUUAUUGGGGGGUGGGGAUGCACACCCCCUGCACCCCUCUCCUAGAUCCAUACUUGUGUGACAUUCAAGAGCACUCCUCUCUUUUGUGAAUAUGCCCUGAAACAGUAAUAUAGAAGCUUUUUUCCUUACUUAAACGCCCCUUUGCAUUUUUCUCGAUGUAUGAUAGAUGGCUUAAAGAAAAUCUAUCUCUCUUGCUUUUUUUACACUCGAGUCUUGAAAGUAAUUUCCUUUAGUUCGUUGCCACCCUACUUUUGUCCCCGUGUUUUAUCUAUGGUGUUAUACUUAGUUUACGUCGGUGGGAACUGUCCGCGUCCUGCUAGGAGGUCUGUACGAUCGCGAACCAAACGCGCAGUCGCCGAACAGUUCGUUUCCAAGUCUCUAACUCCCCGUAAGUUUUCUAUUUCUUUCCUAAUGGUCUGAAUUGGUCUUCUUGGUGUUUUCUGACUUUUAGUCUUUGCUUGAUUAGACUACAACCAUUUCCUACCAUUUCGUAAGGUUCUAUUCUUUUGUUUUCCUCUGCCAUUGUGUUUGGAGGUGUGAUGUUUCUCAAGGGUGACAAUAUGAUAGAACUGCAAAGGUAACCUUACUUGUUUUCUCCGGUAAUAUUUCUUAUAUGGCGUCCAAGAAACAAUAUUUGAUGUACUGUAGGUUCCAGUGGCUGAGGAAGAUCACUCUCCGAACAACACUGAACUCUGUUGUCUUCCAAGAAAAAAAAAAUUUAGGAAAAAAGCUAACUGUGAAGUUUAAUUUCGUGUCAUGUAUCCACGAUUUUACUAUUGAACAGGAGAAAAUAACGUUCUUUAGACAAUUUCAAUGAACGUUGAUCGAACCAAAGCGGUGGGAUUCCAAUUUCUGUUCAAGCUGGGAUGAACGUAAAGUUAUGGUGGAGAACAAGCUUCCAAAAAUGCCUAGAGGGCGGAACGAAUCGUCGUCGUAUUUUGCCAUUUGCUUCAGUAUGACGAUCGUGGCGAAUUUACUACAUUAAUAAUGUACCUGAAAAACUACGCGCGUUUGAUUUGCUUAAAAUAAGUGCAUUCUCAUGUAACAAUAGUGCAAAACUGUAACACGAAUGCACAUUACAGAUUGGACGCGCAAGCUUUCAAAUUUCUCUGAUAUUGUUUUAUAAACAUCAUUGACAAGUAAUAACAUGAUUUCUCAUGCAAUUUAGUGUUAUAAGCACUUAUAAAAUUUUCAAAGACUACAGAUUGCACUUGCACAAGAUUCGUGCAAUCUUGUUUUAUUUUAAAAAUUUAAUCGUGCUUAUUAACACCAAAUUGUAAGAGAAAUCAUGUUAAUGCCUAUAAUUAGUUUUUUUCAUGAAUUGUAGUGGAAGACGGCCCACUAGUUUGUAGGCGGAACUCCAAAAACAUGUGCUUUUCUCUUCCUUUUGAGAACAUUUGGACAACUUGGUGUCAUAUAUAUAUAUACAUACAUCCCUAUUUCAAAAACGUUGCAAAUUUUAAAAUAUUUAUUAAGUAUAUACAUUCCUUUCCUUUCAAAGAGACACUGACGAUGAAAGAAAAGAGAUGUAUACAUAUUUAAAAUAUAUUUCAAAGUUGCAACGUUUUUGAAACUCCCACCAGUUGAUUAAUUUGUUUAUUCUCAUCAAUUUUUUGCUAGAAUAUCUAUUGAGAUUGCGUAUACUUGCAUUAUAAUCACAAACGAGAGCGCAAGGCUUAAAUAUUGCUGCCACUUCUUGUUAGGUCAAUCGGUUGGCUUCAGAGGUGACGGUUACUUGGAAUACAGACCUUUGUCAGGUGUCAAAAAAGAAACAGACAUUGAAAUGGAAUUCCGACCAAUCAGUCGCACUGGUAUCAUACUGAAUAACCAAGACUCGGGUAGAGAUUUUAUCUUCAUCAUCUUGAAACGCGGGCGGGUGAUCUUCAGGUAUGUAAUCAAGGGAACGCUAUUAGUUUUACGUUUCCCAAGGGCCUAGGUUUUAUUGGCAGUCAACUUUUCUAAGAGCAGAGAAAAGAUCUGGAAUUGUGUAAGUACGCGCUGUGAAAUCACCCGUUUUAUUGCAAUUUAAUUUAAUAGUAGAAUUGUAUUAUUCACAAAACGGUGGACUUCCCGACCGUAUAAAUGUACCUCAGGCAGAGACGACGAGAAAACAACUUCGGACGAAAGUCAAUUAGUUCCCCCCCCCUCCUCUCCCCAAUCUCCGUAGGUGUCCUUAUGGUCGACCCUGAUGAAGGUGCUGAUUUAUACAGCUGACGUGUAACCUUCUGUCUCAUUUAAAUUUCAACUGAAGCAAACGCUUUCCGUCUUGCAGAUGAUAAUUUCCUUUUUGUAUUUUUAACGCGCAUUACGUGUCUAAAAAUUUUCUCAUAUCCUUCCAGUUAUAACCUGGGCAAAGGACCGGCUGUUAUCGUAAGCAGGCAAGUUGUGAACUUAAAUGCAUGGAACCAGCUGCGUGUGUACAGGAAAGGUAUUAAUGGCUACUUAGUGCUGAAUGGGGAACGUGUCGACGGUACCUCUCCUCCAGGCCUCAGCCAACUUGAUAUCAGACUAAAGAUGUACCUUGGAGGAAUCGUAACCAAACAAGGGAGGUAAGGAAAUGGCUGCGUCAAAAGCAAGAAUUUUCUUUGUGCUUUCCUAUGUUCAUCUGUGUUCUCGUAAGUCACCCCCCUACGAACUAGUAGGAUUACAGUAUAGUAUUCUAACAAAGAUAUUUUGGCUCGAUGUCCGUUUCUGAGCUACUGCCCACCUACCCCUCCCCUAGCCUGAUAACAGUUGACUGAGAACAAGUUAGGGUUAAUGUUGGGUUAGGGGGAGGGGUAGGUGCAAAGAUACUCACAUACUGACAUUGAUUCGAAAUUUUCAAACCGGUAAAAUAGUCAAUUUACCUGUUGAAUUUUUCAUGAAUGCCAGGUGACUUAAGGCAGUGAUUAAAAUGAAUGCAUGUGGAGAAUCUUAUCGCUUACCGCCUGAAAAGGAAAACACUUCUAGUAAUUCUUGUUUGUUCGAUGAAAAUAUGUUGACUGAUUUUGUUUGUUCGCUUGAUAGUUGUUUUCUUGUGACAUAGCGACCAGCGAGAGAUCAAGUUUUCCCGCCCUUCCGCCCACUUCCGUCACAGUCCGUUUUCUUUUUUAAUUGCUUAAUUAUUUGUUCUCUUGAAGUGUUAAUAAGGACCUUAACACUUUAACCCCCAAGAUCUGAUUGUUACUUCUCCCCUCUAGCUGCUACACAUAUCCUUGUAAAUUAGUUAAGAGAAUUUGGUGUAAGAUCAAAAUAACAACUUCUACAUGAUAAGUUUGAAUAUUCUCAUUUCCUGUUUGCUGGGUAAUGUAUGGAUAUUAUAGGGAGAAGUUACAUGCUGAUCACUUCUGGGAGUUAAAGGGUUAAGUAAACCCGACGGAGACGGCAACGAGGAAGUGGCCAAACAAAAGAUCUAAGGGACAGAAAAAUAGCGUAACAAGUGUGUUUUGAAGCCUCGUGCACUUCUAGGCCGUGCUCUGCACAAAAAAAACUUGAAAUCACAAAAAUUUGCUUGGCCAGAGAAUGGAAAUCCAAACGGCAAAUUAUUCAAGUUUUCAUUUGAAACUCAACGCUGCUCACAUGCAUUUUUCUGAAGUUGAGGUGUGCCGCUGUAAGAGACGGCAAACACAUCCAGCCAUUCGCAAGAUUCUAGAUAAAAGUACAAAUUCAUUUUUUCAUCGACAUUUUCUUCGGCGUUCAACAUGUCACUUCCGGGUUCAUGCCCCCCAACCGAGCCGGGCAAAGUUCAUAUUUUCAUAUUCUCCCACCCCCCACCCCCCCCUGCCUCUUGGAGCAUGGACCAUAGUGGAUUAAACUUGAGACAUCUUACUUCUGCGUUGUUUCAUAUACAGAUAAGGAAAAGUCGUUCGCUUUUACAAAAUUCUGAAAUCAAUAUUAUGUUUUGCAUUAGCACUGGACUACAAGGAGUAACAGCUGGCUUCUAUGGAUUGAUUAGAAAACUUACCAUCAAUGGUGAGUAUUAUAACUUGGUAUUAUCUGACCAAGGAACGGGCCAACCUUCGAGCGGUCUGAACACCGUCAACAUGAUAAGAGGCGCGGAAGACAUGUGCUUCAUGAGUCCGUGUGAACAUGGCGGCAUCUGUUCUAUUCUGGACAACCAAAUCAGGUGUGACUGCCCGAAAGGAUUUUUGGGUGAUCGUUGUCAACUGCGAGGUAUGUCUCAUCAACCUUUUCAUUCUCAAUAUUUGAAUGUAUCUUCUCCUUACUGUCUGCCAUACGUUUCCUUUGAUUUUAACCCUGGAAAUUUGGCGUUUAAUCAGUGGAUAUCCUGUGAGCGGUAUUUUAUUCUCAUCAGCUUUAUGCCUGAUAGUGAACUGAUAAUGUGAGGAGAAAUUACUCAUAAACCACCGGGUUUGAAAUAGUUAAAGGAAAUAUCCCCUGCUAGAGAAAAUCAUUGUUAGUUAUUUGGAAAUAUAUGGAAGACUUUGAGUGUUUUUACAAAAAAAUGGGAAGCAAACGUUAAGUGUGGAAAGUAUAGAAGUGAGUAUCGGCUAUUUGUGUAUUUGGUUGAAAGAUUUACUCUUCGAUAAAAAAAAAAAAAUACUCUUUUUCUCUUCGGGUCAAGGGGCCCGUUUCUCGAAAGUCCCGGUAACUUAACGGGCCCAAAGCCAUAUUAUGAAAUUUAAAUUUAAAGAUUAGAGAAGUAGGUUCUAGCUUUCUAACCAGCCCAUUUUGUUUCUUUAGCUGACAGUUUUAUUGCAUAAUUUUCAAAACUUUUGAAAAUCCCAUCUUGGAAGCAAGCAGAACAGUUUUCCGGGUCCUUUUAAUUACUGGAACCUUCGAGAAUCAGUCCCCAGGCCCCCUCAUUUGGAGCAACAUUUGCCUCACACUGCGAAAUGCACUUACUCUUCUCAACCACAAACAAAAGAAGGGAUUAUUUACUAGCUUUAUGAACUCAUACAAUUUUAUUCAGUGACAGCUUAACUCAAGCUUUUUUUCCGUUUAAACCCUUUUCUCUAUUUUGUGAUCGAUUUGAUCAGUUCGUAUGCAAUAGCUCUCCACUGUUUGUUUAUUUUCUCUCUUAUAUUAGUUUGCAUCUAUUAACAUAGCUUGUUUAUUUAUUAAGGCUAUCACUUUAUAAGUUCUGGGUGGACUUUGUUAUUGGAAUCCAUCCUUUUUUUACGUUUAAUUUACUCUGCUUUAAAUAAUUGUGGUAAUAGUUAUGCAUGGAUUAACUACCUUGGGUAAACACCUUAUCUUCCGCUUGACCUAUGCUAUUUUAGCCACCGGCUUUGGCACCUAUCAAUACAAAAUCAAACAGAAACUGUGUUUACUUAUCAUGCGAUAAAAUAAGAUAAAAAUCUCAAAUCUAAAAGAAAGCUCCCCUCUAAGUUGGAGUCUAUUAGCCUGCUUGAAAAUUGGUUUACAUUUCAAGUACCGUUCCAACCACAUGCUCUUGUUUUCAGUUCAAGAAUCCUCUACAGCAGAUCUUGAGUUGUUCUUUUUUCAUUGUUUUUUUCAGCUAAUGUGCCCUACUUCCGAGGCGGAGCUAUCACCAGUGCCUUCAUGGAAUGGCGUUGGAAUUUUAUGUUUUCGACGAGGGUAGACGUUUUCGGUGCUGUCUUCGGUAUUCGACCUGAGCAAAAUAAUGGCCUUAUCAUGUACUCUGGAUCUGCGAACGCUUUCAUUUCGUUAGCCAUGAUUGAUGGCGUGAUACAAUUCAGGUAUGGUUGAAGAGCGUUACUCGUUUUUUUAAUGGAAGGGUUGGGAAUGUAAAUCUUUGACAUGGGCAAGACCCAAAGGGUAAUAAAUAACCCGACUCACCAGACUUAACCGACUGACUCACUGACCGACUGAGUGUCUGUCUGGUCAAUAAAGGUGGUGAGUUUGUGAUGAAACUCUGGUGCUGCGUUGGUGGGGAGGGGGAGUAUAAACAGAUAAUUUGGUUUUAUCAACUAAGUUGAUUAUGUAAAUUGGUCUCAGUCGAUAGUUUCGAAAGCUGACUUUUCAAACGUUAGCCCUUCGUGGGAGCAUGUCUGCCUGCCUUUCAACUGGUUAACAGUUUGACUGAUUGACUUGUUGUCUGACUGACUGACUGACUGACUGCCUGUCUGACUGACUGACUGUCUGAUUGGUUGAAUAACUGACUGACCGAUUUCCUGACUGAGGGUUUGACUGACUUACUAACAAGUUGCCAAGUUUUACUUCUUGAUUUGCUCUCUUAACUAACCGACUAAAUGAUUUACUGUAUUGACAGAUUGGCUAACUGACCAACUCUCUGACUAAUUGAUUGACUAUCUUGACUGGUUGAUAGACUGUGUGGUUCAUCGUCGUAACUGACAAACCGAAUUGGUUACCGACUAAUCGUCUGACUGACUGACCGACCACCAACUGACUGAAUAAAUGACCAAUUUACUGAAUGGGUGGCUGACUUACCGUCCGACUAGCUGACUGACCGACCAAUCAACUGACCCACCAGUGGAAUAGCUUAUUUAUUCCGACAUUUAUUGACUGACUGACGGAUUGAUUGAUUGAUUAAUUUAUUAAGUUAUCUAUUUCCUGUUGAAAUAUAGGUUCAAACUAAGCCAAGGGGGAGGUUUCGCGAUAAUCGAGACGAAUUUCGCCCUACAACUGAACGUUUGGCACAAUAUCGAGGCGUAUAUUGAUAUCGUGGGCAGAAGCGAGGCCUUAGGGACUUUGAUAGUUAACGGCAUCAACAUCUUCACGCUCAGAGCAACAGGCGUCUCGACAAACCUAUAUUCCACUUUACUACAGGAAAGUGUGUAUAUUGGUGGAGGGUCUUCAGCUGUUACUACAAUCAUGUAAGUGACACUAGAGCGAUUUGGAAGAACAAACAGUCAUCCUUGGCUACUGCCCUGAGUUGGCGUAACCAGCUCGUUUCCAACAAUCACGAAAAGAAUAUUUACUACCUUAGUGGAUGUCUUUCGUUUGAAUAUUGUUCCCUAGAUUUACUAAAUUUAAGUUAUGACCACGCUUGAUAAGCUCGCGUUGUAGAGCGCUGGACUGCCGUGCAGGAGGUCGAGGGCUUGCACCUCGACCUCCUGCACGGCAGGACCAAAACCCAGGGUCUUAAAAUUACAGAGGAGAAUGUGCUGCCUUUGCUAUCACAUCUGGAAAUGACCAAACAUUCUAGUCUUCUUGGAUAAGGACGUUAGACCCUAGGUCCCGUCUUCUGCAUCUCCUCUGUACUGGUUAGCAGGGGACUUUAAAGAACCCACGCUCUUCUCUCAAAGAGUAGGGAACAUAGCUCCCGGUGUUGUGGCCAGGCCUUGUCAUUGUUUAGACAGGCCCCCAUUUAAACCAGCUUCGAGUAGAACUAGGCCAGUUUGUCUUAAUAUCGCAAACAAAUACAUACAUACGAACAUGAUUAGUACUAGUGGACAUCGAUACAACUUCCUGAUGAUGCAACAAUGACGUGCUCGCUCAAAAGGGGAGUAACUGAGUAUGAUUUUGUGUUCUUGGCAAACACUCGAUUGUAAAAACGUUGACACCUAAAAAGCAUGAUCCAUGAAAGAUGAGACCCAAUGGCAGUGAACUAUAAAAUCAGAUGGUCUAUUAAGUAAAUAUUUUUUUCCUUAUAACCUUCAACAACAAAUGUUUUCCUUUUUCUUUUAGUUUCCAAAGGACUAAGGUGAGAGCUGGUUUUAAAGGCUGCAUCCGGGACUUCGAAUCCGAAGACGAAAAUUUGCGCGAGAGACCGCUGGACAUAUCAGUUGAUUUUGCGAAAGGGGAAAACCAAAAUCCCGCUCGAUUAUUCGUCAAUGUAAUGAAGUGCGGAUGUAAAGACAAGCCCUGCCAAAAUGACGGAAUAUGCGCACAGAGAGAGAGGGACUUCCGUUGUGACUGCAAAUUAGGAUUUACCGGCCCACAUUGCGAAAUCAAAAGUAAGAUCUUCAGGGUACCUCUAUUUUGUUGUUGUUGUUGUUGUUGUUGUUUUUUUUUUUUUCCGUUAUCCCCUUGCGGGAAAUCUUCGACAUCUCUCGGUAUAGUCAAUUUAAGGUAAGGUCAGCCGUAAUUUCUUACUAACCGUGGCUGAGGGCCGUACUGGGAAAUAUUGGACCGAGGUCGUGGUAGUGCGAACCGAGUGCUCCAAGGGGGCCACAACAUAAAAACCGAGGAUCGACUCUUUGGGGGGUGUCUUUGCAAAGAAUAAGCACACUUGCAGGUUUCCUUUUCGAAGCUUUAGUUGUAAGUAUUGAAUUUGCCGGCUUUUGAGAACAAAAAUUUACGGCUUAUGACCGUUUCAACGGUCUGUGCGGUGAAAUCCCGACCGAGAAAGAAACAAUCAGAACAAUCGGAUUUAACCCAAGACUCCCUUGCCAUAUAGUAAACGGGAUUAAUGUUGUUUUCUAUCUUGUUAGGUUGCGGUAGAAAUGUCAAGUUUGACGUAGGAUUCGCAAUAGAUGGCUCAAAUUCAAUCGACGACAACGAAUACCGUCAGACCAAAGAUUUUGUCAAAGAUGUCAUCAAGGCUUUUUCCAUCGCCGAGGAUGGAACCCAUGUGGCUUUGCUGCAGUACGCGACUAAAGGAAUUAUCAAAUUGUACUUUGACGACGAUUAUUUCAAUCCAAAAGAACUUCUAGAUGAGGUGGAACAAAUAGAGAAUACCAAUGGUGGCUCGACUAAUAUCGGAAAGGGUCUGUCGAAGACGUUGGAGAUGUUCUCUCCCGGAAAUGGAAUGAGAGGCGAUGAUGUAAGUAUUAGAUUUAUCAACAAUUCUACGGUCUCGUCAGUCCAUUACACAGAAAAAAAAUUAAAUGAUGAUGGACAGUCUUAAAGGAAGUAAUAAUUCCGUUUCUGAAAAUAACUUUAGUGGAAUGAACAGUUCCCGAUAUUUCUUUUUAUCUUAUUUUUUUCCUUGCAAAUUUAUGGCAACGUUAUGUAUUUUCGCUUGAGAUCAGGAAAGCUGCAGAGAGUACGAAAGUUGACCGAAACAGACAAAACUUGCAAACAAAUGUUGUAAAAAUUUACAAUAGGUGUAUACUUUUAGUAAGUAGGAAGACGCAGAAAUCCAUUGGUUAGUGCUCUGGCUUGGGUAAGCGGAGGGCUGGGUCGAACCCCUGGCUGGGACCCAGGGGGCUGUCUAUGGACUAUCAUUCCGAGCACCAUUUUUUUGGCGGUGCAUGUUCAGAUAAGAUUACUAUAACACUUGUUCCACGCUUUCAGUUGUAAAACGGAGCGAGAUAAAUGCGGCAGAGUGUACAAACGAGGGACGGACCAAAACCUUCAUAAUUUUUUUUUUUCGCUCCUCUGUAACGACGAGCCGUUUACAUUCGUGCUCCGUUUAACUUCCUGAACGCCUGAACAAGUUAGUUGGUACUUUGCUCAACUUGCGAUAGACAAACAACCCAUCCAGGGAGGGGAGACUGGAGGAACACGAUACCCCUAAUCACUUUAUUCCGCUGAAGCCGGGAUGAGCUCCUGUGGUACGUCUGGCUACUUUACUUCGCAAUCUUUAACCUAUGAUGAAUUAUUUCCUUUUUCUCAGGUGAAAAAGCUGUUUAUAUUUUUCACGGACGGCAAAAAUACAAACCCUGGGGAGGAUUUAAGUGUAUACUCGAACCAAAUCAAGAACAUCCCGGGGAUGACGUCGAUUGCCGUUGGAGUGGGGAAUGCAGUAAGUCGCGGCGAACUGCAGACAAUCGCUUCCAGUCCGAACGAGGUUUUCGAAAUAGAGGAAUUCGAGGAGCUGAAACUGCUCAUAGACAAACUGAGUCCCAGGGAGUGCAAGGAAGAUGAUUUUCCAUAACGUCCAACGGUAUAAGGUGAGGUGACACGGGGUUUUGCUUAGGGUGCAGGGUGAAUGUGAUCCCACCCUCUUGCGUCCCUUCUGGUUUGAUAAAUGUUGGAGCAGUUAUGGCACUUUGGUGAGAGCGCUGUCCUCCUUGUAAAUGAAGACAAUAUGUAUCGCGUUAGACCCUUAAUGCACAUAUUAAAAUAUUAUUCUCGGGCACUCCGCCCCUACUAAAAACACUCUCAACGACCUCAGGGUGAUAGGAAUGGAAGGGAAGGGAGCGGGAAUGACAGAACUAUGGAAGAACUUCUAGAAUGCUGACAAAGUCUUGGAGGGUGAAAAACAGGUGUUCCUCGUUUUACAGUUCACAUGCCUUUUUUUUCUCACUCUUAAGAAAUGUUAAAAAAAAUACAAUGCGGUAUCUUUGCACAAAAAAAAAAUAGUGUGGCAGCAGUAACGCGACGACUGUUGUGACCCUUGUCACGUAAUGUCUAAAAUGAAUUUUCAGUCAUCGUGAUCGGCUUAGAAUUCCAUGAUCAUACUGAAAUGCAAACUUUACAGACAAAAUAUAACUUAGCUCAUCGAGAAGACCUAAUAGAGAUGAAUACAUUUUAAUUGCUAAAUUAUACCUUUAUAUUUUUUUUUUCAGCAUUACUAAGAUACUGCUAUCUUUUUGUUUUGCAGGCCAAAUGUUUCCCUUCUUAAAAUAGAAAAUUGCUCCAUUGCUAUCACCCAAAUAGAAGAUUGGGUUUUUUUUUUUAAAAAGAAAAGCUAUGCUACAACUAUAUUCUAAGCUUAGUACGUUAAAGCUUGUAGAAAUGAACGUAUUUUAAUUAUUUGAUUUAGGAAAAAGUUACUUUUUUAUACUUGUAAGCAACACAUACUCAAAGAGAAACCAAUUGGGAUAGAUGCAACUUACAUACAUAAUUUUAGUUUAGCGUUAGUUUCAGCUGUUCUGAAUUGUGUAACUACUAAGUCUCGAAUGUUUGAAACAAUAAAACAGGGCAAAU